AUGACGACAAAAGCACCAACAUUUACACAGCCAUUACAAAGUGUUGUGGCACUGGAGGGUAGUGCCGCAACCUUUGAGGCUCACAUUAGUGGUUUCCCAGUUCCUGAGGUGAGCUGGUAUCGGGAUGGCCAGGUUCUCUCUGCUGCAACUCUGCCCGGUGUGCAGAUCUCGUUUAGUGAUGGCCGCGCUAAACUGGUGAUCCCCUCCGUGACAGAAGCAAACAGUGGAAGAUACACCGUACAAGCCACCAAUGGAUCUGGGCAAGCAACUAGUACUGCUGAGCUACUUGUCACAGCUGGAACAGCACCACCCAACUUCUCACAACGACUACAGAGCAUGACUGCAAGACAGGGAAGUCAAGUUCGGCUUGACGUGAGAGUGACUGGAAUCCCUACACCUGUGGUGAAGUUCUAUCGGGAUGGAGUAGAAAUCCAAAGCUCCCCCGAUUUUCAAAUUUUACAUGAAGGAGACCUUUACAGCUUAAUAAUUGCAGAAGCAUAUCCUGAAGACUCCGGUACCUAUUCAGUAAAUGCGACAAAUAAUGUGGGACGUGCUACUUCAACAGCUGAAUUGCUAAUUCAAGGUGAGGAAGAAGCCGUUCCUGCUAAAAAGACAAAGACAAUUGUUUCGACUGCUCAGAUUUCACAAACAAGACAAGCCAGAAUUGAAAAGAAGAUUGAAACCCACUUUGAUGCCAGAUCACUUACAAGUGUUGAAAUGGUCAUGGAAGGUGCAACAGCCCAACAGCUCCCACACAAAGCACCUCCACGAAUGCCUCCUAGACCUACAUCAAAGUCACCAACCCCACCUAUAAUUGCUGCAAAAGCACAAAUGGCACGACAGCAAUCACCAUCACCUGUUAGACAAUCACCAUCACCUGUAAGACAUGUCAGAGCACCAACACCCUCACCAGUAAGGUCGGUUUCUCCUGCUGGAAGAAUCUCCACCUCACCUAUUAGACCAGUGAAAUCUCCAUCUCCAAUACGUAAAACACAUGUAGUGACAGCAGCUGGGGCCGAAGUCCUUCCUCCUUGGAAGCAGGAAGGAUAUGCUGCAACCACAGAAGCCCAGAUGAAGGAAACAAGAGUAUCUACAAGCGCUACCCAAAUAAGAACUGAAGAAAGAUGGGAGGGGAGAUAUGGGGUCCAAGAACAAGUUACCAUUAGUGGUGCUACUGCUGGUGAGGUGGCGGCUGGUGCUAGAGAGGUAAAAAAGGACAGUGAAAAAACAGCAGCUGUUGCUACGGUUGUUGCUGCUGUGGAUCAAGCCAUGGUGAGAGAACCAGCUCCAGGUGUUGUAGAGCAAACUGCUAAAAGGACAGCAAUGACUGCAGUCCACGUUCAACCUGUUCAGGAGCAGAUGAGAAAGGAGGCAACGGUAGUAGUUACCAGUGAUAAAGCCACAAAACAAACAGUAAUAUCGAGAACUAGAGAAGGAGUCGUUACUUCACAAGAACAAAGGCACAUCUCUCAUGAAAAGGUAAGAAAAGAACCAGAGAAAGUCCCAGUACCCACAGUAAUAAUUGCCACAGACAAAGCCAAAGAACAAGAAAGAAUAUCAAGAGCUAGAGAAGAAAUAUCUACCAGACACGAGCAAGUGCACAUUGCUCAUGAAAAGAUAAGAAAGGAAGAGAUGAAACCUUCUGUACCUAAGGUAGUAAUUACCACUGAUAAACCUAAACCACCGGUCAUAGUACCAAAAAGUAAAGAAGAAAUUGCUACCAAACAAGAACAAGUGAGCAUAACCCAUGAAAAGAUUAAAAAGGAAGCUAAGAAAACUACUGUAGUUCCGAAAAUAAUUGCCACUGAUAAAACCAAAGCACCAGUCACAGUGUCCAGAACUAGAGAAGAAAUUACAGCCAAGCAAGAACAAACUCGUCUAGCUUAUGAUCAGACUGAAGCUGGAAAAAGGGCUGAAGCUGUAGCUACAGUUGUUGCAGCAGUUGAUCAGGCACGUGGUCGAUCGCCCUGGGAACCAGAACAAGCAGAUGAAGCUUAUGUAAAGCAGAAAACUUUGGAAUAUGGCUAUAAAGAGCACACUGUAACAGACCAUGUUGCUGAGGCCCCAGCAGAACGUCAUGUUGUCACUAAAGAAGUUAAAACUGUCUAUGUUCCUCCUGAGAAACACAUCUCAGCUGCUGAAAAGAAGGAAGUUCAUGUAUCGACAGAGAUAAAACGAGCAACAGAAACUAAAACUGAGAAAACAAUUCACGUUGAACACCCGCGACCCCGCACAGCAAGUCCUCACUUCACUGUCUCCAAAAUUGCUGUUCCUAAACCUGAUCAUACAUAUGAGGUUUCAAUAGCUGGAUCUGCCAUGGCUACUCUGGAAAAAGAGUUAUCAGCUACUUCUGCUGCGCAAAAGAUCACCAAGCCUGUGAAACCACCCCAGCUAAAGCCACAUGAAGUCAGGAUAAAAGCAGAGCCAGUUGCCCCGCCACAGUUUCCCUUUGGAGAGGCUGCUGAGACCUAUAAAAAAGAGACGGGUGUGAGCAUUAAAGGUGAAGCAGUGCGGGAAGAACACUUGGUAUUGCGGAAAGAAGGUGAAGCAAAGGUGACAGAAACUGCCAGAGUUCCUGUGCCUGCAGAAAUCCCUGCUACUCCGCCCACCUUAGUCUCAGGCCUCAAAAAUAAGACAGUGACUGAAGGUGAGUCUGUCACUCUGGAGUGCCAUAUCUCUGGUCACCCUCAGCCUACUGUGACAUGGUACAGGGAAGACUACAAGAUUGAAAGCUCAAUGGACUUCCAGAUCACUUUCAAAGCAGGGCUUGCUCGCCUUGUGAUUCGUGAAGCCUUUGCAGAAGACAGUGGAAGAUUUACCUGCACUGCUACCAAUAAGGCUGGGAGUGUCAGCACAUCUUGCCACUUAUAUGUGAAAGUUUCAGAAGAAAUUGAGACUCGAGAAACCAUUUCUGAGAAGGCUGUUACAGAAGAGAAACGCUAUGUGGAGACAAAGGACAUUGUAAUGGAAGAUGUCUCUGCUGCAGCAGAAGAAGUAUCGGGAGAACCCAUACCUCCUUUCUUCAUAAGAAAACCCAUAGUACAUAAAUUAAUUGAAGGUGGGAGCAUUAUUUUUGAAUGCCAAGUAGGGGGCAACCCAAAGCCACACGUCUACUGGAAAAAAGGUGGAGUUCCUCUAACGACUGGCUACAGAUACAAAGUGAGUUACAAAAGAGAAACCGGGGAAUGCAAACUUGAAAUUUCCAUGACUUUUGCCGAUGAUGCCGGAGAAUACACUAUUGUUGUUCGCAAUAAAUACGGAGAAGCUUCUGCAACGGUCUCCUUACUAGAAGAAGCUGAUUAUGAAGCCUAUAUAAAAUCGCAACAAGAAAUGAUGUACCAAACUCAAGUGACUGCAUAUGUCCAGGAACCUAAAGUGGCUGAGGUAGCCCCAGCUAUUUCAUACGGUGACUUUGAAAAAGAAUACGAAAAAGAACAAGCCCUAAUUAGGAAGAAAAUGGCGAAAGAUACAGUGAUGGUCAGAACUUUUGUAGAAGAUGAGGAAUUCCAUAUUUCUUCUUUUGAAGAAAGACUUAUCAAGGAAAUUGAACUCAGAAUUAUUAAGACCACCUUAGAUGAGCUUCUUGAAGAAGACGGAGAGGAAAUGAUGGUUGAUAUUUCUGAAUCUGAAGCUAUAGAAGCAGGAUUUGAUUUAAGAUUAAAGAAUUACAGAACCUUUGAAGGGACAGGAGUUACUUUCCAUUGCAAGACAACUGGAUAUCCAUUGCCGAAGAUUGCAUGGUACAAAGAUGGUAAACGCAUAAGGCAUGGAGAACGCUACCACAUGGAAGUUCUGCAAGAUGGCAGUGCCAGUCUGCGUCUGCCUGUUGUUUUACCUGAAGAUGAAGGAAUUUAUACUGUCUUUGCCAGUAAUAUGAAAGGAAAUGCCAUUUGCUCAGCAAAACUCUACGUUGAGCCAGUUGCACCCACAGCAACUCCAGGUUAUAUGCCAGGACCAGAAGUUAUGAGAAGAUAUAGGUCUAUUUCUCCACGCUCUCCAAGUCGGUCUCCUGCCCGCAGUUCUCCUUCUCGUUCUCCUGCUCGCAGAUUAGAAGAAACUGAUGAAGGACAACUAGAGAGACUAUAUAAGCCAGUUUUUGUGCUGAAACCUACGUCAUUUAAAUGUUCACAGGGGCAGACAGCAAGAUUUGACUUAAAAGUUGUUGGCAGACCUAUGCCAGAGACAUACUGGUUCCAUAAUGGUCAACAAGUGGUUAAUGACUACACCCAUAAAAUAGUGAUUAAAGAAGAUGGCACCCAGUCAUUGAUCAUUGUUCCUGCCAUGCCGGAUGACUCCGGAGAAUGGGCUGUAAUUGCUCAGAAUAGGGCAGGCAAAGCUUCAGUCUCAAUGACACUGACUGUGGAAGCUAAGGAAGACCUAGUCAGACCACACUUUGUGGAAAGGCUGAAGAAUGUUAGCGUAAAGGAGGGCUCUAGACUGCAGAUGGCAGUGAAAGCUACUGGUAACCCUAAUCCCGACAUUGUAUGGCUGAAGAACAGUGACAUCAUUGUACCUCAUAAGUACCCCAAAAUAAAGAUUGAGGGAACCAAAGGGGCAGCCGCCCUUAAAAUUGAGUCUACUGCCCGGCAAGAUGCUGCAUGGUACACUGCUACUGCUAUCAAUAAAGCUGGGCGGGACACUACUCGAUGCAAAGUAAAUGUUGAAAUUGAACAUGCAGAACCUGAACCAGAAAGGAGAUUAAUCAUUCCAAAAGGAACUUACAAAGCCAAGGAGAUUGCAGCACCGGAGUUAGAGCCUCUCCAUUUGCGUUAUGGUCAAGAGCAAUGGGAGGAAGGAGAUCUCUAUGACAAAGAAAAGCAGCAGAAACCAUUUUUUAAGAAGAAGCUCACAUCUUUAAGGCUCAAGCAAUUUGGACCAGCACACUUUGAGUGCAGGCUUACUCCAAUUGGUGACCCAACCAUGGUGGUGGAGUGGUUGCAUGAUGGCAAACCCUUGGAAGCAGCUAACAGACUCCGCAUGAUCAAUGAGUUUGGGUACUGUAGCCUGGACUAUGGUGUAGCCUAUUCCAGAGAUAGUGGAGUGAUCACUUGCAGGGCAACUAACAAAUAUGGUACAGACCAUACAUCCGCUACUCUGAUCGUGAAGGAUGAGAAAAGCCUUGUGGAAGAAUCCCAGUUGCCAGAAGGCAGAAGGGGACUGCAGCGAAUUGAAGAGUUAGAAAGAAUGGCUCAUGAGGGUGCUCUUCCUGCAGUUGCAGUGGACCAAAAGGAAAAACAAAAACCAGAAAUUGUUUUGGUUCCUGAACCUGCAAGAGUCCUGGAAGGUGAAACAGCACGAUUCCGCUGCCGUGUGACUGGCUAUCCUUUGCCCAAGGUCAACUGGUACCUCAAUGGACAGCUCAUCCGUAAGAGCAAAAGGUUUAGACUCCGUUAUGAUGGAAUCUACUACCUGGAUAUUGUGGACUGCAAAUCGUAUGACACAGGAGAGGUGAAAGUCACUGCAGAGAAUCCAGAAGGCUUUAUUGAACAUAAGGUGAGACUUGAGAUCCAGCAGAGGGAAGACUUCAGAUCUGUUCUUCGUCGCGCUCCUGAACCCAAACAUGAGCCUGUAGUGACAGAGCCUGGGAAACUUCUCUUUGAGGUACAGAAGGUAGACAAACCUGCAGACGCAACAACCAAAGAAGUGGUGAAACUGAAAAGGGCUGAAAGAAUCACUCAUGAGAAGCUUUCAGAGGAAUCUGAAGAGCUGCGUAGUAAAUUCAAGCGUAGGACAGAAGAGGGCUAUUAUGAAGCCAUCACUGCUGUGGAACUUAAGUCUCGCAAAAAAGAUGAAUCAUAUGAAGAAAUGUUAAAAAAGACAAAAGAAGAACUUCUUCACUGGACCAAAGAGAUCCCAGAGGAAGAGAAGAAAGCACUUCCUCCUGAAGGCAAAAUCACCAUUCCAACAUUCAAACCAGAGAAGGUUGAGCUUAGUCCAAGCAUGGAGGCUCCUAAGAUAUUUGAACGAAUUCAAAGCCAGACUGUAGCCCAGGGGACAGAUGCACACUUCCGUGUGAGAGUGGUGGGAAAACCAGAUCCUGAGUGCCAGUGGUUCAAAAAUGGUGUGCAGAUUGAAAGGACUGAUCGUGUGUAUUGGUACUGGCCUGAAGAUAAUGUUUGCGAAUUAGUCAUCAGAGAUGUGACUUCUGAUGAUUCUGCCAGCAUCAUGGUGAAAGCAGUCAAUAUAGCUGGUGAAACUUCUAGCCAUGCUUUCCUCUUAGUGCAAGCCAAGCAGUUAAUCAGCUUCACCCAGAAGUUACAAGAUAUUGUUGCUAAAGAGAGAGACUCCAUGGCAACAUUUGAAUGUGAGACAUCAGAACCCUUUGUCAAAGUGAAGUGGUUUAAGGAUGGAAUUGAGAUUCAUUCUGGAGACAAAUACAGGAUGCACUCAGACAGAAAGGCUCAUUUUCUUUCUGUACUAGCAAUUGAAAUGUCUGAUGCUGAUGACUACAGCUGUGCACUGGUAGAAGACGAAUCCAUAAAAACUACUGCAAAGCUUACUGUUGAAGGUGCUGUGGUUGAGUUUAUUAAAGAACUUGAGGAUGUUGAAGUACCAGAAUCCUUCUCAGGUGAACUUGAAUGCGAAGUUUCACCUGAAGACGUGGAGGGGAAAUGGUAUCAUGGCAAUGUUGAACUCACUUCUAAUCAUAAAUAUGUGAUCGCAUCCCGCCGUGGUCGCCAAAUCCUCACUAUUAAAGAUGUAAAUAAAGAUGAUCAAGGAGAGUAUAGCUUUGUUGUUGAUGGAAAAAGGACUCAAUGCAAACUAAAGAUGAAGCCUCGUCCCAUGGUUAUUCUUCAAGGACUUACUGAUCAAAAAGUCUGUGAGGGAGAUAUUGUACAACUUGAAGUUAAAGUCUCCCUAGAAAAUGUGGAAGGUGUCUGGAUGAAAGAUGGUCAUGAAAUUCAAUCAAGUGAUCGUAUUCACAUUGUGCUGGAUAAACAGUCACACAUGUUGCUGAUAGAAGAUGCAACAAAGGAAGAUAGUGGAACUUACUCUUUUAGUGUUCCUGGUCUUGGACUGUCAACCACUGGACGGAUCACAGUAUAUAGUGUGGAAAUAGUGGUGCCUCUAAAAGAUGUUCACGUAGUUGAAGGAACAAAAGCUAUCCUCGAAUGCAAAGUUUCAGCACCUGAUGUGUCUUCCUCCAAAUGGUACCUAAAUGAUCAUCAGAUAAAGCCUGAUGAACGUGUGCAAGCUGUAUGUAAAGGCACUAAACAGAGACUAGUGCUUACCAGAACCCAUGCCUCAGAUGAAGGACAUUAUAAGCUAAUGGUUGGCAAAGUUGAAACAAGUUGCAAUGUCACAGUUGAAAAAAUUCAGAUUAUUAGAGGUCUUCAUGACAUCACCUGCACUGAAACACAGAAUGUAUCCUUUGAGGUCGAACUCUCCCAUUCAGGGAUUGAUGUCAUUUGGCAUUUCAAAGGCCAAGAGAUCAAGGCUGGUCCUAAAUAUAAAAUUGAAGCACGUGGCAAAAUAUAUAAAUUGACAGUGGUGAAGAUGAUGAAAGAUGAUGAAGGAGAAUAUGUAUUUUAUGCUGGAGAGAAGAAAACAUCUGGAAAGCUUAUAGUAGCAGGUGGUGCCAUUUCAAAGCCUCUUACUGACCUGACUGUGGCUGAGUCCCAGCCAGCUGUUUUUGAAUGUCAGGUGGCAAAUCCUGAAUCAGAUGGCCAGUGGCUGAAAAAUGGUAGACCAUUACCUAUGACAGAUCAGUACCGUGCUGAAUCUGAUGGUGUAAAGAGAAGGCUCAAUAUCCCUGCCACAAAACUGGAUGAUAUGGGUGAAUACAGCUAUGAAAUAGCAAGCUCAAAGACAUCUGCCAAACUGAAGGUUGAAGCUGUUAAGAUAAAGAAGACACUAAAAAAUUUGACUGUGACAGAAACACAGGAGGCAGUUUUCAGUGUAGAACUGACCCACCCUGAUGUGAAAGGAGCUCUGUGGAUUAAAAAUGGUGUUGAACUUGAAUCAAAUGACAAAUAUGAAAUUUCAGUGAAAGGAACUGUUCACACACUGAAAAUCAAACACUGUGUUGUCACUGAUGAGUCUGUUUAUAGCUUCAAGCUUGGAAAGAUAGGAGCAAAUGCCAGACUUCAUGUGGAAACUGUCAAGAUCAUCAAAAAGCCAAAGGAUGUGACUGCUUUGGAAAACGCUGUCGUCUCCUUUGAACUGAGUGUAUCCCAUGACACUGUACCAGUCCGAUGGUUCCACAAAAAUGUUGAGCUUAAACAAAGUGAUAAAUACAAGAUGAUCUCUCAAAGGAAGGUUCACAAGCUUAUGCUGCAUAACAUAUCUCCUGCUGAUGCUGGGGAAUACACAGCUCUUGUUGGGCAAAUUGAGUGUAAAGCAAAACUGUUUGUGGAAACCAUACACAUCACAAAGACCAUGAAAAAUAUUGAGAUCCCUGAGACCAAAACUGCCUCUUUUCAAUGUGAAGUUUCUCAUUUCAAUGUGCCUGCUGUCUGGUUGAAAAAUGGUGUGGAGAUUGAAAUGAGUGAAAAGUUCAAAAUAGUGGUCCAGGGGAAACUUCAUCAGCUCAAUAUCAUGAACACAAGCAGUGAAGAUUCUGCAGAAUACACGUUUGUCUGUGGAAAUGACAGAGUCAGUGCAACUCUGACAGUAAAACCCAUUCUAAUAACCUCCAUGCUAAAAGACAUCAAUGCUGAAGAGAAAGAUACAAUAACAUUUGAAGUUACUGUUAACUAUGAAGGUAUCUCAUAUAAAUGGCUAAAGAAUGGGGUAGAAAUAAAAUCGACUGAUAAAUGCCAGAUACGAACAAAGAAGCUCACACACUCCCUCUCCAUAAGGAAUGUGCAUUUUGGUGAUGCUGCAGAAUACACUUUUGUUGCUGGAAAAGCAGCUUCAUCAGCCACUUUGUAUGUGGAAGCUCGUCACAUUGAAUUUAGGAAGCAUAUUAAAGACAUCAAGGUUGUGGAGAAGAAAAGAGCUAUUUUUGAAUGUGAAAUUUCAGAACCUGACGUUCAGGUCCAGUGGAUGAAGGAUGGGCAAGAACUCCAGAUUGGUGACAGGAUGAAAAUUCAGAGAGAGAAAUAUGUCCAUCGUCUCAUCAUUCCUUCUACAAGAAUGUCUGAUGCUGGUCAGUACACUGUAGUAGCAGGUGGAAACACAUCCAGUGCCAAUUUGAUUGUGGAAGGUCGUGACAUUCGUAUCAGAAGCAUCCGUAAAGAUAUUCAGGUCAUUCAGAGACAAAGAGCUGAAAUUGAAUUUGAAGUCAAUGAAGACGACAUUGAACCACAGUGGUACAAGGACGGUAUUGAGAUCAACUUCCAAUAUGAGGAAAGAUACAGUUAUGUGGUGGAAAGGAGAGUUCAUCGAAUGACCAUCUUUGAAACCACUUACUCUGAUGCUGGAGAAUAUACUUUUGUUGCAGGACGGAAUAGGAGUUCUGUUGUUCUCUAUGUGAAUGCUCCAGAGCCACCCCAGAUUAUUCAGGAGCUAGAGCCAACCACUGUGGAGUCUGGCAAACCUGCCCGCUUCUGUGCUAUGAUAUCAGGCAAACCCCAGCCCAAAAUUUCCUGGUACAAAGAUGAUCAACAGCUUUCUCCAGGUUUCAAGUGCAAAUUUCUUCAUGAUGCACAAGAAUAUACUCUAUUGCUGAUUGAAACUUUCCCUGAAGAUGCAGCAGUGUAUACCUGUGAAGCAAAAAAUGACUACGGAGUUGCUACAACUUCAGCUUCACUUUCAGUGGAAAUCCCAGAAGUUGUUUCUCCUGAGCUAGAAGUGCCAGUGUAUCCACCUGCUGUCAUAAUGCCGCUACGUGAUGCUGUUACAUCCGAGGGACAGUCUGCUCGUUUUCAGUGCAGAGUUACAGGGACAGAUCUGAAAGUCUCUUGGUACAGCAAAGAGAGAGAGAUCAAGCCAUCGCGGUUUUUUAGAAUGACUCAGUUUGAAGACACUUACCAGCUGGAGAUUGCUGAAGCUUAUCCAGAGGAUGAAGGAAUCUAUACCUUUGUGGCUAGUAAUUCUGUAGGCCAAGUGACAAGCACUGCUACCUUGAAGUUAGAAGCUCCUGAAAAAAUUAUUCAUGAGAAGCUAGAGGAAGAGAUUGAAAUGGAAAUGAAAGUUGCACCGAUCCUGAGGAGGCGGCUUGAAUCUCUGGAGGUGGCUGUAAAUCAUGUGGCCAAGUUUACCUGUGAGGUAGAGACUGCUCCCAAUGUCAAGUUCCAGUGGUACAAAGCUGGCCGAGAGAUAUAUGAUGGGGACAAAUACUCCAUUCGCACCUCUAACUACCUCUCCACGCUGGAGAUCCCGAGGCCUCAGGUUGUUGACUAUGGAGAAUAUAGCUGUAAGGCUUCCAACCAGCAUGGCAGUGUAAGCUCUACAGCCCUUUUAACAGUAACUGAAGCACUUCCGCCAACGUUUCUUACCAGACCUGAAUCUAUCACUACUUUUGUGGGCAAAAGUGCCAAGUUCCUGUGUACUGUUUCGGGCACUCCAGUCAUCGACAUCGUCUGGCAGAAAGAUGGCACAACUAUUUCACCUUCAGACCACCACAAGAUCUCCAAAGUAGAAAAUAAACAUGUGUUAGAAAUUUCCCUUCUCACCACCAGUGACAGAGGGGUUUACACUUGCAAAGCUUCUAACAAGUUUGGGGCUGACAUUUGCCAGGCUGAAAUGGUCAUUAUAGACAAGCCACACUUCAUUAAGGUUUUACAGUCAGUGCACUCAGCAGUCAAUAAAAAAAUACGUCUCGAAUGUCAGGUAGAUGAGGACAGGAAAGUAACAGUAGGGUGGACAAAGGAUGGAAACAAAAUCCCUCCAGGCAAAGAUUAUAAGAUUUACUUUGAAGACAAAAUAGCCUCACUUGAGAUUCCUCUGGCUAAGCUCAAAGAUUCCGGCCAUUAUGUGUGCACUGCCUCAAAUGAGGCGGGAAGCAGCUCCUCUUCUGCCAGCGUCACAGUCAGAGAACCACCAUCCUUUGUGAAGAAGGUCGAUCCAUCUUAUUUACUGACCCCAGGUGACUCUGCACGCCUUCAAUGCAAAAUCAAAGGGUCUCCUGAAAUCCAGGUUACUUGGUUCAAGAACAAUAAGGAAAUCCGUGAAAGCAACACACACAGGAUGUCCUUUGUCAAUUCUGUGGCUGUGUUAGAUAUUUUGGAGAUGAAAGUUGAUGACAGUGGGAGCUACUCAUGUGAAGCUAUAAACGAGGUUGGAAGUGACAGCUGCACCACCGAAGUAGUUGUUAAAGAGCCUCCGUCUUUCAUCCGAACACUUGAACCAGCAGAGGUAGUCAAGGGAACAAACACCAUUCUUCAGUGUGAGGUUGCUGGCACUGGACCGUUUGAGAUUAGCUGGUACAAAGACAAGAAACAGAUUCGCAGUAGUAAAAAAUACAGGUUGACCUCUCAGAAAGCUGUUAUUUCUCUGGAGGUGUCUUCAUUUAAUAGUGCGGAUGUCGGUGAAUACGAGUGCGUUGUAGCUAAUGAAGUUGGGAAGUGCAUAUGCAGUGCAACGUACAUCUUGAAAGAACCACCAUCUUUUGUUAAGAAAAUCGAAAAUGUGACAGCUCUGGCUGGGGAUAGUAUUACAUUACAGGCUGUGGUGAAAGGGUCAGAGCCUAUUUCUGUGAUGUGGAUGAAGGGCAAAGACAUUAUUCAAGAUGAUAACAAAGUGAGAGUGACAUUUGAACAUGGUCUAGCAACGCUGCAGAUUACUGGUGUCCAGCUGAGCUCUGGUGGCAAAUAUACUUGCGUGGCUGAGAAUGAUGCAGGAAGUCAGUCCUGCUUUGGUGAACUAGUAGUGAAAGAACCUGCCAAAAUCAUUGAAAAAUCCGAAAUGAUCCAGGUAACAGCAGGGGAACCAGCAAUUUUGGAGUACACUGUCACAGGCACUCCAGAGCUAAAAACCAAAUGGUUCAAAGAUGGAAGGCCGCUACCUGCCAGCAAAAAAUAUAGGAUCAGCUUUAAAAAUAACAUUGCCCAGCUCAAGUUUUAUGCCACUGAAAUGCAGGACAGUGGCGAGUACACCUUUGAGAUAUCCAAUGAUGUGGGCAUCAGCUCUUGUACUACCAGCUUCACUGUGCUAGAUCGCACUCUCCCUCCUUUCUUUACUAAACCACUGAAGAAUAUCGACAGCAUCAUUAACACCUCAUGCCGCCUAGACUGCAAAAUUUCAGGCUCUCUUCCAAUGACCGUCUCUUGGUUUAAGCAGGACACUGAGAUCACUUCAAGUGCCAAGUACACAGUACACUUUGCAGAAGGCUCUGCGUCUUUGGAAAUAAAACACCUAGAUGCAAGUGACGCUGGGGUCUACAUUUGCAGAGCCACAAACUCUGCUGGUAGCAAAGACAGCAGUAGCACUUUGUUUAUAAAAGAGCCACCCAGUUUCACUGUAGAACCAGAGUCCCAAGAUGUACUGCCUGCAUCAACUGUACGUUUCAAAGGCACAUUUAAAGGCACAACACCACUGACGGUGAAAUGGUUUAAAGGUGAUACUGAGCUGGUGACAGGAGGAGCCUGCUACAUUAUGACAGAAGCAUUAGCAAGUUACUUGGAGCUUUACGCGGUCAAACCAACAGACUCAGGAAAAUACACCUGCAAAGUCUCCAAUGUAGCUGGUUCAGUAACAUGCAGUGCAAACUUGUUUGUAAAAGAACCUGCUGCCUUCAAGGAGAAGCUAGAGCCAACCCAUCUGGUAAAGAAAGGUGGAUAUGCUGAGCUGACCUGUGAAGUCACUGGUACUCCUGAGAUUAAAAUCACGUGGUUCAAGGGUGAUAGAGAGCUAAAGGAGAGUGACAAAUACAGGAUGUCUUUUGCAAAAUCCUUGGCAAUACUCCGUCUUACAGAGGUCGAGACUGAAGACAGUGGGGAAUAUGUUUGCGAGGCCAAAAAUGAUGCUGGAAAAGAUAUUUGCAGUAGCAUUGUUACAAUCAAAGAAUCACCUUAUUUUAGCAAGGAGUUUCAAUCCAUGGAAGUCUUGAAGGAUUCUGAUGUGGUUUUGGAGUGUGAGGUGCUUGGCACACCUCCCUUUGAAGUGUUUUGGGUGAAAGAUGAUAAACCCGUGCGGAGCAGUAAGAAGCACAGAAUAAGCAUUGAGAAAUCUUUGAUUAGCCUCCACAUUUUCAGGUUUGAUGCAUCUGAUGUUGGCGAGUAUCAAUGUAGAGUAACAAACGAUGUUGGGAGCUGCCUCUGCAGUUCGGAGGUCACACUGAAAGAGCCCCCACAGUUCUUGAAGAGGAUAGAAAACAUUAGUUCCCUUCGAGGGGGCACGGUUGUGUUUCAGGCUGCUAUUAAAGGCUCCUUGCCCAUCACUGUGUCCUGGCUGAAAGACAAUGAUGAAGUGAUUGAAGACAACAAUAUCAAAAUGACCUUUGUGAACAAUAUUGCCACUCUUCUGGUGAGAUCUAUUGAACUGAAACAUGAUGGGAAAUAUUUCUGUCAGGCUAAAAAUGAGGCGGGAAUUCAGAGGUGUUCUGCUCUGCUGACUGUCAAAGAACCUGCUACAAUCGUGGACAAGGCUGUGUCAAUAGAUGUGACUGAGGGAGAUCCAGCAACCUUGCAGUGUAAAUUUUCAGGAACGAAAGAUAUUACAGCCAAAUGGUUCAAAGACGGCAAGGAACUGACGUUAGGCCCAAAAUAUAAGAUCAGUGUUACAGACACUGUCUCAGUCCUAAAGGUCCUUCAUACAGAAAAGAAAGAUAGUGGGGAAUACAUUUUUGAGGUUCACAAUGAUGUUGGGAGCAGUAGCUGUUCUGCCAGCAUUAACGUCCUAGAUCUCAUUAUACCACCUAAAUUCACCAAAAAGCUCAAGAAAAUGGACAGCAUUAAAGGGUCUUUUGUCCACCUGGAGUGCAUAGUGUCUGGUUCACAUCCUAUAAGUAUCCAGUGGUACAAGGAUGGCCAAGAAAUAACAGCAAGUGAAAAGCACAAAUACUCUUUCCAUGAUAAUACUGCAUUUCUAGAAAUCAAUAAACUGGAAGGCACAGACAGCGGCUCUUACACCUGUGAAGCAACAAAUAAAGCAGGAAGCAACCAAUGCAGUGGAUUCUUAACAGUCAAAGAACCACCAUAUUUUGUGGAAAAACCCCAGUCCCAAGAGGUUGUGCCCAAUGCUAGGGUUCAAUUCAAAGCACUGGUGAAAGGCUCCACUCCUCUGCAGAUCAAGUGGUUUAAAGACAGCCAGGAGCUCCUCUCUGGAGCCAAUCGAUCUGUCUGGAAGGAUGAUACAUCUAGUGUACUGGAGCUCUUCUCAGCUAGGACAUCUGACUCCGGGAACUACACUUGUCAGAUAAGCAAUGAUGUGGGGACUGCAACUUGUAAAGCAGCUCUGUUUGUAAAAGAACCCCCCAGAUUUAUUCAGAUGCCAACUUCUGUAAUAGCUUUGCGUGAAGGGCAGUCCACCACUUUCGAGUGCCAGGUAGUAGGCACACCAGAGAUCCGCGUCACAUGGUACCUGGAUGGGAACGAAGUGACUGACCAAGCUAAGUACAGCAUCUCCUUCAUAGACGGUUUAGCCACUUUGAAAGUCACUCAAGCCAGAGUGUCAGAUAGUGGGAUUUAUGUUUGUGAAGCCCACAAUGACGCAGGUAGUGAGAGCUGCAGCGUCGAGCUGAAAGUAAAAGAGCCUCCAACAUUUGUUCGGGAGUUGAGACCCACCGAGGUAGUGAAGGGUUUGGAGGCCACACUCGAGUGUGAGGUAACUGGUACUCCUCCAUACGAGGUAAAGUGGCUGAAGAACAAUAAGGAGAUGUUCAGCAGCAAGAAAUAUGCCAUGUCCACCAAAGAAUCAGUAUUUACUCUUAAUGUGACUAACUGUGAUGUCUCAGAUGUUGGCGAAUAUCAGUGUAUUAUAUCAAAUGAAGGUGGGAGCUGUUCUUGCAGCACAAGGCUCAGCUUGAAAGAACCGCCAUCCUUUGUCAAGAAGCUGGAGAACGUCACUAGCAUUUUGAAAGGUACUGCAUUCUUCCAGUGCGUUGUAGCAGGUGCUCAACCCUUAUCUGUAUCAUGGAUAAAAGAUGAGAAAAUACUAGAAGAUGAUGAGCACCACCAUAUUACCUUCGAGAACAGCGUGGCCACGCUGAAACUUACCAAUGUUGACCUCAGCCACAGAGGAAGAUACACCUGCCAGGCAAAGAACGAGUCUGGCGUGGAGAAGUGUUUUGCUUUGCUUUUUGUACAAGAGCCUGCACGGAUCAUAGAAAAGGCUAAAUCACUUAAAGUCACUGAAAGAGACCCCGUGACUUUGGAGUGUACUGUGGCUGGGACACCAGAGCUCCGAAUCAGAUGGUACAAAGAUGGCAAACAGCUCCUGCCCAGUAGAUACUAUACAAUGAGCUUUGAAAACAAUGUGGCCAGUUUCAGGAUUGAACCUGUCUCAAAGGAGGACGGUGGUACAUACAGUUUUAAGGUUGAAAAUGACUUUGGAAGUAGCACCUGUGAAGCUGUUCUGACUGUGCUAGAUCAAUCAAUUCCUCCUGCAUUUAUCAAAAAGCUAACCAAAAAGGAUACCGUUCUGGGAUCUUCUAUCCAAAUGGAGUGCAAAGUUUCUGGGUCACUCCCCAUUACUGCAAAAUGGUUUAAGGAUGGAAAAGAGAUAACUGACAGUGCAAAAUAUAGAAGCCUGUGCCAUGAGAAUACUGUGUCACUCGAGAUCGCUAAUCUAGAGCUGGCAGACAGUGCAAAUUACACAUGCAGCGUCUCUAAUGUUGCCGGGAACGAUUCUUGCAGCGCUGUCCUGACUGUGAAAGAGCCACCAAGCUUCUUAGUAAAACCUGAAAGCCAGCAAGCCAUACCAGAUUCCACAGUGGAGUUUAAGGCCACACUAAAAGGAACACCACCCUUUGCAGUAAAGUGGUUCAAAGAAGAUUUAGAACUUGUAUCUGGUCCAACUUGUUUCAUUGGGAUUGAAGGGUCGACUGGGUUCUUAAUCCUCUAUUCAGUGGAUACUUCUAGGAGUGGGCACUACACUUGCCACGUUUCAAAUGACGUUGGCAGUGACUCUUGCACUACAACGUUGAUGGUAACAGAACCACCCAAGUUUGCCAAGAAGCUAGAGGCGGCAAAAGUAGUCAAGCAGGGUGACUCAGCCCGGCUUGAGUGCAAAGUAAGUGGAUCUCCAGAGAUGAAAGUAGUCUGGUUCAGGAAUGACCAUGAAAUUGUUGCCAGUGAAAAAUUCCGGACAUCAUUCAUUGACUCUGUGGCCGUGCUUGAAAUGAAUCAUCUCAGUACUGAUGAAAGCGGUGACUACAUCUGUGAAGCUCACAACCCUGCCGGCAAGGCCAGCUGUAGCACCAAAGUCACAGUGAAAGAACCUCCUGUCUUUAGCAGGAAGCCCUCUCCAGUAGACAUGCUCAAAGGAACUGAGGUUAGCCUGGAAUGUGAGAUUUCGGGAACGCCACCAUUUGAUGUCACCUGGUACAAAGACAGGAGACAAAUCCGCAGUAGUAAGAAGUAUAAGGUUACAGCCAAAAAUUACCAUACAAGUGUUCGCAUUCUUAAUGUUGAGGCUGCAGAUGUUGGUGAAUAUCAGUGCAAAGCACAGAACGACGUAGGAAGUGACACUUGUUUUUGCACCGUGAAGCUCAAAGAACCACCAAAAUUCUUGACUAAAAUAAACAGCAUGACUGUUGUGGUUGGUGAACCAGUAGAGUUACAAGCAAGAGUGGAGGGCUCCCAGCCGAUUUCUGUGCAGUGGCUUAAAGACAAAGAGGAAAUUAUUAGAGAAAGUGAAAACACAAAGAUCACAUUUAUGGAAAAUAUUGCAACUUUACAAUUUGUGCGCACAGAGACAAGCAAUGCUGGAAAAUACAUCUGUCAGAUCAGAAAUGAUGCUGGAAGUCGCGAGUGCAUGGCUACCUUAACUAUUCUAGAGCCUGCAGUCAUUAUAGAGAAAGCAGAGCCAAUGAGAGUUACUAUAGGAGACGCCUGUACUUUGGAGUGCAAAGUGGCAGGCACACCAGAGCUUUCCACUGGCUGGUUCAAGGAUGGCAAAGAGCUGAUCAGCAGCCAAAAAUACAGAAUUACAUUCCUCAAUAAAGUGUCUACACUUAAAAUUAUGGAUGCUGAAAAGGAAGAUGCUGGAUUAUACACUUUUGCAGUGCAGAACGAUGUGGGGAAAAGCAGUUGCACAGCAUCUGUUGAUGUUUUAGAUCGAAUCAUUCCUCCUUCUUUCACAAGAAAACUAAAGGAAACCCCUUGUGUCCUGGGUUCCUCAGCAUUGCUGGAAUGCAAAGUGUCAGGUUCACCUCCUAUUUCCAUUGCCUGGUUCCAAAAUGGACUUAAAUUAGUCAGUGGGGAAAAACAUCAAAUCUCCUUUUCAGAUAACCUAUGUAUUUUAGAAGUGAAUUCACUGAGUAACUCAGAUACUGGAACCUACACCUGCAAAGCUACCAACGUAGCUGGUUCAGAUGAAUGCAGUGCUGUGUUAACUGUACAAGAACCACCGUCUUUUGAGAGGACACCAGAGCCUCUGGAUAUCUUGCCAGGCACAAGCAUCACUCUUACAUGUGUUAUCAGAGGAACCCCUCCUUUUAAGGUGAACUGGUUUAGAGGGGCCAAUGAGCUUGUGCCAGGGGACAAAUGCAAUAUCUACUUGGAGGAUUCCAUUGUGGAGCUUGAGUUGUUUGAUGUAACUCCUCUCCAAAGUGGAGAGUACACUUGUCUAGUGACUAAUGAUGCUGGCAGGGCAAAUUGUACAACACAUCUUACAGUAAAAGAGCCGGCUGUCUUUGUGAAGAAACUGAGCGAUCAGUAUGUGGAGCCUGGCAAGCCCAUCAUCCUGGAAGGCACUUACACAGGCAGCCUGCCCAUCUCUGUGACGUGGAAGAAGAAUGGCCACACCAUCACUCAAUCUCAGAAGUGCAGCAUCACCACCACAGAGAAAUCCUGCAUCCUGGAAAUACUUGACAGCACCAAAGAAGAUGCAGGAGAAUACACUUGCCAUGUUGAAAAUGAGGCAGGGAGAGAUGUUUGUGAGGCUGUAGUCUCUACCCUAGAGCCUCCCUAUUUUGUUACACACUUGGAACCUCUUGAGGUCUCAGUUGGGGAUUACACAACGUUGCAAUGCUGCGUUGCUGGAACACCAGAGAUCACCGUGUCUUGGUAUAAAGGUGACACAAAACUCAGGUCUACUCCUGAAUACAAAGUGUUCUUUAAAGACAACGUUGCUACACUUAUUUUCAACAAAGUGGUUAGCAACGACAGUGGAGAAUAUACCUGCAAGGCAGAAAACAGCGUAGGAACUGCAUCUACAAAGGCUGUCUUAACAGUUCAAGAGCGCAAACGUCCACCUUCCUUUGCAAGAAAAUUAAAGGACAUCGAGCACCCUGUUGGUUUGCCUCUUAAAUUUAUGUGUCGGCUCAAUGGCUCAGAACCCAUUACUGUGACUUGGCAUAAAGAUGGUGUGCUGCUAAGCGAUGACCACAAUGUGCACACAUCCUUUGUAGAUAAUGUUGCAGUGCUGCAACUGGUGCGAACUGAGAUGAAUCAUACUGGGCAGUACUCCUGCACAGCCACCAAUGCUGUGGGCACUGCCACCUCAAGUGCUAGGCUCACAGUGGCAGAACCCAAGCAAGCACCUGUCUUUGACACCAAACCAGAAUCUAUUGAUGUGCCUUUUGGAGAAAGUGCUGACUUUGAAUGCCACGUUACUGGAGCUCAGCCAAUACACAUCACCUGGUCCAAGGAUGGUCGGGAGAUCCGAACUGGAGGAAACUUCAAUAUCACAUUUGUAGCCAAUACAGCUCACCUUCGAGUGCUCAGAGUGGGUAAAGGAGACUCUGGCCAAUAUACUUGCCAAGCUAGUAAUGAAGCUGGGAAAGACUUUUGCUCAGCCCAACUCAGUGUAAAAGAACCUCCCAAGUUCAUCAAGAAGCCUGAAGCUUUGCGGUUCAUCAAGCAGGGGGACACAGUUCAACUUGAAUGUAAAAUCAGUGGCACACCAGAGAUCAGAACCACGUGGUACAAAAAUGACCAGGCACUCCAGGCGAGCAACAGGCUCCACAUGUCCUUUGUAGACUCCGUGGCGAUGUUAACCAUCCUGAGUGCUAACACUGAAGAUGCUGGCGAUUACAUAUGUGAAGCCCAAAACUCUGCCGGCACAGCCAGCUGCAGCACUUCAGUUGCAGUGAAAGAACCACCUGUUUUUAGCAAGGUGCCAAGCCCUGUGGACACGCUUAAAGGCUCAGAUGUUAUCCUCCAGUGUGAGAUAGCAGGGACUCCACCCUUUGAGGUGGCUUGGUUCAAGGACCGGAGGCAGGUCAGGAGCAGCAAGAAGUUCAAGGUGACAGCAAAGCACUCCAUUGCCAGUCUUCAUAUUCUCAAUCUGGAAUCUCAAGAUACUGGAGAAUAUCAAUGCAAAGCUAUGAAUGAGGUGGGAAGCGACACUUGCACCUGUCCAGUGAAAUUCAAAGAACCCCCACGCUUUGCCAAGAAGCUGAGUGACACUGCAAUCUUCGUCGGGGAGCCAACAGCCCUGCAGGCAGUGGUGGAAGGAUCCCCACCGAUUUCUGUUGUCUGGCUCAAGGACAAGGGUGAAGUUAUUAGGGAGAGUGAAAAUGUCCAAAUGUGGUUUAUGGACAACAUUGCAACUCUUGAGAUUGCCAGUGCAGAGGGAGCUGAUGUUGGGAAGUACAUCUGCCAGAUCAAAAAUGAUGCUGGCAUGCGGGAGUGCUCUGCCUUUUUACAAGUCCUAGAACCAGCAGUCAUCUUAGAGAAGACGGAACCGAUCACUGUAAUGGCUGGCAAUCCUUUUACCUUGGAGUGCAAAGUAGGAGGAACACCUGAACUUAUCCCCAAGUGGUACAAAGAUGGCAGAGAACUAAGGAGUGACCGCAAAUACCAAAUUACCUUUUUCAACAAUAUAUCCACUUUGAAAGUCUUUUCUGCAGACAGGGGAGACAGGGGCUUGUACACUUUUGAGGUGCACAAUGAGGUGGGGGACAGCAGCUGCACUUCUUCAGUUGAUGUUUCAGAUCGUCUUGUUCCUCCUUCAUUCUCAAGAAAACUAAAGGAAACAAAUGGGGUGCUGGGAUCUUCAGUGCUUCUGGAGUGCAAAGUGUCUGGCACUUCCCCCAUAUCUGUGGCCUGGUUUCAGGAUGGGAAUGAGAUUGUUAGUGGAGAAAAAUAUGAAAUCUCAUUCUUGGAUAACGUUUGUGCUUUGAAGCUGAAUGCCCUGGAUGUCACUGAUACAGGGCCAUAUACCUGUGUGGCAGCCAAUGUGGCUGGAUCUGAUGAAUGCAGUGCCUUCUUGACUGUACAAGAACCGCCUUCUUUUGUGAAGAUACCUGAUCCCCAGGAAGUUUUGCCUGGAUCAAGUGUAACAUUCACCAGCUACAUCAAGGGCAGCACUCCCUUCAAAGUGACCUGGUUCCGAGGCAUCAGGGAGCUGGUGCCAGACAGCAACUGCUCCAUCUCUCUGGAUGAGUCUGUGGCACAGCUGCAGCUGUACAAUGUGGAGCCAGGCCACAGCGGGGACUAUGCCUGUGUGGUCACAAAUGAUGCUGGCAGUGCCUCAUGUACAACCCAACUCUUUGUGAAAGAGCCUGCAGUCUUUGUGAAGAAAUUAAGUGAUUUCAGUGUGGAGCAGGGGAAGUCCAUUGUGCUGGAAAGCAGCUACAUAGGCACCCCUCCCAUCUCUGUCACCUGGAAAAGAAAUGGCAUGCCUAUUGCUCAGUCUCCACGCUGCAGUGUUACAACUACUGACAAAUCUGGCAUUCUUGAAAUCUUCAACAGCACCAAGAGCGAUGAAGGCGAAUACACCUGUGAGGUGGCAAAUGAGGCGGGUGGAGAUGUUUGCCACAGCCUUGUAUCUAUCUUAGAACCACCCUAUUUUGUCACACACCUGGACCGUGUGGAUGUGAAGGUUGGCGAGCCUUUGAUCUUAAAAUGCCAGAUUGGUGGUGCACCGGAAAUCAAGGUGUCCUGGUAUAAAGAUGACACCAAACUCAGAUCAACACAGGCUUACAAAAUGCACUUCAAGAAUAAUGUGGCAACGCUGGCAUUCUCCACCGUGGAGGAUAGUGACAUUGGAGAAUAUGUCUGCAAAGCGGAAAAUAGCGUUGGCUUCGCCACCUCCACAGCUUUGCUUGUUGUUAAAGAACGUCAACUUCCCCCUACAUUUGCCAGAAAACUGAAAGAUAUUCAGGAGGUGGUUGGUGCCCCAGUGACAUUUGAUUGCCGCAUAAAUGGCUCAGAACCUAUCCAGGUGUCUUGGUACAAGGAUGGGGUCCUCUUAAGUGACAGUGAUAACAUGCAAUCAGCCUUCUUAAAUAAUGUUGCGACUCUCCAGAUCUUGGAAACUACUAUGGCUUACUGUGGCCAGUAUACUUGCUCAGCCCAAAAUGCUCUUGGGACUGCAUCUUCCAGUGCCAAACUUCUCCUCACAGAACACCUACAACCUCCCUUCUUUGACAUCAAGCCAGUAUCUAUUGAUGCGGCGCUAGGGGAAAGUGCAACCUUUAAGUGCCACGUGACUGGCUCGGCCCCCAUGAGGAUUCAUUGGACCAGGGACAACAGAGAGAUCCGCCCAGGCGGCAACUACAAGAUGACGCUGGUGGAAAACACAGCCAGUUUGACAGUCCUAAAAGUCAGUAAAGGGGAUGCUGGACUCUACACAUGUACUGCCAGCAACAGCGUUGGAAAGGACGCGUGCGCAGCUCAACUGGCUGUACAAGAACCACCAAGGUUUAUUAAGAAACUAGACUCCUCAAGACUUGUGAAACAGCAUGAUUCCACUAAGUAUGAAUGCAAAAUAGGUGGAUCUCCAGAAAUCAAAGUCACCUGGUACAAAGGUGAAACCGAGAUCCGCCCCAGUGAAAAAUACAGAAUGUCCUUUGUGGAUUCAGUGGCAGUCAUUGAAAUGCACAACCUCAGUGUGGAAGACAGCGGUGACUACACUUGUGAAGCUCAGAACCCAGCGGGUAGUGCAAGCACCAGUACCUCACUGAAAGUAAAAGCACCCCCCAUUUUUACCAAGAAGCCCCAUCCAGUCCAGACCUUGAAAGGGUCUGAUAUUCACCUGGAAUGUGAGCUUCAGGGCACUCCCCCAUUCCAGAUUUCAUGGUAUAAAGACAAACGAGAAAUUCGGAGCGGCAAGAAGUAUAAGGUCAUGUCCGAGAACUACCUGACUAGUAUUCACAUUCUCAAUGUGGAUACUGCAGAUGUGGGUGAAUAUCACUGUAAAGCUGUAAAUGAUGUGGGAAGUGACUCCUGUAUUGGCUCUGUAACACUAAGAGCACCACCAACCUUUGUGAAGAAGCUGAGUGAUCUCACUGUCGUGGUUGGGGAGUCGAUUGAACUGCAGGCUGCAGUAGAAGGAUCACAGCCCAUUUCUGUUCUAUGGUUAAAAGACAAAGGGGAAAUCAUUAGAGAAAGUGAUAAUCUUUGGAUCUCCUACUCAGAAAACAUCGCAACUCUUCAGAUUGGAAAUGUGGAGCCAGCCAAUGCUGGGAAAUACAGUUGUCAGAUAAAAAAUGAUGCUGGAGUUCAGGAAUGCUUUGCCAUGCUGAGAGUGCUAGAACCUGCAGUCAUUGUAGAGAAGCCAGGUCCAGUCAAAGUUACAGCUGGAGACUCUUGUACUCUGGAAUGCACAGUAGACGGCACACCAGAGCUUACUGCUAGGUGGUUUAAGGAUGGGAAUGAACUGUCCACUGACCAUAAACAUAAAAUCAGUUUCUUCAACAAAGUAUCUGGGCUUAAGAUCCUCAAUGCAGGACUAGAAGACAGUGGAGAAUAUACUUUUGAGGUGAAAAACAGUGUUGGUAAAAGCAGCUGCACAGCUUCAGUUCAUGUUUCAGAUCGUAUUAUACCUCCUUCUUUCACAAGAAAACUGAAAGAGACAUAUGGUCAGCUGGGUUCUUCUGCUGUACUGGAGUGCAAAGUUUAUGGGUCGCCACCUAUUCAGGUUUCCUGGUUUCAUGAUGGACAGGAGAUUACCAGUGGAGAAAAGUAUCAGGCUACUCUUACAGACAAUACCUGUUCUCUGAAAGUGAAUGGACUUCAGGAAUCUGAUAUGGGAACUUAUUUGUGCACAGCUACUAAUGUAGCUGGGUCUGAUGAAUGCAGCGCAUUUUUGAAUGUUAGAGAACCACCGUCUUUUGUGAAGAAGCCUGAACCACUGAAUGUUUUAUCUGGGGCAAACAUAACCUUUACCAGUAUCAUAAAAGGCUCCUCUCCAUUGGAAGUUAAAUGGUUUAGAGGUAGUGUUGAGCUAGUACCAGGACACAGAUGCAAUAUCACCUUGCAAGAUUCAAUUGCAGAACUGGAGCUGUUCGAUGUAAAUCCACUUCAGAGUGGAGACUACACCUGCCAGGUCUCUAAUGAGGCAGGGAAGAUUUCUUGCACAACACAUCUUUUUGUCAAAGAACCAGCCAAAUUUGUGAAGAAGGUGAACAAUUUAAGUGUAGAGAAAGGGAAAAAUUUAAUCUUGGAAUGCACAUAUACAGGUACUCCACCAAUUUCAGUGACAUGGAAGAAAAAUGGAGUAAAAAUAAUGCACUCUGAAAAGUGUAGCAUCACCACUACAGAAACAUCUGCCAUACUGGAAAUCCCUAGUAGCAAACUGGAAGAUCAGGGGCAAUAUUCUUGUCAUAUUGAAAAUGAUUCUGGACAAGAUAAUUGUCAUGGUGCUAUCACAAUACUAGAACCACCUUACUUCAUUACACCCUUGGAGCCGGUGCAGGUGACUGUUGGUGAUUCUGCAUCCUUACAGUGCCAGGUUGCUGGAACACCAGAAAUGAUUGUGUCAUGGUACAAGGGCGAUACAAAGCUGAGAGGAACUGCUACGGUGAAGAUGCACUUUAAGAACCAAGUUGCCACUCUGGUUUUCAGCCAGGUAGACAGUAGUGACAGUGGGGAGUACAUCUGCAAAGUAGAAAACACUGUUGGGGAGGCUGCUUCAUCAUCUUUGCUGACAGUUCAAGAGCGUAAACUUCCUCCUUCUUUUACACGAAAAUUAAGAGAUGUUCAUGAAACUGUUGGCUUACCAGUUACAUUUGAUUGCGGCAUUGCUGGUUCAGAACCUAUUGAAGUAUCUUGGUUUAAAGACGGUGUACGUGUAAAAGAGGACUACAAUGUCCACACAUCCUUCGUAGAUAAUGUAGCAACUCUCCAGAUUUUGAAGACAGAUAGGAGGCUUACUGGGCAAUAUACCUGCACAGCUACCAAUGCAAUUGGGACUGCUUCUUCUAGCGGCAGGCUUGUCCUUACAGAAGGGAAGACUCCUCCGUUCUUUGACAUCCCAAUUACACCUGUGGAUGGUAUUAUUGGAGAAAGUGCUGACUUUGAGUGUCAUGUUUCUGGAACACAGCCUAUUAGAGUCACUUGGGCAAAAGAUAACCAAGAGAUUAGAACAGGAAGAAACUAUCAGAUCAGUUAUGUAGACAACACAGCCCACUUGACCAUCUUGAGAGUUGACAGGGGAGAUGUUGGAAAGUAUACAUGCUAUGCUAGCAAUGAAGUUGGAAAGGACUCUUGCACAGCUCAACUGUCUGUUAAAGAACGAAAAACACCACCAACUUUUACUAAGAAACUGUCUGAAGCAGUAGAAGAAACAGAAGGGAAUGAACUUAGACUUGAGGGCCGUGUUUCUGGCUCUCAGCCUUUGACUGUUGCUUGGUAUAAAAACAAUCAGGAAGUUCAUUCAAGCCCUCAUUGUGAAAUAUCUUUCAAAAACAAUACCUUACUUUUGCAUAUAAGGAGUGUAGAGCAAUCAGAUGCUGGUUUAUAUACCUGUAAAGUGUCCAAUGAAGCAGGAAGCGUGUUGUGUACAUCUUCUAUUGUUAUCGGAGAACCUAAACAGCCUCCAGUUUUUGACCAUCCUCUUCAGCCAGCAGCAGUAGAGGAAGGUGAUACCCUACAGCUCAGCUGCCACGUCCAAGGAUCACAGCCAAUCCGGAUUCAGUGGCUGAAGGCAGGGAGAGAAAUAAGAGCUUCAGACAGAUGCAACUUCAGCUUUUCUAAUGGAGUAGCUUUUCUGGAACUUGCUGCAGUUACCAAAUCCGAUUCAGGAGAAUAUGUAUGCAAAGCGUCAAAUGCAGCUGGAACUGAUACUUGCAAAUCUAAAGUGACAGUUAAAGAAAAACCAGCAGCUGCACCAGCAGCUAAGAAAGCAGAAGUGGAAGGAAAACUUUAUUUUGUGUCAGAGCCUCAGAGUAUCAAAGUCAUGGAAAAGACUGUUGCAACGUUUGUUGCAAAAGUUGGAGGAGACCCAAUUCCAAAUGUUAAAUGGCUGAAGGGAAAAUGGAGGCAACUCAACCAGGGUGGUCGUGUUAUAAUCCAGCAGAGAGGAGAUGAAGCCAAACUACAAAUAAAGGAUGCAAUCAAAACUGAUUCUGGCAUGUACAAAUGUGUAGCUUUUAACCAGCAUGGUGAAAUUGAGAGGAGUGUAAACCUACAAGUUGAAGAAAGGAAGAAAGAAGUUGUUGAAGGGGAUUUCAGGGCAAAACUAAAAAGCACUCCAACAAAAAGGAAGGAAGAAGAGGAAGAGCAACCUAUUGAUAUCUUGGAACUUCUCAAAAACGUAGAUCCCAAAGAAUAUGAGAAAUAUGCUCGCAUGUAUGGAAUUACAGAUUUCCGUGGCCUCCUGCAAGCCUUUGAGUUACUAAAGCAAACGCAAGCAGAAGAAAGCCAUAGACUGGAAAUUGAGCUCACAGAAAAAGCUCGAAGAGAAGAUCAGGAGUUUGAUGAACUUGUAGCUUUUAUUCAGCAACGACUCUCACAGACGGAGCCUAUUACUCUGAUCAAAGACAUUGAAAAUCAGAUGGUUUUAACAGAUGAGGAUGCUGUCUUUGAAUGUGAGAUUAAAAUUAACUACCCAGAAAUUAAACUUUCAUGGUACAAGGGAACCCAGAAACUGGACUCCAAUGACAAAUAUGAAAUUAGAAUUGAAGGCGAUCGCCAUAUACUGAGAAUCAGGAACUGCCAACUUGAAGAUCAGGGAAAUUUCAGAAUAGUGUGUGGACCACAUAUUGCCAGUGCCAGGCUAACUGUGAUCGAACCUGCAGUUGAACGGCAUCUUCAUGACACUACUUUCAAGGAAGGAAAAACUUGCACGCUGUCUUGUCAGUUCUCUAUCCCAAAUGCCAAGUCUCAGUGGUAUAGAAAUGGGAGACCCAUUAAGAUAGGAGGGCGAUAUUCAACACAAGUCUCUGACAAAGUACACAAACUCAUCAUCAAGGAUCUUAGAACAGAAGACCAGGGACAGUAUACCUGCAAGCUUGACAAUCUAGAAACAACUGCAGAUCUGGCCAUUGAAGCGGAACCAAUUCAAUUCACAAAGAGCAUACAGAACAUUGUAGUGAGUGAACACCAGUCUGCAACCUUUGAGUGUGAGGUGUCUUUUGAUGAUGCAGUUGUGACAUGGUAUAAAGGCCCCAAUGAACUGAGAGAGAGUCCCAAGUACAGCUUCAGAAGUGAAGGUCGUUGUCAUUAUAUGACUAUUCACAAUGUUACUGCAGAAGAUGAAGGUGUAUAUUCUGUAAUUGCUCGUCUUGAACCAAGAGGAGAAGCAAGAAGCACUGCAGAGCUCUAUCUAGUAACCAAAGAAAUCAAACUGGAGUUGAAGCCACCAGAUGUUCCUGAUGCCAAGGUUGCUGUUCCACCUCAAAAACCAGCUGAAGCUGCCCCUAUUCCUAUUCUUCUGCCUCUUAUUCCACCACCAGAGGAGAAAAAGCCAGCAGAAAAAAAGGUUCCAGUGAAGAAAGUCUCCAAAAAGGUGGUUAAAAAAGUUCCUGAAGAAGUCCCACCACCUAAAGUUCCUGAGGUGCUGCCAGAGAAGCCCAAAGAGGUCAAAAUAACAUCCAUGGCAAGGAGAGAAGAAAUUUAUGAAGAAAAGAAGGAAAUCUAUGAAGAGCCCAAAGAAACUUAUGAAGAAUGGGAAGAAGAUUAUGGAGAAGACCAUGACUAUUAUGUCAAGGAAGAAGGCUAUGAUGAAGGAGAAGAGGAAUGGGAAGAAGCUUAUGAGAAAAGAGAAGUGACUUAUGAAGAAAAACGAGUCAUUCAUGAAGAAGAAGUGGUUGAAGUUCCUAAGAGGCCUGUGCCUGAGCGAAAACCACCAGCAAUUACAGCUGAAAAGAAGGAAAAGAAAGAAGUAACAGUUCGUAAAGUGCCAGAGCUGCCCAAGAAAAUUCCAGAAGAGAAAGUACCCACUGCUGUGCCUAGAAAACCGGAACCACCACCAGCCAAAGUGCCAGAAGUGCCCAAGAAAGUCCCAGAUGAGAAAAUAUCCGUUGCAGAGCCUAAAAAACCAGCAGUUCCACCAGCUAAAGUCCCUGAGGUACCAAAGAAAGUGGUCACAGAAGAGGUUUCAGUUAAAGUACCAAAGAAACCAGAACCCCCACCAACUAAAGUGCCUGAGGUGCCCAAGAAAGUGAUUUCAGAAGAAAAAGUGCAUAUUGAAGUUCCUAAAAAACCAGAACCUCCACCACCUAAAGUUCUUAAAAAGAAAUCAGAAGAGGAAGAACCUAAACCAGAAAAAGAACCUAAACCAGAAGUUAAACCAGUACCUACACCAGUAGAAAAAAUUAAGAAACCUGAAGUCCCAGAAGUUCCUAAGAAGAAAAUUGAGAUACCUGUCAUUAAAAAAGAGGAGAAACAUGUGCCUGAACCACCAAAAGAACCUAAGCAAGCAGCUAUCCCAGCUCCUGGGCUUGAACCUAAACCUGCAGUAGUUCUAAAAUCUCCAAAACCAGUAGCAGAACCAGCACCCGCUGUUACUACUCCAGUGACAGUCCCAGUGGUUGGAAAGAAAGCAGAGGCCAAGACACCAAAAGAAGAAACUCCGAAGGGUAUCAGUCCAGUCAAAGCCAAGAAGACACCUUCACCAGCAGAUGCAGAAAGAAGGAAACUCAGGCCAGGCAGUGGUGGUGAAAAACCUCCUGAAGAGCCUCCAUUCACUUACCAACUCAAGGCUGUACCACUGAAGUUUGUCAAGGAGAUGAAAGAUAUAGUGCUAACAGAAGCUGAAUCUGUUGGGUCUUCCGCAAUCUUUGAAGUCCUUAUUUCACCAUCUACUGCAAUUACCAGCUGGAUGAAAGAUGGAAGUAACAUCCGAGAGAGCCCAAAACACAAGUUUAUUGCUGAUGGCAAAGAUAGGAAGCUGCAUAUUAUUGAUGUCCAGCUGUCAGAUGCUGGUGAAUAUACUUGUGUAUUGCGACUGGGAAACAAAGAGAAGACCUCUACAGCCAAACUCAUUGUUGAAGCACUCCCAGUGCGGUUUGUGAAAACUCUUGAAGAAGAAGUCACUGUGGUUAAAAGUCAGCCACUGUACUUGACAUGUGAGCUUAACAAAGAAAGAAAUGUGAUCUGGAGGAAGGAUGGGAAGAUCAUCAAAGACAAGCCUGGGAAAUUUGCUCUGGGCAUUAUUGGUUUGUCACAUUCCCUCACGAUCAUUGAUUCAGAUGAUGCUGAUGCUGGCACUUACAGUGUUACCGUGGAAGACACUGAGCUGUCAUGCUCAUCUUGUGUUAAGGUAGUAGAAGUGAUAAGAGACUGGUUAGUAAAACCCAUAAGAGACCAGCAUGUGAAACCAAAAGGGACAGCUACUUUCACCUGUGAUAUUGUCAAGGAUACACAAAACUUUAAAUGGUUUAAAAUUUUCCUGAAAAUCAAGAAUGCUGGCCCUGAUGAUAUUGGGGAAUAUUCAGUGGAGGUUGAAGGUCGCAGAUACCCAGCUAAACUGACCCUUGGUGACCGUGAGGUUGAACUUCUGAAGCCAUUAGAGGAUGUUACAGUUUAUGAGAAAGAAACAGCAAACUUUGAUACAGAAAUAUCUGAGGAUGAUAUUCCUGGUGAAUGGAAGCUGAAAGGAGAAAUCCUGAGACCCUCACCUACAUGUGAAAUCAAAGCUGAAGGAGGAAAGCGUUUCCUAACCUUGCAUAAAGUCAAGUUAGAGCAAGCUGGUGAAGUCCUUUUCCAGGCACUUAAUGCAGUUACUGCAGCUAUCCUGACAGUGAAAGAAAUUGAACUGGACUUUGCUGUGCCCCUAAAAGAUGUUACUGUCCCUGAGAGGCGCCAAGCAAGGUUCGAAUGUGUCCUUACCAGAGAAGCCAAUGUUAUAUGGUCUAAGGGCACUGAUAUAAUCAAGAUUGGAGACAAAUUUGACAUCAUUGCAGAUGGAAAGAAGCAUAUUCUUAUAAUCAAUGAUUCUCAGUUUGAUGAUGAGGGAGAAUACACUGCUGAAGUUGAUGGCAAGAAGAGCACAGCAAGACUGUUUGUGGAAGGUGUGAGGUUGAAGUUCAUCUCACCUCUUCAGGAUCAAACAGUGAAAGAAGGGGAAACAGCUCACUUCCAGUUUGAGGUUUCUCAUGAAGACAUGCCAGUGAAAUGGUACAAAAAUGACAAGAGACUGCACACAAGCAGAACGGUUUUUAUGACUUCAGAAGGCAAAGUUCAUAGACUAGAAAUGAGAGAAGUAACACUUGAUGAUAUCUCUGAAAUAAAGGCCGUAGUCAAGGAUUUGAACACACAAGCAAACCUCAAAGUCCUAGAGGCCGAUCCAUAUUUCACUGUGAAAUUACAAGACUACAGUGCUGUGGAGAAAGAUGAUAUUAUUCUGGAGUGUGAACUUAGCAAAGAUGUGCCAGUAAAAUGGUACAAAGAUGGUGAAGAAUUAGUAGCUUCCAACAGAAUUUCCAUAAAAACAGAUGGCUUGCGCCGUAUCCUGAAGAUCAAGAAGGCUGCAGAGAGUGACAAGGGUGUUUAUGAGUGUGACUGUGGAACUGACAAGACAAGUGCUAAUGUCAGCGUUGAGCCUCGCUUAAUUAAAGUGGAACGCCCACUGUAUGGAGUGGAAGUAUUCGUAGGUGAAACAGCACGUUUUGAAAUUGAAAUUUCUGAGCCUGAUGUCCAUCCUAUAUGGAAGCUAAAGGGAGAAACCCUAACACCUUCGCCUGACUGUGAAAUCAUUGAAGACGGGAAGAAACAUGCUCUUGUCCUUCAUAACUGCAAACUUGAUAUGACUGGAGAAGUGUCUUUCCAAGCUGCUAACGCUAAAAGUGCUGCUAAUCUGAAAGUGAAAGAAUUGCCUCUCAUCUUUAUCACUCCACUGAGUGAUGUGAAGGUCUUCGAGAAGGAUGAAGCCAAGUUUGAAUGUGAGGUGUCCAGAGAACCCAAGACUUUCCGCUGGUUGAAAGGAACACAAGAGAUCACUUCUGAUGAAAGAUUUGAAGUUAUUUCAGAUGGAACAAAGCAUUCUCUGAUUAUUAAAUCUGUUGCAUUUGAGGAUGAAGCUAAAUAUAUGUUUGAAGCUGAGGAUAAGACAACAAGUGCCAAGCUAAUUAUUGAAGGUAUCCGCCUCAAAUUCAUUACUCCUCUCAAGGAUGUAACCAAAAAGGAGCGAGAAACUGCAGUGUUCACUGUGGAACUCUCUCAUGAAAAUAUCCCUGUUGUCUGGUUCAAGAAUGACCAACGAUUACAUACCAGCAAAGUGGUUUCAAUGACAGACGAUGGCAAAUUCCAUACACUCACAAUCAAAGAUCUUACUAUUGAUGAUACUUCUCAGAUUAGAGUGGAAGCUAUGGGCAAGUCCUCAGAAGCUAAACUCACUGUUCUUGAGGGAGACCCUUACUUCACCGGGAAGCUGCAGGAUUACACUGCUGUAGAGAAAGAUGAAGUAAUCUUACAAUGUGAAAUCAGUAAAGCAGAUGCACCAGUGAAAUGGAUGAAGGAUGGCAAACCAAUUACUCCCUCAAAGAAUGUUGUUAUUAAGGCUGAUGGCAAAAAGAGAAUCCUUAUCCUCAAGAAAGCUUUGAAGAAAGACAUUGGACAGUACACUUGUGACUGUGGUACUGAUCAAACAUCUGCUAAACUCAAUAUUGAAGACCGGGAUAUUGAGAUUAUACGUCCACUAUACAGUGUGGAGGUGAUUGAGACAGAGACUGCCCGUUUUGACAUUGAAAUCUCUGAGGAAGGUGUCCAUGGAAAUUGGAAGCUAAAAGGAGAACCCCUGACUGAAUCAGCUGAAUGUGAAAUCAAGGAGGAAGGCAAAAAGCACUUCCUUACACUGUACAAUGUACGCUUAGAUCAAGCUGGCGGAGUAGAUUUCCAAGCAGCAAAUGCCAAAUCUGGUGCUCACCUUCGAGUGAAACCUCGAGUAAUUGGCUUGCUGAGACCACUCAAGGAUGUAACAGUGACAGCUGGGGAAUCAGCAACCUUCGAUUGUGAACUCUCGUAUGAAGGAAUCCCAGUGGAGUGGUUCCUGCAAGGAAAGAAACUGGAGCCCAGUGAUAAGGUUAUGACACGUGCUGAAGGGAGAGUUCACACACUUAUUCUGAGAGACGUCAAGUUAACGGAUGCGGGAGAGGUAUCACUGACAGCAAAAGAUUUCAGAACUCAAGCAAAUCUUUUUGUGAAAGAACCCCCAGUUGAAUUCACUAAACCACUUGAGGACCAGACUGUUGAAGAGGAGGCCACUGCAGUACUGGAAUGUGAAGUUUCCAGGGAAAAUGCAAAAGUUAAAUGGUUCAAAAAUGGAGAAGAAAUUCACAAAACGAAGAAGUACGAUAUCAUUUCUGAUGGCAGAGUCAGAAAACUCAUUAUCCAUGGCUGCACACUGGAUGAUGCAAAAACAUAUACCUGUGAUGCUAAGGAUUUUAAGACAUCAUGUUUUCUCAAUGUAGAACCGAUUCGUGUUGAGUUCCUGAAACCCCUAACUGACCUUGAAGUUAAAGAAAAAGAAUCUGCUCGGUUUGAAUGUGAAAUUUCUCGUCCAGGUGUCAAGGUGAAGUGGUUUAAGGAUGGCAUUGAAAUUAGGAAAGGGAAAAAGUAUGACAUCAUUUCCAAAGGUGCAGAACGCAUUCUUGUUGUCAGUAAAUGUGUCUUUGAUGAUGAAGCUGAAUACGCCUGUGAAGCAAAAACAGCUCGAACUUCAGGCUUACUUACAGUGAUAGAGGAAGAGGCUGUUUUCACAAAAAAUCUUCCUGAUCUUGAAGUAAAUGAAAAUGACACUGUAAAAUUCAUCUGUGAAGUUUCAAAGCCUAAUGCUGAAGUUGCUUGGUUUAAAGGAGAUGAGGAGGUGCCUGAUGGUGGUAGAUUUGAACACAUUUCUGAUGGCCGAAAGAGAAUUCUUCUCAUACGUAAUGCUCAUCCUGAAGAUGCUGGCAAAUAUACUUGCAAGCUCCCAAGCUCUAGUACCUCAGGAAAACUUACUGUACAUGAACUUGCAGCAGAAUUUCUUACCAGACCACAAAAUCUUGAGGUGCUUGAAGGAGACAAAGCUGAAUUUGUCUGUUCUGUAUCCAAAGAGGCAAUUGCAGUACAGUGGCUGAGGGGUGACACAGUCCUGGAGGCUGGUGAUAAGUACGACAUCAUUUCAGAUGGCAAAAAGAGAACACUUGUGGUUAAAGACUCUAUUCUAGGAGACGCGGGAAAGUAUACUGUCAUGGUUGGUGAAGCUAAAGCUACGGCACGCUUAACAGUGAUUGAAAAACUCAGGAUUAUAACUCCCCUUAAGGACCAAGAAGUUAAUGAGGGUCAAGAAAUUAUCUUCAACUGUGAAGUCAAUAAAGAAGGUGCCAAAGAGAAGUGGUACAAAAAUGAUGAGGCAAUAUUUGAUAGUGCAAAAUACAUUAUUGUCCAGAAGGAUUUAGUCUACACUCUCAGAAUCAGAGAUGCACAGUUGAAAGAUCAAGCAACCUAUACCAUUUCACUGUCAAACCAGAGGCAUGAACAUGUCAAAAGUUCUGCUGCCUUAACAGUAUUAGAGGAGGAUCUCAGAAUAGUUGAGCCUCUUGAAGACAUUGAGACCAUGGAAAAGAAAACUGUCACAUUCUGGUGCAAAGUCAACCGCCUUAAUGCAACCCUCAAAUGGACAAAGAAUGGUGAAGAGAUCACAUUCAACAAACGCAUUUUGUACAAAAUUGAUAAAUACAAACACUCACUCAUCAUUAAAGACUGUGGGUUUAUAGAUGAAGGUGAAUACACUGUUACUGCUGGACAAGACAAAUCUGUCGCAGAGCUUCUCAUCACAGAAGCACCAGCAGACUUCAUUGAACAUCUCCGGGACCAGACCGUCACUGAAUUUGAUGAUGCUGUCUUUACAUGCCAGCUUUCCAAAGAGAAAGCCAGUGUAAGAUGGUACAGAAAUGGAAGAGAAAUCAAAGAAGGCAAAAAAUACCAGUUUGAAAAGGAUGGAAAUCUGCACAGAUUAAUCAUAAAAGACUGUAGACUAGAUGAUGAGUGUGAAUAUUCCUGUGGAGUGGAUGACAGGAAAUCUAGGGCAAGACUUUUUGUUGAAGAAAUCCCUGUUGAGAUCAUCCGACCACCACAAGAUAUUUAUGAAGCUCCUGGUGCAGAUGUCAUUUUCACGGCAGAGCUGAACAAAGAUGGUGUGGAGGUCAAGUGGUUGAGAAACAACAUGAUUAUUGUCCAAGGUGACAAACAUCAGAUGAUGAGUGAAGGAAAGGUCCACAGGCUGCAGGUGUGUGAGAUAAAGCCACGGGACCAAGGGGAAUACAGAUUUAUUGCCAAAGAUAAGGAAGCUAGAGCUAAGCUUGAAUUAGCUGCUGCACCUAGAAUCAAGACUGGUGAUCAAAACCUUGUGGUUGAUGUUGGGAAGCCUUUAACUAUGACUGUUCCAUAUGAUGCCUACCCAAGAGCAGAAGCUGAAUGGUUGAAAGGGGAAGAAAGUCUGCCCACAACAACUGUUGAUACAACAACUGACUGCACUACCUUCAAAAUUUAUGAAGCAAAGAAAUCAGAUAAGGGAAGGUACAAGGUUAUACUUCGAAACAAACAUGGCCAGGCAGAAGCAUUCAUCAAUGUAGAGGUCAUUGAUGUUCCGGGUCCAGUUAGAAACUUGGAAGUCACUGAAACUUAUGAUGGUGAAGUUGGCCUCGCCUGGCAAGAACCAGAAACUGAUGGUGGAAGUAAAAUAAUAGGCUACGUCAUUGAAAGACGUGAUAUCAAGCGUAAAACCUGGAUUAUGGCCACUGAUCGUGCUGAAAACUGUGAAUACACUGUUACUGGACUUCAAAAAGGAGGAGUUGAGUACCUCUUCCGAGUUAGUGCUCGGAACAGAGUGGGCACGGGUGAGCCAGUGGAAACAGAGAGACCUGUGGAAGCUAGGAGCAAAUUUGAAGUUCCUGGUCCUCCUCAAAAUGUAGAAGUUACGGAUGUGAACAGGUUUGGAGCUACACUUACCUGGGAACCACCUGAGUAUGAUGGAGGAUCUCCAAUUACUGGCUAUGUUGUUGAACUGCGUAACAGAGCGUCCAUCAAAUGGGAGCCAACUAUGACCACCGGAGCUGAUGAACUCUCAGCUGUCCUGACUGAUGUUGUGGAAAAUGAAGAAUAUUUCUUCAGAGUAAGAGCUCAAAACAUGGUUGGAGUUGGCAAACCAAGUCCUGCUACACGUGCAGUAAAAAUUAUGGACCCAAUUGAGAGACCAAGUCCUCCCAUUAACCUUGACCAUUCAGAUCAAACUAAGUCAUCAGUGCAGCUCACAUGGGAACCUCCUCUCAAAGAUGGAGGAAGUCCAGUCCUAGGCUAUAUUGUUGAAAGGCAAGAAGAAGGAACAGACAAGUGGAUUCGCUGUAACCCCAAACUAGUACCUGCUCUUACUUUUAAGGUAACUGGAUUGAAACCAGGAUCCAGUUAUUACUACAGAGUCUCAGCAGAAAAUGCAGCUGGUGUGUCUGACCCAGCAGAGGCUAUUGGGCCAUUAACUGCAGAUGACACUUUUGUUGGACCCACAAUGGACCUAAGUGCUUUUAAAGAUGGGCUGGAAGUUAUUGUUCCUGAGCCAAUCAAGAUCCGUGUUCCUAUCACUGGAUACCCUGUACCAACUGCCACAUGGUCUUUUGGUGACCAAGUCUUAGAAGAGGGUGGUCGUGUAACAAUGAAGACCACUGCCUCCUUUGCAGAACUUGUAAUUACUCCAAGUGAACGUCCAGACAAGGGAAUUUAUUCCUUAACAUUAGAAAACCCUGUGUCAUCUGUUUCUGGAGAAAUUGAUGUUAAUGUCAUUGCUCGUCCAAGUGCACCAAGAGAACUUAAAGUUUUAGACAUAAUUAAGAACACAGUACAGCUAUCAUGGGAACCUCCAGAAGAUGAUGGUGGAAGUCCAGUUACUGGCUAUAUAAUUGAAAAACGUGAAGUAAGCCGGAAAACAUGGAACAAAGUUAUGGAUCAUGUUGUUGACCAAGAGUUCACUGUACCUGACCUCAUCCAAGGAAAAGAAUAUUUAUUUAGAGUUUCUGCAUGCAAUAAAUGUGGCCCAGGAGAACCUGCAUAUAUUGAUGAACCUGUAAAUAUGUCAGCACCAGCAACGGUGCCCGAUCCACCAGAGAAUGUUAAAUGGAGAAAUCCAACAUCAAAAGGAAUCUUCCUAACAUGGGAGCCUCCCAAAUAUGAUGGUGGUGCCCGCAUUAAGGGUUAUCUGGUAGAAAAAUCCCAGCGUGGCACAGACAAGUGGGAGAUAUGUGGGGAGCCCGUUGUUGAAACAAAAAUGGAAGUGACAAAACUCAAGGAAGGAGAGUGGUAUUCAUAUCGGGUUAAGGCUUUGAACAGAAUAGGAGCUAGCAAGCCAAGUAAGCCAACAGAUGAUAUCCAGGCCAUUGAUGCAAAAGAGGCUCCAGAAAUUUUCUUAGAUGUGAAGCUUCUUGCUGGACUUACCGUGAAAGCUGGAACUAAAAUUGAGUUGCCAGCUAAAGUAACUGGAAAACCUGAGCCCCAGAUUACUUGGACCAAGGCUGACAAAAUUUUGAGACCUGAUGACAGAAUCACCAUUGAAACCAAACCUAAUCAUUCUACAGUCACUAUUACAGACAGCAAGAGGAGUGACAGUGGAACCUAUAUUAUAGAAGCUGUAAAUUCUAGUGGACGUGCUACUGCUGUUGUUGAAGUUAAUGUUCUUGAUAAACCUGGCCCGCCAGCUGCAUUUGAUGUAUCAGAAAUCACAAAUGAAUCCUGCCUUCUGACAUGGAAUCCUCCACGAGAUGAUGGGGGUUCUAAAAUUACCAACUAUGUCCUUGAGAAAAGAGCUACAGACAGUGAAAUAUGGCACAAGUUGUCAUCAACUAUUAAGGAUACAAAUUUCAGAGCCACCAAUUUAACUCCUCAUAAAGAAUAUGUGUUCCGAGUCAGUGCUGAGAACAUGUAUGGUAUUGGGGAGCCAGCACAGUGUAGCCCCAUCAUUGCAAAAUAUUCAUUUGAUCCACCAGGCCCUCCAACAGGUCUCAAACCUACAGAGAUCACUAAAGAUUCAGUCACCUUAACAUGGAAUGAACCAGAUGAAGAUGGUGGCAGCCCCAUAACUGGCUACUGGGUUGAAAGAUAUGAUCCUGAGCAAGAUAAAUGGAUAAAAUGCAAUAAAAUGCCAGUAAAAGAUACAACAUUCAAGGUUAAAGGUCUUACAAAUAAGAAGAAAUAUAAGUUCCGUGUCUUGGCAGAGAAUCUUGCAGGACCUGGAAAACCAAGCAAGGAAACAGAACCAAUCUUAGUGAAAGACCCAAUCGAUCCACCAUGGCCUCCUGGAAAGCCAACUGUGAAAGAUGUUGGCAAGACAUCGUUAUUCCUGAACUGGACAAAGCCAGAACAUGAUGGAGGGGCAAAGAUCGAAUCUUAUGUCAUUGAACUAUUAAAGACUGGAACAGACGAGUGGGUGAGAGUAGCUGAAGGAGUUCCCACAACUGAACACUUCCUCAAAGGGCUUAUGGAGAAACAAGAAUACUCAUUCCGUGUAAGAGCUGUGAACAAGGCUGGCGAGAGUGAGCCCAGUGAACCCAGUGAUCCUGUGCUGUGCAAGGAGAGGCUUUAUCCUCCUUCACCACCUCGGUGGCUUGAGGUUAUUAAUAUUACUAAAAACACAGCAGACCUUAAAUGGACAGUACCAGAAAAAGAUGGUGGUUCCCCAAUUACCAACUAUAUUGUUGAAAAGAGAGAUGUAAGGCGAAAAGGCUGGCAGACAGUUGAUACAACAGUGAAAGAUACCAAGUACACAGUGAGCCCACUGACUGAAGGGUCAUUGUAUGUGUUCCGCGUGGCUGCAGAAAAUGCCAUUGGACAGAGUGACUAUUGUGAAAUUGAAGAUUCAGUGCUUGCCAAAGAUACUUUCACAACCCCUGGGCCUCCAUAUGCUCUUACGAUAGUUGAAGUGACAAAAGGUCAUGUUGAUUUGAAAUGGGAACCACCUAAAAAUGAUGGUGGCAGACCAAUUCAAAGAUAUGUUAUUGAAAAGAAAGAAAAACUAGCCACUCGCUGGGUAAAAGCUGGCAAGACAGCUGGUCCAGACUGCAAUUUCAGAGUGACUGAUGUCAUUGAAGGUACAGAUGUACAGUUCCAGGUUCGUGCAGAAAAUGAAGCUGGCUGUGGUCAUCCCAGUGAACCAACAGACCUCAUUCAUAUUGAGGAUCCAACAAGCCCUCCUUCACCUCCUCAGGAUUUACAUGUCACAGAUGCAGGUCGAAAGCACAUUUGCAUUGCAUGGAAACCUCCUGAGAAGAACGGUGGAAGCCCUAUUAUUGGGUAUAAUGUUGAGAUGUGUGAAGCAGGAACAGAAAAAUGGAUGAGAAUCAAUUCUCGUCCAAUAAAAGACCUAAAAUGUAAAGUGGAGGAAGGUGUUGUUCCAGACAAGGAAUAUGUGCUGAGAGUCAGAGCUGUCAAUGCUGUUGGAGCUAGUGAGCCAUCAGACAUCUCAGAAAAAGUUGUUGCCAAGGACCCAGACUGUAAUCCAACCAUUGAUCUAAAAACUCGUGACAUUGUUGUUGUUAAAGGACAGAAAUUAAGUAUCCCUAUACCCUUCAGAGCUGUUCCAUCCCCAACUAUAACAUGGCACAAAGAUGGCAAAGAGUUGAAAGCUGGUGACAGAACAACAAUGAAGAGUGACUACACCUCUGCAUUGCUCGAAGUCAUAGACAGUGUUCAUGCUGAUGCUGGUGUUUAUACUAUCACAUUGGAGAACAAGCUGGCAUCAACAACUGGCUCAGUCAACGUCAAAGUCAUAGGUCCACCUGGACAGUGUAAAGACAUUAAGGCAAGCGAAAUAACUAAGAAUUCUUGCAAAGUAUCCUGGGAACCUCCAGACUUUGAUGGUGGUACUCCUAUUCUGCAUUAUGUUCUGGAACGCAGAGAAGCUGGUCGUAGAACAUAUAUCCCAGUCAUGUCUGGUGAAAAUAAGCUUUCAUGGCAAGUCAAAGAUCUUAUCCCAAACAGUGAAUAUUACUUCCGUGUUAAAGCUGUCAAUAAGAUUGGAGGAGGUGAAUAUCUUGAACUAAGAAACCCAAUCAUUGCAGAAGACCCAAAACAGCCUCCAGAUCCUCCUGUUGACCUUGAGGUCCAUAAUCCAACAUCAAAAUCAGUAACACUUACAUGGAAACCACCCCUGUUUGAUGGUGGAAGCAAGAUUAUGGGUUAUAUCAUAGAAAAGCUUGCUAAGGGCAAGGAGAGGUGGGAGAGAUGCAAUGACUAUCUGGUACCUCUAUUAACAUAUCCGGUGAAAGGUCUUGAGGCAGGAAAGGAGUAUCAAUUCCGUGUUCGUGCUGAAAACGCUGCUGGCAUCAGUGAGCCUUCUCGGAUUACUCCUUUUGUGAAAGCUGUGGAUCCUACUGAGGCUCCAAAAGUCUUCCUUGCUGCAAACCUACAGUCUGGCCUUGAGGUGAAGAGAGGUGAUGAGAUCAUACUUGAAGCACAUAUUUCAGGGUCACCUUAUCCAUCUAUCACUUGGCUGAGGAAUGAUGAAGUUGUCAGACCAGAGGAAAUCAAAAAGAGAGUAACAACAUAUACAAGGAAGAAGAAGGGUGAAGCUGAAGAAGAGGAACCUUUCCAGCUUUCACUACCAGAACGUACGAGUAUUGACAACCAUAAAGAAGGAGAGUCUGUACUAUCAGUUCGUGAUUCCAUCAGAGCUGACCAUGGCACGUUUACAAUUAAAGUGGAAAAUGAUCAUGGUGUUGCAAAAGCCUCAUGUGAAGUCAAUGUGUUAGAUACACCUGGGCCUCCAGUCAACUUUGUAUUUGAAGAUGUGAGGAAAAAUUCUGUCAUUUGUAAGUGGGAGCCUCCCCUUGAUGAUGGUGGAAGUGAAAUCCUAAACUAUGUACUGGAAAAGAAAGACAAUACAAAAGCUGAAAUGGGCUGGGUCACUGUCAGCUCAACACUCAGGCACUGCAAAUUCCAUGUAACAAAACUGAUUGAAGGAAAAGAAUAUCUCUUCCGUGUAUUUGCUGAAAAUAGAGUUGGAGCAGGACCACCAUGUGUUUCAAAACCAAUGACAGCCAAAGAUCCUUUCUCUCCACCAGAUCCACCUAAUAAGCCUGAUGUGCAAGAUGUUACCAGCAACAGUAUGUUGGUUAAAUGGAAUGAACCGAAAGACAAUGGCAGCCCAAUCAUAGGAUAUUGGAUUGAAAAACGUGAAAUUAAUAGUACUCAUUGGGCUCGGGUCAACAGGAACCUUGUGAAUGCUCUGGAAAUAAAAGUUGAAGGACUGUUGGAAGGAUUAACUUACAUCUUUAGAGUAUGUGCUGAAAAUGCAGCUGGCCCUGGUAAAUUUAGUCCGCCAUCAGAUCCAAAAACUGCACAAGACCCGAUAAUGCCACCUGGUCCACCAAUUCCAAGAGUUGCUGAUACAAGCUCAACUUCUAUUGAAUUAGAAUGGGAACCUCCUGCAUAUAAUGGUGGUGGAGAUAUCACUGGUUACCAUGUAUACAAACAACUGGUGGGAGUAAAAGAGUGGUCACGUUGCACAGAGAAACCCAUUAAAGUUCGACAGUAUACUGUUAAAGAAGUUAGAGAAGGUGCAGACUAUAAACUCCGUGUUACUGCACUUAAUGCGGCUGGUGAAGGACCACCUGGUGAAACUGAACCCGUAACGGUUGCUGAACCUAAAGAGCCUCCCACUGUUGAGCUGGAUAUUUCUGUCAAAGCAGGCAUUCAGAUCAUGGCUGGGCAAACUAUUAGAAUUCCUGCUACUGUGACAGGGCGUCCUACUCCCACCAUUGCAUGGACCGUGGAGGAGGGGGAAUUAGACAAAGAUCGAGUUGUUAUUGAAAAUGUUGGCACAAAAUCUGAGUUAACCAUUAAGAAUGCAUUGAGAAAAGACCAUGGAAGAUAUGUAAUUACUGCUACCAAUAGCAGUGGUUCCAAAUCUGCAGGAACCAGAGUAGAAGUAUUUGAUGUUCCUGGGCCAGUCCUUGACCUAAAGCCAGUGGUCACAAACAGAAAGAUGUGUUUGCUUAACUGGUCUGAUCCUGAAGAUGACGGUGGCAGUGAUAUCAUAGGCUUCAUUGUCGAACGGAAGGAUGCCAAAAUGCAUACAUGGAGACUAGCUAUAGAUACAGAGAGAUCUAAAUGCGAUAUUACAGGUCUAGUUGAAGGGCAGGAAUACAAAUUCCGUGUUAGCGCCAAGAACAAGUUUGGUACUGGCCCACCGGUUGAAAUAGGACCCAUUCUUGCAGUUGAUCCAUUAGGUCCCCCAACAGCGCCUGAGAGGUUCAUGUACACAGAGAGGACAAAGUCAACCAUUACACUUGACUGGAAGCCUCCACGUAGUGAUGGUGGCAGUCCUGUCUUAGGAUAUAUUGUUGAGAAGAGGAGACAUGAUUCAAAAGACUAUGAAAGAGUUAAUGCAAGGCUCUGUCCAAAAACAUCUCUUCUUGUUGAAAACCUUGAUGAACUUCAUAUGUAUGAAUUCCGUGUCAAAGCUGUCAAUGCUAUUGGAGAAAGUGAACCAUCACUGCCCCUCAAUGUCGUUAUACAAGAUGAUGAAGUACCUCCAACUGUUACAUUACGCCUGGCUGUGAGAGGAGAUACUAUCAAAGUGAAGGCAAAAAAGAAUGAAGUUUUAAUUGACCAAACAUCCAGUGCACUUAAGAUAACCAAGGAAGAAGUGUCUAGAAGUGAGGCAAAAACUGAACUUAUCCUGCCUGCAGCACUGAGGGAUGAUAAAGGCACUUACACUGUGAGAGCUUCCAAUCGUCUUGGCACUGCAUUUCGCAAUGUGCAUGUUGAAGUGUAUGAUCGUCCUUCUCCACCAAGAAAUCUUGCUGUUUCUGAUAUUAAAGCGGAAUCAUGCUAUUUAACGUGGGAUGUGCCUCUUGAUAAUGGUGGUAGUGAAAUUACCCAUUACAUUAUUGAGAAACGUGAUGCUAGUAGGAAGAAAUCUGAGUGGGAAGAAGUCUCCAAAAGCGCUGUUGAGAGAAGAUUUGGGGUAUGGAAUCUUGCAACAAAUGAAAAAUAUCAAUUUAGAGUCCGGGCUGUAAACAAAUAUGGAAUAAGUGAUGAAUGCCUCUCAGAAAAAGUUGUUAUUAAGGAUCCCUAUGGCCUUCCUGGACCUCCUGGAAAGCCAAAAAUUUUAGAUCGCACCAGAUCAUCAAUGCUGGUGACUUGGGAGCCUCCUCUGAGCAAUGGUGGCAGCCCAAUAACUGGCUAUUGGUUGGAGAAGAGAGAGGUAGGAGGUGUCUACUGGUCACGUGUGAACAGGGCUCCAGUAACAAAACCGUCAGUAAAAGGUCUAGAAUACAACGUGCUUCGUUUGGCUGAAGGUGUUGAAUACCAGUUCAGAGUUAUGGCAGAAAAUCUUGCUGGAAUUGGCCCUCCCAGUGAACCAUCAGAUCCUGCCUUAGCAGCAGAUCCCAUAUUUGUACCUGGUCCACCAUCUUGCCCAGAGGUCAAAGACAAAACCAAAUCAUCAGUAGCUCUUGCAUGGAAGCCUCCACAAAAGGAUGGUGGCAGUCCUAUCAAAGGAUAUAUUGUUGAAAUGCAAGACGAAGGUAGUACUGACUGGAAGAAGGUGAAUGAAGGAGACAAACUCUUUCCAACUUGUGAAUGUGUUAUUCCCAACUUGAAAGAGCUCAGAAAAUACCGAUUUAGGGUGAAAGCUGUAAAUGCUGCUGGAGAAUCAGAACCAAGUCCUGCAACAUCAGAAAUACCUAUCCAGGAUAUUCUUGAGGAACCAGAAAUCUUCCUUGAUAUUGGAGCACAGGAUUUCCUCUCUUGUCGUGCUGGCACAACAAUUAAAAUCCCAGCUGUUAUCAAAGGUCGUCCAGUUCCAAAAACAUUCUGGGAGUUUGAAGGAAAAGCAAAGACAACAGCAAAGGAGGGAGGUCAUAAUGUACCCGAAGAAGCUCAGGUGGAAGCAACUGAUACACGUUCAGUGAUUACCAUCCCUGAGUGCAACAGAAGUCAUUCUGGACGAUACAGUAUUACAGCAAAGAACAAAGCAGGACAAAAAACCGUGCAUGUCAGAGUCAAUGUGCUUGAUGUCCCAGGUCCACCAAAAGACCUAAAAGUAAGUGAUAUCACAAGAGGCAGUUGUAAACUUUCAUGGAAGAUGCCAGACGAUGAUGGUGGAGAUAGAAUCAGAGGCUAUGUUAUAGAGAAAAGAACUAUUGAUGGGAAGGCCUGGACUAAAGUCAAUGCAAACUGUGGAAGUACUUCCUUUGUUGUACCUGAUCUCAUAUCUGGGCAAGAAUAUUUCUUCCGUGUACGUGCAGAAAACCGUUUCGGUGUUGGGCCUCCUGCAGAAACCAUCCAACGGACCACAGCCAGGGAUCCAAUCCAUCCUCCUGAUCCACCUAUUAAACUAAAGAUUGGCCUUGUAACCAAGAACACAGUGAGCUUGACAUGGAAACCACCAAAGAAUGACGGUGGCGCUCCUGUUACACAUUAUAAUGUUGAAUGCCUCCGCUGGGAUCGCACUGGAGAAGUGAAAGAGACUUGGAAGCAAUGCAACAGACGUGACGUGGAGGAAACAAAGUUUACUGUUGAGGAUCUUGUAGAAGGUGGAGAAUAUGAAUUCAGAGUCAAAGCUGUAAAUAUAGCAGGUCCUAGUAGGCCUUCAGCCACUGUUGGCCCACUUGUUGUCAAAGACCAGACAUGCCCACCAUCUAUUGAACUCAGAGAAUUUAUGGAGGUUGAAGAAGGAACAGAUGUUAACAUUGUGGCCAAGAUAAAGGGUGUACCCUUCCCCACAUUAACAUGGCUAAAAGCUUCUCCAAAGAAACCAGAUGACAAAACACCAGUGCUGUAUGAUCAACAUGUCAACAAGAUCAUUGAUGAAGAUACUUGCACUUUAUUGAUUCAACAGUCGCGCAGAAAUGAUACAGGCUUAUAUACUAUAACGGCUGUAAAUAAUCUGGGAACUGCUUCAAAAGAGAUGAGACUAAAUGUUCUGGGUCGUCCGGGACCUCCAGUGGGACCUAUUAAAUUUGAAUCCAUUUUGGCUGAUAAAAUGACAAUAUCAUGGCUUCCUCCAUUAGAUGAUGGUGGUUCUAAGAUUACAAACUAUGUUAUAGAGAAAAAAGAAGCAAAUAGGAGGACUUGGGUACCCGUUACUAAUGAGCCUAAAGAAUGCUUAUUCACUGUUCCCAAGUUGAUGGAAGGCCAUGAAUAUGUGUUCCGCAUUAUGGCACAAAACAAGUAUGGCAUUGGAGAACCAUUGGACAGUGAACCAGAAACAGCACGAAACCUUUUCACUGUUCCUGGACCUUGUGAGAAGCCAACAGUUAGCAGUAUAACACGUGACUCAAUGACUGUAAACUGGGAAGAACCAGAACAUGAUGGUGGCUCUCCUAUUACUGGUUACUGGUUGGAGCGCAAAGAGACUACGGGAAAAAGAUGGACCAGGGUUAACCGUGAUCCUAUCAAACCUAUGACACUGGGGGUUUCAUACAAAGUUACAGGUCUUAUUGAAGGCUCUGAAUAUCAGUUCCGUGUUUCAGCUAUCAAUGCAGCUGGUGUUGGUCCACCAAGCAUGCCAUCUGAUCCAGCAAUUGCUAGAGAUCCUAUUGCCCCACCUGGCCCUCCUAUUCCAAAAGUUACUGAUUGGACAAAGUCUUCUGUAGACUUGGAGUGGACUCCGCCACUAAAGGAUGGUGGUUCUAGGGUCACUGGCUACAUUGUUGAGUAUAAAGAGGAAGGAAAGGAAGAAUGGGAACGGGUGAAAGACAGAGAAAUUAGAGGAACCAAGUUCGUUGUGGCAGGAUUAAAAGAAGGAUGUUUUUACAAAUUUAGAGUUAGAGCAGUGAACGCUGCUGGCAUCGGAGAGCCUGGAGAAGUUACAGACAUUAUUGAAAUGAAGGACAGAAUUGUGGCUCCUGAUAUUAAUUUGGAUGCAAGCGUCAGGGACAGAAUUGUUGUUCAUGCUGGAGGAGUAAUUCGAAUCAUAGCAUAUGUUUCAGGAAAACCAGCUCCAACAGUGACUUGGAGCAGGGAUGACCGAGCCUUACCAGAAGAAGCCAAAAUUGAAGAAACAGCUAUUAGUUCUUCUUUGGUCAUCAAGAAUUGCAAAAGGAGCCAUCAGGGUGUAUACACCCUUCUUGCUAAAAAUGCCGGUGGUGAGCGGAAGAAGACUAUUAUUGUUGAUGUGCUAGAUGUGCCAGGCCCAGUUGGAAUGCCAUUCCUUACUGAGAACCUAACCAAUGACUCUUGUAAAUUGACAUGGUUUACUCCAGAAGACGAUGGUGGUUCUCCUAUUACCAACUAUAUAAUAGAAAAACGUGAAUCUGACCAUAGAGCUUGGACUCCAGUAAGCUGCACAGUUACAAGACAGAAUGCUACUGUUCAGGGACUCAUUGAAGGGAAAGCCUACUUUUUCCGAAUUGCAGCUGAGAAUAUAAUUGGCAUGGGUCCAUUCACAGAGACAACAAAAGAGAUUGUCAUUAGAGAUCCAAUAACUGUUCCUGACCGUCCAGAAGACCUGGAAGUAAAAGCAGUUACCAAGAACUCUGUUACAUUAACUUGGAACCCGCCAAAAUAUAACGGAGGCUCAGAUAUCACCAUGUAUGUUCUAGAGAGCCGUCUCAUUGGAAAAGAGAAAUUCCACAAAGUUACAAAGGAGAAAAUGCUUGACAGGAAAUACACUGUAGAAGGCUUGAAAGAGGGUGACACUUAUGAAUAUCGUGUGAGUGCUUGCAAUAUUGUGGGGCAAGGCAAGCCAUCAUUUUGCACAAAACCAAUCACAUGCAAGGAUGAAAUUGCUCCUCCAACACUUGACCUUGACUUUAGAGAUAAGCUUAUUGUUCGGGUUGGUGAAGCUUUCAGCCUGACUGGACGUUACUCAGGCAAGCCUGCACCAAAGGUUACUUGGCUAAAGGAUGAUAUUGUUGUGAAAGAAGAUGACCGUACAAAGAUCAAGACAACUCCUACAACUCUUUGCUUGGGGAUACUAAAAUCUGUCCGUGAAGACUCAGGCAAAUACUGUGUUACUGUAGAGAACAGCACAGGAUCGAGAAAAGGAUUUUGCCAAGUUAAUGUUGUUGAUCGCCCGUCACCUCCAGUAGGCCCAGUUAUAUUUGAUGAAGUUCAUAAAGAUCAUAUGGUAGUUUCCUGGAAACCUCCAUUAGAUGAUGGAGGCAGUGAAAUUACAAACUACAUUAUUGAGAAGAAGGAUGCACACAGAGACCUGUGGAUGCCAGUUACAUCUGCCACAGUUAAGACAACAUGCAAAAUUCCUAAGUUGCUUGAAGGAAGAGAAUAUCAAAUUCGAAUUUAUGCUGAAAAUCUUUAUGGCAUAAGUGAUCCUCUCAUCUCUGAUGAGAUGAAAGCCAAGGACCGGUUCCGUGUUCCUGAUGCACCUGAGCAACCAAUCAUUAAGGAUGUCACCAAAGACUCUGCAGUAGUGGUUUGGAACAAACCAUAUGAUGGAGGCAAGCCAAUAACAAACUAUAUUGUAGAAAAGAAGGAAACAAUGGCUACAAGAUGGGUCAGAGUUACCAAAGAACCUAUUUUCCCCAGUACUCAGUUCAAAGUACCUGACCUCCUUGAAGGCUGUCAAUAUGAAUUCCGUGUUUCAGCAGAAAAUGAAAUUGGUGUUGGUGAUCCUAGUCCACCAUCAAAGCCAAUUUUCGCUAGAGAUCCAAUCGCAAAACCAAGUCCACCUGUUAAUCCAGAAGCAGUAGAUAAAACUAAAAAUUCAGUUGAUUUAUCUUGGCAACCACCACGCCAUGAUGGUAAUGGCAAGAUAAUUGGCUACCUUGUUGAAUAUCAGAAAGUUGGAGAUGAAGAAUGGAAAAAGGCCAAUCUUAUGGCAGAUUCUUGUCCUGAAACAAAAUAUAAAGUCACUGGCCUUACUGAGGGUUUGACCUAUAAGUUCAGGGUCAAGGCAGUCAAUGCAGCAGGUGAAUCUGAACCAGCCUAUGUUCCUGAUCCAGUAGAAGUAAAGGACAGACUUGAACCUCCUGAGCUGAUACUUGAUGCUAAUAUGGCCCGAGAACAGCAUGUAAAAGCUGGAGAUACCUUGAGACUUAGUGCUGUUAUUAAAGGUGUUCCAUUCCCAAAAGUUUCUUGGAAGAAAGAAGAUCGUGAGGUCUCACCCAAAGCUGAUAUUGAGGUUACAGGAGUUGGCAGUAAGCUUGAAAUUCGUAACACUGUCCAUGAAGACGGUGGAAUUUACUCCCUGACAGUUGAAAAUCCAGCUGGUUCAAAGACUGUUUCAGUCAAAGUUGUUGUCUUAGAUAAGCCUGGUCCACCCAGAAACCUGCAGGUCAGUGAAGUUAGAAGCGAUUCUUGCUAUCUCACUUGGAUGGAACCAGAAGAUGAUGGUGGUUCUGUCAUUACCAACUACGUAGUGGAGAGGAAAGAUGUAGCUUCUGCACAGUGGGUAGCCGUCUCAUCAUCCUCCAAGAAACGCAGUCACAUGGCUAAAUAUCUGAUGGAAGGCACUCAGUAUGUCUUCCGAGUUGCAGCUGAGAAUCAGUUUGGUAGAGGUCCAUAUGUGGAAACACUCAAGCCUAUUAAAGCUAUGGAUCCACUGCAUCCUCCAGGGCCACCGAAGAAUCUGCAUCAUGUAGAUGUUGACAAGACUGAAGUUUCCCUUGUUUGGAAUCGACCAGAUCGUGAUGGUGGCGCUGAGAUAACUGGAUAUUUGGUGGAAUAUCAAGAAGAUGGUGCAGAUGAGUGGACAAAGUUCCAGACGGUCCCUAUGCUAGACUGUGUUGUUACAGGCCUACAAAAAGGAAAAAUAUACAAAUUCCGUGUGAAAGCUCAGAAUAUUGUUGGUCUUAGCCUUCCAGACACAACUAUACCAAUAGAGUGUCAAGAAAAACUAGUACCCCCAUCCGUGGAACUAGAUGUGAAGUUAAUUGAAGGUCUUGUUGUUAAAGCUGGCACCACAGUUAGACUUCCUGCGAUUAUGAGAGGUGUACCAGUUCCUACUGCAAAAUGGGUUACUGAUGGCACUGAAAUUAAAACAGAUGGCAGACACAAGAUUGAGACUGACAAUUAUUCAACUGUACUUACCAUCAAAGACUGUAUAAGAAAAGAUACAGGAGAAUAUCUACUGACAGUAUCUAAUGCAGCUGGCAGCAAAACUGUUGCUCUACAUCUUACAGUUUUGGAUGUCCCUGGCCCACCAACUGGUCCUAUUAAUAUUCUUGAAGUAACACCAGAACAUAUGGUUAUUUCUUGGCGCCCUCCUAAAGAUGAUGGUGGGAGUCCUAUAAUAAAUUAUAUUGUUGAGAAGCGUCAAUCAAAGAAAGAAACUUGGGGAGUGGUUAGCUCUGGAACAAGUCACACAAAAAUUAAGAUUCCACGACUGCAGAAAGGCUGUGAAUAUAUUUUCCGUGUUCGUGCAGAAAAUAAAAUAGGCAUUGGUGCACCCCUUGAUUCAGAACCAACAGUUGCUAAACAUAUGUUUGAUCCACCGUCCCCACCUGGUAAACCAACUGUUUAUGAUAUUACAGAAAAUGCUGCAACAGUGUCUUGGACCCUACCAAAAUCUGAUGGUGGAACUCCAAUAACUGGUUAUAUACUUGAACGUCGGGAAGCAUCUGGUAAAUGGGUGCGUGUCAACAAGACACCAAUACUUGAUUUGAAAUACAGAGUCACCGGUCUUUUUGAAGGCAACACAUAUGAAUUCAGAGUUUUUGCAGAAAACAUGGUGGGCUUAAGCAAACCAUCUCCAAGCUCUGAUCCAAUAAAAGCAUCACGUCCUAUCACUCCUCCUGGACCACCUAUAAAUCCAAAAUUAAAAGACAAAACCAAAGAAACAGCCGAUCUUGUGUGGACAAAGCCCCUCAAAGAUGGUGGCAGCCCAAUUCUGGGUUACAUUGUGGAAUGUCAGAAAACUGGAACUACGCAGUGGAAUAGGAUUAAUAAGGAUGAACUCAUUAGACAGUGUGCUUUCAGAGUACCUGGGCUAAUAGAAGGAAAUGAGUAUAAAUUCCGAAUAAAAGCUGUCAACAUUGUGGGAGAAGGAGAACCAAGAGAACUGGCAGAAACCGUACUUGCAAAGGAUAUUCUUUCUCCUCCAGAAGUAAGCCUAGAUGUGACCUGCCGGGACUUAAUUACUGUCCGAGUAGGCCAAACAAUCCGUAUUACUGGUAAAGUAAAAGGCAGGCCAGAUCCUGACAUAACAUGGUCUAAAGAUGGCAAAGUACUAGUCCAAGAAAAGCGUGUUGAAAUAGUCCAUGAUCUACCUAAUGUUGAACUUCAAGUGAAAGAAGCCAAAAGAUCUGAUCAUGGCAAAUAUAUUAUAGCAGCUAAGAACAGCUGUGGACAUGCUCAAGCUUUUGCUAUUGUUAAUGUGCUUGACAGACCUGGACCAUGUCAGAACCUGAAAAUAAGCUAUGUCACAAAAGAUUCUUGUAUGAUUGCUUGGGAGAGUCCAGUGGAUAAUGGUGGCUCUGAAAUUACAAAUUAUAUAGUAGAGUACCGUCAACCAAACCAGAAGGGAUGGUCAAUUGUCUCCUCUGAUAUCACUAAACGAUUAGUAAAGGCAAAUCUUAUAGAGAACCGUGAAUACUUCUUCAGAGUUUGUGCAGAAAACAAAAUAGGUCCAGGUCCUUGCAUUGAAACCAAGACUCCCAUCCUUGCUAUCAAUCCUAUUGACAAGCCUGGAGAACCAGAAAAUCUUCAUAUUGCAGAGAAAGGAAAGACAUUUGUGUAUCUGAAAUGGAGAAGGCCAGAUUAUGAUGGUGGAAGUCCCAAUUUAAGUUAUCAUGUUGAGAGAAAACUGAAAGAUUCAGAUGAAUGGGAAAGGGUUCACAAAGGCAGCAUUAAGGAAACACACUACAUGGUAGAUAAAUGUGUUGAAAAUAAAAUUUAUCAAUUCCGAGUUCAAACCAAGAAUGAGGCAGGUGAAAGUGACUGGGUAAGAACAGCUGAAGUUGUUGUGAAGGAAGAUCUACAGAAACCAGUGCUAGACUUGAAGUUAAGCGGGGUGCUAACUGUGAAAGCAGGUGACACAAUUAGAAUUGAGGCUGGGGUCAGAGGAAAACCACAGCCUGAAGUUGUAUGGACAAAAGACAAAGAUGCCACAGAUCUAACCAGAUCUCCAAGAGUCAGUAUUGAAACAACUUCUGACACAUCUAAGUUUGUUCUCACAAAAUCAAAGCGUAGUGAUGGUGGGAAAUACGUGAUUACUGCAACUAACACGGCUGGUAGUUUCGUAGCAUAUGCUACUGUUAUCGUCUUGGAUAAACCAGGUCCUGUAAGAAACUUGAAAGUCACUGACAUUUCAAGUGAUAGAUGUACUGUUACUUGGGACCCUCCAGAAGAUGAUGGUGGCUGUGAAAUACAGAACUACAUCCUGGAAAAGUGUGAAAGCAAGCGUAUGGUUUGGUCUACAUACUCUUCCUCUGUCCUAACAAACUAUGCAAAUGUGACACGCCUCAUUGAAGGUAAUGAAUAUAUAUUCAGAGUUCGUGCAGAGAAUAAAAUGGGCACUGGUCCGCCAACAGAAACACACCCAAUUGUUGCAAAAACAAAAUAUGAUAGACCUGGACGUCCCGACCCUCCAGAUGUCACAAGAGUUAGCAAAGAAGAGAUGACUGUAGUUUGGAAUCCACCAGAAUAUGAUGGUGGCAAAUCAAUUACAGGAUACAUUUUAGAGAAGAAAGAGAAACGAUCACUAAGAUGGGUUCCUGUUACUAAGACUGCAAUCCCAGAGAGACGCAAGAAGGUUACUAAUCUCAUCCCUGGUCAUGAAUAUCAGUUCCGUGUCAGUGCUGAAAAUGAAGUUGGACUUGGAGAACCAAGCUUGCCAUCAAGACCUGUAGUCGCAAAAGACCCAAUAGAACCACCUGGUCCUCCCACAAACUUGAGAGUUGUUGAUAGCACAAAGAGUUCCAUAACCCUUGGCUGGGGAAAACCAGUAUAUGAUGGUGGUGCUCCAAUUAUUGGAUAUGUUGUGGAAAUUAGACCAAAAGUUGAGGGUGCUGAUCCUGAAGCAGGAUGGAAACGAUGCAAUGUUGCUGCCCAAGUUAUUCAUACAGAAUUUACAGCCACCAGCCUGGAUGAGAACCAGUUAUAUGAGUUCAGAGUUUCUGCACAAAACCAGGUUGGCCUUGGCCGACCAGCUGAACUGAAAGAAGCUGUGUCUCCCAAAGAAAUACUUGAACCUCCUGAGAUUGAGUUAGAUGCAAGCAUGAGAAAGUUAGUUACAGUCAGGGCAGGAUGCCCUAUUAGACUUUUUGCCAUUAUUAGGGGCCGUCCAGCACCAAAAGUCACCUGGAGGAGAAUGGGUAUUGAUAAUGUUAUCAGAAAAGGACAAGUUGACCUGGUUGACACUAUGGCCUUCUGUGUCAUCCCCGAUUCAACACGUGAUGACUCAGGCAAAUAUUCACUGACACUUGUUAAUCCAGCUGGAGAAAAGGCUGUAUUUGUGAACGUCAGAGUCCUGGAUACUCCCGGACCUGUGUCGGACUUCAAGGUUUCAGAUGUCACCAAGAUGUCAUGCCAUCUUUCAUGGGCACCUCCAGAGAAUGAUGGUGGUAGCCCAGUGACUCAUUACAUCCUGCAGAAACGUGAGGCUGACAGGAAGACCUGGGGAACAGUCACUGCAGAACUAAAGAAAACUAGUUUCCAAAUAGCUAACCUUGUACCUGGAAAUGAAUAUUUCUUUAGAGUAACAGCAGUAAAUGAAUAUGGGUCAGGUGUUCCAAGUGACAUACCAAAACCAGUUCUAGCAACGGAUCCCCUAAGUGAACCUGAUCCACCAAGAAAACUUGAAGUUACUGAAAUUACGAAGAAUAGUGCUACUUUAGGCUGGCUGCCACCACUGCGUGAUGGAGGCUCUAAAGUUGAUGGGUACAUUGUUAGCUACAAAGAAGAUGACCAACCAGCAGAUCGCUGGACAGAAUAUUCAGUUGUUAAAGAUCUUUCCAUUGUUGUAGCUGGUCUGAAAGAGGGCAAGAAGUACAAGUUUAGAGUGGCAGCUAGAAAUGCUGUAGGAGUAAGCUUGCCAAGAGAAACUGAAGGCAUAUUUGAAAUUAAAGAACAACUCAUCCCACCUAAGAUCCUGAUGCCUGAUCACGUUCACAUCAAAGCUGGAAAGAAACUGAGAAUUGAAGCUCAUGUAUAUGGGAAGCCUCAGCCAGUAUGCAAAUGGUUGAAAGGAGAUCAAGAUGUACUUACAUCCAGCCGCCUUGCUGUGCAUAAAGCAGAAAAGUCUUCUGUUCUUAUCAUUAAGGAUGUGACUAGAAAAGAUUCUGAUUUUUACACUCUUACUGCAGAAAAUAGCUCUGGUACCGAUAGCCAGAAAAUCAGAGUGAUAGUCAUGGAUAAACCAGGUCCACCACAGCCUCCAUUUGAUAUUUCUGAAAUAGAUGCUGAUGCUUGCACUCUUGCAUGGCAUAUACCUCUUGAAGAUGGUGGCAGUAACAUUACAAACUAUGUAGUUGAGAAAUGUGAUGUAAGCCGAGGUGACUGGGUAACAGCUUUAGCUUCUGUCACAAAGACAAGCUGCAGAAUUGGAAAACUGAUUCCUGGAGAAGAAUAUAUGUUCCGCGUUCGUGCUGAAAAUCGUUUUGGGAUUUCUGAGCCACUUACUUCUGGCAAGAUGAUUGCAAGAUUCCCAUUUGAUGUUCCUAGUGAACCAAAGAAUGCACGUAUCACGAAAGUCAAUAAGGACUGCAUUUUUGUUGCCUGGGAUAAACCAGAUAGUGAUGGAGGCAGUCCAAUCACUGGUUAUCUCAUUGAGCGCAAAGAAAGGAACAGUUUACUGUGGGUGAAAGCUAAUGACACAGCUGUGCGCUCCACAGAAUACCCUUGUGUGGGACUCAUCGAAGGUCUUGAGUAUACUUUCAGAAUUUAUGCAUUGAACAGAGCUGGAGCGAGUAAACCCAGUAAACCAACUGAGUUUGUCACAGCAAGAGCACCAGUUGAUCCCCCUGGAAAACCUGAAGUUAUUGAUGUCACUAAGAGUACUGUAUCACUGGUAUGGACAAGACCAAAGCAUGAUGGUGGUAGCAAACUUAUUGGCUACUUUGUUGAAGCUUGCAAAUUACCGGGUGAGAAGUGGGUUCGGUGCAAUACAACUCCACAUCAAAUACCCCUAGAAGAGUACACUGCUACUGAUUUGGAAGAAAAUGCUCAAUAUCAAUUUAGAGCAAUUGCCAAGACAGCAGUUAACAUUAGCCAACCUUCAGAACCUUCUGAUCCCGUGACCAUUCAUCCAGAAAAUGUUCCCCCCAGAAUAGAGUUGGAUCUGUCUAUGCAAUCACAGCUUACAGUGAAAGCUGGAACUAAUGUACGGCUGGAGGCAAAGGUAUACGGCAAGCCAAUGCCAACAAUCACCUGGAAGAAAGAAGGAGAAGUUUUAAAGCCAUCUGAAGGUGUUAAGAUCACCACAAAGAGAAAUCUUGCUACAGUUGAGUUGUUCAGUGUCAACAGGAAGCAAACAGGAGACUAUACUAUAACUGCUGAAAAUGCAAGUGGAUCAAAGUCAGCAACCAUUAAGCUUAAAGUACUUGAUAAGCCUGGUCCACCAGCCUCCGUUAAAAUCAAACAUGUGUAUGCCGAUCGUGCAAUGCUUUCUUGGGAGCCUCCUCUGGAAGAUGGAGGUUCAGAAAUUACUAACUACAUUGUGGACAAGCGUGAAACAAGCAGACCAAACUGGGCCCAAGUCAGUGCCAAUGUACCCAUUACAAGCUGCACAGUUGAGAAACUAAUAGAAGGACAUGAGUAUCAGUUCCGCAUAUGUGCUGAAAACAAAUAUGGUGUUGGAGACCCUAUCUUGACUGAACCAGUAGUUGCUAAGAAUCCAUAUGAUGUACCCGGACCUUGUGAUCCACCUAUAAUUAGCAAUGUAACGAAAGACUUUAUGACUGUUAGCUGGAAGCCACCAGCUAGUGAUGGUGGAUCCCCAAUAACCGGUUAUAUACUUGAGAAGCGUGAAACUAAGGCUCUUAACUGGACAAAGGUAAACAGAAAGCCUGUCAUUGAAAGAACUGUUAAGGCUACUGGACUCCAAGAAGGAACAGAAUAUGAGUUCCGCGUGAUAGCGUUGAAUAAGGCUGGACCUGGGAAGCCUAGCGCACCAUCUAAAGCAGUGUAUGCUCGUGAUCCUCAAUAUCCUCCUGGCCCACCUGCUUUCCCGAAAGUGGUUGAUACUACUCGUAAUUCGAUAAGCCUGUCAUGGAGCAAACCAGCAUAUGAUGGAGGAAGCCCUAUUAUUGGUUAUCUAGUGGAAGCAAAAAGAGCUGACACAGACAACUGGGUCAGAUGCAAUCUACCCAAGAACUUACAGGCUACACGAUUUGUGGUAACAGGGCUGAUGGAAGACACAGAGUACCAGUUCCGCGUUUAUGCUGUCAAUAAGAUUGGAUACAGUGAUCCAAGUGAUGUUCCUGAUAAACACACUGCCAAAGACAUUUUAAUUCCUCCUGAAGGAGAACUUGAUGCAGAACUAAGGAAAGUCCUUGUGUUGCGUGCUGGAGUCACAAUGAGACUUUAUGUGCCAGUAAGAGGACGUCCACCUCCAAAGAUUACAUGGUCUAAAGUGGGUGCCAACCUAAGAGAUAGACAAGGAUUAGACAUCAAGUCAACUGAUUUUGAUACCUUCCUGCGUUGUGAAAAUGUAAACAAAUAUGAUGCUGGAAAAUACGUCCUCAGUCUGGAGAACAUCUGUGGCAAAAAGGAAUACACCAUUGUUGUAAAAGUACUAGAUACUCCAGGCCCUCCAGUUAACCUGGUUGUAAAGGAAGCAUCAAAGGAUUCCGCUUUCAUUACAUGGGAACCUCCACUAAUAGAUGGUGGCAGUCCAAUCACAAAUUAUGUCAUUGAAAAGCGUGAUGCAGAAAGAAAGUCGUGGUCCACAGUAACAACAGAAUGUCCAAAGACAAGCUGCAGGAUAACUAACUUAGAAGAAGGCAAAUCUUACUUCUUCAGGGUUUUUGCUGAAAAUGAAUACGGUAUUGGUGACCCCUGUGAAACUCGUGAUGCUGUUAAAGCUUCUGAAACACCUGGGCCAGUUGUGGAUCUAAAAGCUUCAGCUGUAACAAAAUCAUCAUGCAAUUUAGUGUGGAAAAAACCUAUCAGUGAUGGCGGAAGCCGUAUUUUUGCAUAUGUUGUUGAGGUUCUGAUUGGUGAAGAUAAAUGGCAAGAAGUCAUGCGGGCAAAGAACCUCCAUUUUUCCAUGAGAGACUUAAAAGAAGGACAAGAAUACACUUUCAGAGUGGCAGCCCAGAAUGAUGCUGGAUAUGGAACUCCAACAGAGCUCACAAUUGUGGCAAGAGAUGAUGUUGUGGCACCUGAUCUUGAUUUAAGAGAUCUACCUGAUUUGUGCUAUACAGCGAAAGAGGGUAGCAAUUUCCGUCUUAAAAUCCCAAUUAAAGGCAAGCCUGUCCCAGCUGUAACUUGGAAGAAAGAUGAAGACCAAGCACUUACUGAGAGUGGAAGAGUUGCAUUUGAAUCUACAGCAGUUAACACCACACUUGUAGUACAUGACUGCCAGAAAGCUGAUGCUGGAAAAUACACAAUAACUCUGAAGAAUGUUGUUGGCAGCAAGGAAGGCACUAUUUCUGUGAAAGUUGUUGGCAAACCUGGCAUACCAACAGGUCCGGUGAAAUUUGAAGAAGUCACCGCCGAUGCCAUAACCUUAAAGUGGGGCCCUCCAAAAGAUGAUGGUGGUUCAGAAAUCACUAACUAUGUCCUAGAGAAGAGAGAUAAUGUAAACAAUAAGUGGGUGACUUGUGCCUCUGCAGUCCAGAAAACGAUGUUUAGAGUUACAAGACUUCAUGAAGGAAAUGAAUAUACAUUCAGGAUCAGAGCAGAAAAUAAAUAUGGAGUAGGUGAAGGUCUUAAAUCUGACCCUGUCAUUGCAAAACAUCCAUUUGAUGUCCCAGAUGCUCCUCCACCUCCCAACAUUGUUGACGUUCGUCAUGACUCUGUAGCUUUAACUUGGACUGAUCCCAGAAGAACUGGAGGCUCACCAAUCACAGGUUAUCACAUUGAAGUCAAAGAAAGAAAUAGUCUUCUGUGGAAGAGAGCAAAUAAAACACCGAUAAGAAUGAAAGAUUUCAGAGUGACAGGGUUAACUGAAGGUCUGGAAUAUGAAUUCAGAGUAAUGGCAAUCAAUAUAGCCGGAGUAGGUAAACCAAGUCUGCCAUCUGAACCAGUUGUGGCACUUGAUCCUAUUGAUCCCCCUGGGAAACCUGAAGUUAUCAAUGUAACUAGGAACUCAGUAACACUCAUUUGGACAGAACCAAAAUAUGACGGUGGACAUAAGUUAACUGGCUAUAUUGUUGAAAAGCGUGAUUUACCCUCAAAGACUUGGACAAAAGCUAAUCAUGUAAAUGUUCCAGACUGUGCAUUUACUGUAACUGACCUCACUGAAGGCUCCAAAUAUGAAUUCAGAAUUAGAGCAAAGAACACUGCUGGAGCUAUCAGUCCUCCAUCUGAAUCCACAGACACCAUAACAUGCAAGGAUGAGUAUGAGGCACCAAGCAUUGUUAUCGAUCCUACUUUGAAGGAAGGUUUAACAGUAAAAGCGGGAGACACUAUUACAGUGUCUGCUAUUAGUAUCCGUGGCAAACCACCUCCAACUUCAGCAUGGUCAAAAGCUGGAAAAGAUUUUAGACCUUCAGAGCUUGUGCACAUUGAAACCACACCAACUUCUUCUACUCUAACUGUCAAAUAUGCAGCCAGAAAAGAUUCUGGAGAAUACAUGAUCACUGCAACCAAUCCUUUUGGCACUAAGCAGGAGAGCAUACAUGUGAAAGUUUUAGAUGUUCCAGGACCUCCAGGGCCUAUUGAGAUCAGCAAUGUUUCAGCAGAAAAAGCAACUCUUACUUGGUCACCUCCUGCAGAAGAUGGUGGAUCACCAGUCAAAUCAUAUGUUCUUGAAAAGAGAGAAACUAGCCGACUGCUCUGGACAUUGGUUGCUGAAAAUAUUGAAAGCUGUAGGCAUGUUGUUAGCAAGCUCAUUCAAGGAAAUGAAUAUGUUUUCCGUGUCUCAGCAGUAAAUCAAUAUGGCAAGGGUGAACCAGUACAAUCAGAACCAGUUAAAAUGGUGGAUAGAUUUGGUCCCCCAGGCCCUCCUGGAAAACCAGAAGUAACAAACGUGACUAAAAAUACUGUCACAGUUACCUGGAAAAGGCCAGUAGAUGAUGGUGGAAGUGAAAUCACAGGUUACUAUGUAGAGCGAAGAGAAAAGAAAGGUUUAAGAUGGGUCAGAGCAACAAAGAAACCAGUUUCAGAUCUUAGAUACAAAGUAACUGGUCUCCUGGAAGGAAAUGAAUAUGAAUUCCGUGUCAGUGCAGAAAAUAGAGCCGGGGUUGGACCACCAAGUGAUGCUUCAAACUCAGUCAUGUGCAAGGAUGUUGCAUACCCACCAGGUCCACCUGCAAAUCCAAGAGUGACUGAUACUACAAAGACAAGUGCAUCUUUGGCCUGGGGCAAGCCUCACUAUGACGGUGGUCUUGACAUCAUUGGCUAUAUAGUAGAGCAUCAAAAGGAAGGAGAGGAAGAAUGGGUGAAAGACACAACAGGGACUGCUUUAAGAAUCACUCAGUUUGUUGUUGCUCAUCUGCAGACAGGAGCCAAAUACAAUUUCAGAAUCUCUGCCAUGAAUGCUGCAGGUGUUGGUGAACCAGCAAUAAUUCCAAGUGUGGAAAUCAAAGACCGGGAAGAGAUUCCUGACUUUGAAUUAGAUGCUGAGCUAAGAAGAACACUUGUUGUUAGAGCUGGAUUAACUAUUCGGAUUUUUGUGCCCAUUAAAGGACGUCCAACUCCAGAAGUUACAUGGACAAAAGAUGAUGUUUCACUCAAAGGACGUGCCAGUAUUGAAAAUACAGACUCUUUUACACUCUUGAUUGUAACAGAGUGCACCAGAUAUGAUGCAGGAAAAUAUGUAAUGACUCUUGAAAAUGCUGCUGGUAAGAAGACUGGCUUUGUAAAUGUAAAAGUCUUGGAUACACCAGGUCCACCAAUAAACCUUAAGCCUAGAGAAAUAACCAAAGACAGCAUCACCCUUCAAUGGGAUAUGCCUCUGAUGGAUGGUGGUUCACGUAUAACCAACUAUAUUGUCGAGAAACGUGAAUCAACACGGAAAGCAUAUUCAACAGUCACAACUAACUGCCAGAAGUGUUCCUUCAGGGUUCCUAAUUUGGCUGAAGGGUGUGAAUACUACUUCAGAGUGCUGGCUGAAAAUGAGUACGGUAUUGGUGAACCAGCUGAAACUUCAGAACCAGUAAGAGCUUCUGAGGCACCAUCCCCACCUGAAAGCCUUAAUAUUAUGGAUGUAACACGGAAUUCAGUUAGCCUGGCUUGGCCAAAACCAGAACACGAUGGUGGCAGUAAGAUCACUGGGUAUGUAAUUGAAGCACAGAGAAAAGGAACCAACCAGUGGGCACACAUCACCACUGUAAAAACGCUGGACUGUGUAGUAAAAAAUCUAACUGAAAAUGAAGAGUAUACUUUUCAGGUUAUGGCAGUUAACAGUGCUGGAAGAAGUGCCCCAAGAGAAAGUAGGCCAGUUAUUAUCAAGGAGCAAACAAUGCUACCAGAGUUUGACCUCCGUGGUAUCUACCAGAAAACAGUCAUUGCCAAAGCUGGUGACAAUAUCAAGAUUGAAAUCCCUGUGCUUGGUCGUCCAAGGCCUACUGUGACUUGGAAGAAAGAAGACCAGAUACUUAAACAAACACAAAGGGUAAAUUAUGAAAAUACUGCAACUGCAACAAUACUAACCAUCAAUGAAUGUAAACGAAGUGAUAGUGGUCGAUAUCCACUAUCAGCUAAAAAUAUUGUUGGAGAAGUUAGUGAAGUAAUCACAGUUCAGGUCCACGACAUACCUGGACCUCCUACUGGACCAAUCAAAUUUGACGAAAUUUCAUCUGACUUCCUAGCAUUCUCAUGGGAGCCUCCUUUGAAUGAUGGUGGUGUACCGAUAAGUAACUAUGUUGUAGAAAUGCGUCAAACUGACAGUACUACAUGGACUGAAUUGGCAACCACAGUGAUACGUACUACAUUUAAAGCCACUCGUCUUACUACUGGAGUUGAGUAUCAGUUCCGUGUUAAAGCUCAAAACAGAUAUGGGAUUGGUCCAGCCAUUACUUCAGAGUCUGUAGUUGCCAACUACCCAUUUAAGGUACCUGGGCCUCCUGGCACUCCUCAGGUGAUUGCAGUCACCAAAGAAACCAUGACCAUUAGCUGGAAUGAGCCAGUUACUGAUGGUGGAAGCCCAAUUCUGGGAUAUCAUGUUGAAAGAAAAGAGCGAAAUAGCAUUCUUUGGCAGACUGUAAGUAAAAUGCUGGUAUCAGGCAAUAUCUUUAAAUCAACUGGACUUACUGAUGGCAUUGCAUAUGAAUUCCGUGUUAUAGCAGAAAAUCUGGCUGGGAAGAGUAAGCCAAGCAAGCCAUCUGAGCCUGUCUUUGCCCUAGACCCAAUAGAUCCACCUGGUAAGCCGAUACCUCUGAACAUUACAAGACAUGCAGUUACACUGAAGUGGACUAAACCAGAAUAUAAUGGAGGUUUUAAGAUAACUGGCUACACUGUUGAAAAAAGAGACCUUCCUAAUGGCCGUUGGCUGAAGGCUAAUUUCAGCAAUAUACUAGAGACUGAAUUCACUGUAAGUGGUUUGACAGAAGAUGCUGCCUAUGAAUUCCGUGUGAUUGCUAGGAAUGCUGGUGGGGCUGUUAGUCAGCCCUCUGAGCCAUCAGAUGCAAUAACUUGUAGAGAUGACAUUGAAGCACCAAAGAUAAAGGUGGAUGCUAAAUACAAAGACACCUUAGUGCUGAAAGCAGGCGAAGUUUUCAGACUUGAGGCUGAUGUUUCAGGUCGCCCUCCACCAACUAUGACGUGGACAAAAGGAGAAAAAGAACUUGAAGACACAGCAAAAUUAGAAAUAAAAAUAGCAGAUUUCUCUACUGUUCUUAUCAAUAAAGAUUCUUCAAGAAGAGAUGGCGGUGCCUAUACACUUACCGCAACAAAUCCUGGUGGCUUUGCCAAGCAUAUCUUCAAUGUUAAAGUUCUUGAUAGACCUGGUCCCCCAGAAGGGCCUUUGGCUGUGUCCGAAGUCACUGCAGAAAAAUGCGUGCUGUCAUGGCUGCCUCCACUGGAUGAUGGAGGAGCAAAGAUUGACCAUUAUGUGGUUGAAAAACGUGAAACCAGUAGAUUGGCAUGGACAGCUGUAGCCACAGAAGUUCCAUUAACUAAACUGAAGGUUACUAAGCUGCUGAAGGGCAAUGAGUAUGUGUUCCGUGUUAUGGCUGUUAACAAAUAUGGAGUUGGUGAGCCUCUGGAAUCAGAGCCCAUUCUUGCAGUAAAUCCAUAUGUCCCACCUGAUCCACCUAAAACACCUGAAGUUACAGCAAUUACAAAAGACUCUAUGGUUGUCUGUUGGGGCCAUCCUGAUUCUGAUGGUGGGAGCCCAAUAACUAACUAUAUUGUGGAACGUCGAGACAGGGCUGGCCUGCGGUGGGUGAAGUGUAACAAACGGGUUGUUACUGACUUACGUUAUAAAGUGUCCGGACUGACAGAAGGCCAUGAAUAUGAAUACAGAGUCAUGGCUGAAAAUGCUGCUGGAGUCAGUGAGCCAAGCCCAACCAGUCCAUUCUAUAAAGCCUGUGAUACUGUAUUUAAGCCCGGUCCCCCAGGUAAUCCUCGUGUUUUGGACAGCAGCAAGUCCUCAAUUACAAUAGCAUGGAACAAGCCAAUAUAUGACGGUGGUUCAGAGAUCACAGGUUACAUGGUCGAGAUUGCACUACCUGAAGAAGAUGAGUGGAAGAUUGUAACUCCACCAGUAGGUCUAAAGGCCACUUCUUUUACCAUCACUGACCUGAAAGAAAAUCAAGAGUAUAAAAUACGGAUAUAUGCUAUGAACUCUGAAGGUCUUGGAGAACCUGCUCUUGUUCCUGGGACUCCAAAAGCUGAAGAAAGAAUGCUACCUCCAGAGAUUGAACUUGAUGCAGAACUACGUAAAGUUGUCACUAUUAGAGCCUGCUGUACUCUAAGGCUCUUUGUUCCAAUUAAAGGAAGACCAGCACCUGAAGUAAAAUGGACAAGAGAACAUGGGGAAUCUUUGGAUAGAGCAAGCAUUGAAUCAACAAGCUCUUAUACUCUACUUAUUGUUGAAAAUGUAAAUAGGUUUGAUAGUGGCAAAUACAUAUUGACAAUCGAAAACAGCUCAGGUAGUAAGUCAGCAUUUGUGAAUGUCAGAGUUCUUGACACCCCAGGGGCACCUCAAGAUUUGAAAAUAAAAGAAGUUACAAAAUCAUCAGUGACACUCACAUGGGAACCUCCUCUCAUAGAUGGUGGCUCUAAAAUAAAAAAUUAUAUUGUUGAAAAGCGUGAAUCAACAAGGAAAGCUUAUUCAACUGUUAAUGCCAAUUGCCACAAGACCAGCUGGAAAGUUGAUUCACUGCAAGAAGGCUGCAACUACUACUUCAGAGUCCUAGCUGAAAAUGAGUAUGGAAUAGGCCUUCCAGUUGAAACUUCAGAAUCAGUAAAAGUGUCAGAAAGACCACUUCCACCAGGGAAAAUAACUUUGUUGGAUGUGACAAGAAAUAGCGUAUCCUUAUCUUGGGAAAAACCCGAACAUGAUGGUGGUAGCAGAAUUCUGGGCUACAUUGUAGAAAUGCAAAGCAAAGGUAGUGAAAAGUGGUCAACUUGUGCUACAGUAAAAGUUACUGAAGCCACUAUCACAGGAUUGAUCCAAGGUGAAGAAUACACCUUCCGUGUUUCAGCUCAGAAUGAGAAAGGUAUCAGUGAUCCUCGCCAGCUGGCUAUACCAGUUGUCGCAAAAGAUCUUGUGAUUCCACCAGCUUUCAAACUACUGUUUACGACUUUCAGUGUUCUAGCAGGAGAAGACUUAAAGGUUGAUGUUCCUUUUGUUGGUCGACCCAAACCAGCAGUUCUUUGGCAUAAAGAUAAUGUGGCAUUGAAGCAGACUACGAGAGUAAAUGCAGAAAGUUCAGAAAAUAACACAGUGUUAACAAUAAAAGAAGCAUGCAGAGAAGAUGUGGGGGCAUAUUUAGUUAAACUUACAAACUCUGCAGGUGAAGCAACUGAGACCCUAAAUAUUGUUGUCCUUGACAAACCAGGACCUCCAACUGGACCAGUAAAAGUAGAUGAAGUAACAGCAGAUAGUAUUACCAUUUCCUGGGAACCACCCAAGUAUGAUGGCGGUAGCUCUAUCAAUAAUUACAUUGUAGAAAAAAGAGACACCUCCACCACCACUUGGCAGAUUGUGUCAGCUACUGUUGCAAGAACAACUAUAAAAGCAUGUCGAUUAAAGACUGGCUGUGAAUAUCAGUUCAGAAUAGCAGCUGAAAACAGGUACGGGAAGAGUACCUAUCUCACUUCAGAACCAAUCAUAGCCCAAUACCCAUUUAAAGUUCCUGGUCCACCUGGAACACCUUUUGUAACUAAUGUCUCAAAAGACAGCAUGGUGGUACAAUGGAAUGAACCAGUCAAUGAUGGUGGUAGCAAGAUCAUUGGGUAUCACUUGGAGCGCAAAGAAAGAAACAGCAUUCUGUGGGCUAAACUGAAUAAAACACCUAUUCCAGACACCAAAUUUAAGACAACUGGCCUUGAGGAAGGUCUUGAAUAUGAGUUCAGAGUUUAUGCAGAAAACAUAGUGGGCAUUGGAAAGGCAAGUAGAGCAUCUGAAUGCUAUACUGCACAUGACCCAUGUGACCCUCCAGGUCGUCCAGAACCUAUAAUUGUCACAAGAAGCUCAGUAACACUUCAGUGGAAGAAACCUGUAUAUGAUGGUGGAAGUAAGAUCACGGGCUAUGUUGUUGAAAAGAAGGAGCUACCUGAUGGUCGUUGGAUGAAAGCAAGCUUUACAAAUGUCAUCGAUACACAAUUUGAAGUAACUGGUCUAGUUGAAAAUCAGAGGUAUGAGUUCCGUGUUAUAGCACGAAAUGCUGCAGGCAUUUUCAGUGAACCAUCUGAGAGCUCAGGGGCAAUUACAGCACGAGAUGAAGUAGAACCACCUCAUAUAAGUAUGGAUCCAAAAUACAAAGACACUAUUGUAGUGCAUGCUGGUGAGUCAUUCAGGCUUGAUGCUGAUGUUCAUGGCAAACCAAUACCUUCCAUUCAGUGGUUAAAAGGUGAUCGUGAGCUGACAAACACUGCUCGUAUGGAAAUAAAAAGUACUGAUUUUGCAACAAGCCUUAGUGUGAAGGAAGCCAUUAGAGUUGACAGUGGUCAGUAUGUACUACUGGCAAAGAAUGUUGCAGGUGAAAAGAAAGUUCCUGUUAAUGUUAAAGUUCUUGAUAGACCUGGACCACCAGAAGGGCCUGUUGAAAUUACAGGUGUAACUGCAGAAAAAUGCAUGCUGUCAUGGAAACCUCCGCUACAAGAUGGUGGUAGCGAUAUUUCACACUAUGUUGUAGAAAAAAGGGAAACCAGCCGCUUGGUGUGGACGGUCGUUGAUUCAAAUGUGCAAACCCUAAAUUGCAAAGUUACAAAACUUUUAGAAGGAAAUGAAUAUGUUUUCCGCAUCAUGGCAGUAAAUAAAUACGGAGUUGGUGAACCUCUUGAGUCUGAACCAGUACUCGCAAAGAACCCAUUUGUAGUGCCACUUCCACCAAAGGCACCAGAAGUCACAGCCAUCACCAAGGAUUCUAUGAUAGUUGUAUGGGAAAGGCCAGCCUCAGAUGGCGGUAGUGAAAUCCUAGGCUAUGUCCUUGAAAAACGAGAUAAGGAAGGUAUUCGCUGGACAAGAUGUAACAAACGCCUGAUAAGUGAAUUGCGAUACAGAGUGACUGGGCUUAUGGAAAAUCAUGAUUACGAGUACAGAGUUUCAGCUGAAAAUGCUGCUGGCCUUAGUGAACCAAGCCCACCUUCCACUUACUACAAAGCGUGUGAUCCAAUUUACAAGCCAGGUCCACCCAAUAAUCCUAAAGUUGUGGAUGUUACAAGAUCUUCAGUUUUCCUUUCAUGGGGUAAGCCUAUCUAUGACGGUGGCUCUGAAAUUCAGGGAUACAUCGUGGAAAAGUGUGAUGUAAGUGACGGUGAAUGGGCAAUUUGUACCCCUCCAACUGGAAUUAAGAACACUCACAUGGAAGUAGAAAAAUUAGUGGAAAAACAUGAAUACAAAUUCCGCAUAUGUGCAGUUAAUAAAGCAGGAGUUGGAGAGCAUGCAGAUGUUCCUGGCUCUGUUAUUGUGGAAGAAAAGAUGGAGGCACCAGACCUUGACCUUGACAUGGAAUUAAGGAAGGUUGUAAAUGUGAGAGCAGGAGGUUCCUUAAGACUGUUUGUUCCCAUCAGAGGUCGUCCGACACCUGAAGUCAAAUGGGGUAAAAUGGAUGGUGAGAUCAGAGAGGCAGCUAUUAUUGAUACCACUAGCAGCUUUACUUCCCUUGUUUUAGACAAUGUUAACAGAUUUGAUACUGGGAAGUACACUCUGACUUUAGAAAACAGCAGUGGAACAAAGUCUGCCUUUGUCAGUGUAAGAGUACUGGAUACCCCAAGUGCGCCUGUUAAUUUAAAAAUCAGAGAGAUCACUAAAGACUCUGUUUCACUUUCAUGGGAGCCUCCUCUCUUGGACGGUGGAGCAAAAAUAAAGAACUACAUUAUUGAAAAGCGGGAAGCAACAAGAAAGGCAUAUGCAGCUGUUGUAACAAACUGCCACAAGACUUCAUGGAAAGUAGAACAACUUCAGGAGGGCUGCUAUUACUUCUUUAGAAUCUCUGCUGAGAAUGAAUACGGCAUUGGCCUCCCUGCGGAAACCAGUGACCCAAUUAAAGUUGCUGAAGUUCCACAGCCUCCUGGGAAAAUAACAGUGGAUGAUGUCACAAGAAACAGUGUCUCACUAAGCUGGGCAAAACCUGAACAUGACGGCGGCAGCAAAAUCAUACAAUACAUUGUUGAAAUGCAAGCAAAGGGUAGUGAGAAAUGGUCAGAGUGUGCUCGCGUAAAAACACUUGAAGCAGUUAUUACUAAUCUAACUCAAGGGGAAGAAUAUCUUUUUAGAGUAAUGGCUGUAAAUGAAAAGGGCAAGAGUGAUCCUAGAGCACUUGCAGUUCCAAUAGUUGCCAAAGACCUGGUGAUCGAACCUGAUGUAAGACCUGCUUUUCACAGUUACAGUAUCCAAGUGGGACAAGAUCUAAAAGUAGAAGUACCAAUUGCAGGUCGACCUAAACCAACUGUUACCUGGGUAAAAGAUGGCCAGCCAUUAAGGCAGACAACAAGAGUCAAUGUUAGCGAUUUGACUGAUCUCACUGUAUUGAAUAUUAAAGAAACUAGCAAAGAGGACAGUGGCACGUAUGAAAUCACUGUGGCUAAUGUUGUUGGGCAAAAGUCUGCCUCUGUUGAAAUUAUAACUCUAGACAAACCCGACCCUCCAUUAGGACCUGUGAAGUUUGAUGAAAUAAGUGCAGAAAGUAUUACCCUGUCAUGGAAUCCCCCAGUGUACACAGGUGGCUGCCAAAUCACCAACUAUGUUGUUCACAAGAGAGAUACAACAACCACUGUUUGGGAAACCGUUUCAGCUACUGUUGCAAGAACUACACUGAAGGUGACUAAACUGAAAACUGGUUCAGAAUACCAGUUCAGAAUAUUUGCUGAGAACAGGUAUGGGCAGAGCUUUGCAUUGGAAUCUGCGCCAGUUGUAGCACAGUACCCCUACAAGGAACCAGGACCUCCUGGCACACCAUUUGUGACAACAGUUACAAAAGACUCCAUGGUCGUACAGUGGCAUGAACCAAUAAAUGAUGGUGGCAGUAGAGUGUUGGGUUAUCAUCUUGAGAGAAAGGAGAAAAACAGCAUUUUAUGGACUAAAGUGAACAAGACUAUUAUUCAGGACACAAGUUUUAAGACAAGUAACCUUGAAGAAGGUAUUGAAUAUGAGUUUCGAGUUUCUGCAGAAAAUAUUGUUGGUGUAGGCAAAACAAGUAAAGUUUCUGAGUGCUAUGUGGCUCGUGACCCAUGUGAUCCUCCAGGUCGCCCAGAAGCUAUAAUAAUAAAAAGAAGCUCUAUUACACUACAGUGGACCAAACCAGAAUAUGAUGGUGGAAGUAAGAUUACUGGCUAUAUUGUAGAGAAACGUGAUUUACCAGAUGGUCGCUGGAUGAAAGCUAGCUUCACAAAUAUCAUUGAAACUCAGUUCACUGUAACAGGACUUACUGAAGACCAAAGAUAUGAAUUUAGAGUGAUUGCAAAGAAUGCUGCAGGUGCAAUAAGCAAACCUUCUGACAGUACAGGACCAAUAACAGCAAGGGAUGAAGUUGAACUUCCACGAAUUUCAAUGGAUCCAAAGUACAAAGACACAAUUGUUGUAAAUGCUGGUGAAACAUUCAGACUUGAGGCCGAUGUUCACGGAAAGCCACUACCAAGCAUUAAGUGGUACAAAGGAGAUAAAGAGCUGGAGGAAACUGCUAGAUAUGAAAUAAAGAACACAGAUUUCAGUGCAUUAAUAGUUGUAAAAGAUGCUAUUAGAGUUGAUGGUGGACAGUACAUUUUAGAAGCCUCUAAUGUUGCAGGAACAAAGACAGUACCAGUAAACGUAAAAGUCCUGGACAGGCCAGGCCCUCCAGAGGGUCCAGUCCAAGUGACAGGAGUUACAGCUGAAAAAUGUUCAUUGGCAUGGGCUCCUCCUCUUCAUGAUGGUGGCAGUGAUAUUUCUCAUUACAUUGUGGAGAAGAGAGAAACUAGUCGCCUAGCAUGGACUGUUGUUGCUUCAGAGGUUUUACCUACAAUGCUGAAAGUAACAAAACUCUUGGAAGGAAAUGAAUAUGUUUUCCGUAUUAUGGCAGUUAACAAAUAUGGGGUUGGUGAGCCAUUAGAAUCUGCACCAGUAAUGAUGAAAAAUCCAUUUGUGAUUCCUGGACCACCAAAGGCCUUGGAAAUUACCAACAUCACAAAGGAUUCUAUGACCGUCUGCUGGAGCCGGCCAGAUAGUGAUGGCGGUAGUGAAAUCAUAGGUUACAUUGUAGAAAAGAGAGACCGAGCAGGUAUCAGAUGGAUAAAAUGCAAUAAGCGCCGAAUUACAGAUUUGCGAUUAAGAGUUACAGGAUUAACAGAGGACCAUGAAUAUGAAUUCAGAGUUUCUGCUGAAAAUGCUGCUGGACUGAGUGAACCAAGCCAAGUUUCUCCUUACUUUAAAGCUUGUGACCCCAUGUUCAAGCCUGGCCCACCUACAAACGCCCAUGUUGUGGAUACCACCAAAAGUUCAGUUACACUUGGUUGGAGUAAACCUAUUUAUGAUGGUGGUUGUGAAAUCCAGGGAUACCUUGUAGAAAUCUGUAAAGCAGAUGAAGAGGAAUGGUCACUUGUUACUCCACAGACAGGUGUGCGUGCCACUCGAUUUGAAAUCAAAAAGCUCAUUGAGCAUCAGGAAUAUAAGUUACGAGUGUGUGCCCUCAACAAGGUUGGUGUAGGAGAGGCUGCAUCUGUUCCUGGUACUAUUAAGCCAGAAGACAAACUUGAAGCUCCAGAGCUUGAUAUUGAUUCAGAGCUAAGGAAAGGGAUAGUGGUUAGAGCUGGUGGGUCCGCUAGGAUUCACAUACCAUUCAGGGGACGACCAACACCUGACAUCACAUGGUCUCGAGAAGAAGGUGAAUUCACAGAAAAAGUUCAGAUUGAUAAAGGCAUAAACUACACACAACUUUCCAUUGACAACUGUGAUAGAAAUGAUGCUGGAAAGUACAUUCUUAAGUUGGAGAACAGCAGUGGUUCUAAAUCUGCGUUUGUUACAGUAAAAGUCUUGGACACACCAGGACCACCACAAAACUUAGUGGUAAAGGAUAUAAAGAAGGAUUCUGCUGUACUAUCUUGGGAACCGCCCAUUAUCGAUGGUGGCGCAAAGGUAAAGAACUAUGUAAUAGACAAGCGUGAGUCAACCAGGAAAGCAUUUGCAAAUGUAAGUGCUAAGUGUGGCAAGACAAGUUUUAAAGUUGAAAAUCUUACAGAAGGAGCAAUUUAUUACUUCAGAGUUAUGGCUGAAAAUGAAUUUGGAAUUGGUGUUCCAGCUGAAACCGCAGAUGCUGUCAAAGCCUCAGAGCCACCUCUGCCUCCUGGGAAAGUAACACUCACUGAUGUGACUCAGAGAAGUGCAUCACUUGCAUGGGAAAAACCCGAACAUGAUGGAGGUAGCAGAAUUUUGGGAUACAUUGUUGAAAUGCUGCCUAAAGGAACAGAAAAAUGGAGUGUUGUUAGUGAGACCAAAACAUGCAAUGCAGUUGUGUCUGGUUUGAGUCCAGGACAGGAAUAUCAAUUUCAUGUUAUUGCCUACAAUGAAAAAGGAAAAAGCGAUCCCAGAGCACUUGGAAUUCCUGUGAUAGCUAAAGAUUUGACAAUUGAGCCAAGUUUCAAACUGAUGUUUAAUACAUACAGUGUACAGGCUGGAGAAGACCUGAAGGUAGAAGUACCAUUUGUAGGUAGACCCAAACCUACCAUUACUUGGACAAAAGAUGAGCAGCCACUGAAACAGACAACCAGAGUACAUAUUCAGGAUACAUCAACAUCAACUAUCUUACAUAUUAAAGAAAGCAAUAAGGAAGACUUUGGUAAAUAUACAGUAACAGCAACAAACACAGCAGGUACAGCAACAGAGCACCUGAGCAUAAUUGUACUAGAAAAGCCUGGCCCACCACGAGGACCUGUCCGCUUUGACGAAGUUAGCGCAGACUUUGUUGUUUUAUCAUGGGAUCCACCUGAUUAUACAGGAGGCUGUCAGAUAAGCAACUAUGUAGUAGAAAAGCGUGACACAAGCACUACCACAUGGAGCAUUGUGUCAGCAACUGUUGCAAGAACAACUAUCAAAGCAACAAAGCUUAAAACAGGAUCUGAAUACCAGUUCAGGAUUUCUGCUGAAAAUAGAUAUGGGAAGAGCUCUCCCUUGGAUUCUAAACCAGUUGUUGUGCAAUACCCCUACAAGGUGCCUGGGCCACCUGGAACGCCAUUUGUAACAGCAGCUUCCAAGGACCAUAUGAUUGUACAAUGGCAUGAACCAGUUAAUGAUGGAGGAAGCAAAGUUCUUGGCUACCACCUUGAACGUAAAGAUAAGAACAGCAUUCUUUGGACAAAACAGAACAAGUCACUCAUUGCAGAUACCAAAUAUAAAACAGAUGGCCUUGAAGAAGGUCUUGAAUAUGAGUUCAGAGUUUCUGCUGAAAACAUUGUUGGCAUUGGAAAAGUCAGCAAAGUAUCAGAACUGUAUGUUGCCCGAGAUCCUUGUGACCCCCCUGGCCGCCCAGAGGCCAUUGUUGUUACAAGAAAUAAUAUCACGCUGAAGUGGAAAAAACCAGAGUAUGAUGGUGGAAGCAAAAUAACUGGAUAUAUUGUAGAAAAGAAAGAACUACCAGAUGGUCGCUGGAUGAAAGCCAGCUUCACAAAUGUGUUGGAAACAGAAUUUACAGUAAGUGGUCUUGUUGAAAACCAACGAUAUGAAUUCAGAGUAAUUGCAAGAAAUGCAGCAGGUUGCUUGAGUGAACCAUCUGAAAGUACAGGGCCCAUUACUGCCAGAGACGAAAUUGAAGCACCAGGGGCUUCACUAGAUCCUAAAUACAAAGAUGUCAUUGUUGUUCAUGCUGGAGAAACCUUUGUUCUUGAAGCUGAUAUCCAUGGCAAACCUAUUCCUGACAUUACAUGGUCAAAAGACGGCAAAGACCUUGAAGAAGCAACUGCAAGAAUGGAAAUUAAAUCUACCAUUCAGAAAACAACUCUUACUGUCAAAGACUGUGUAAGAGUAGAUGGAGGUCACUAUACUCUUAACCUCAGAAAUGUUGGUGGCACAAAAUCUAUACCAAUCACUGUAAAAGUGCUUGACAGGCCAGGACCUCCAGAAGGACCUUUGAAGGUUACAGGCAUCACUGCAGAAAAAUGUUACUUGGCAUGGGCUCCGCCUUUACAUGAUGGUGGUUCUAGUAUCUCACAUUAUAUCAUUGAGAAGAGAGAGACAAGCAGGCUUUCAUGGACACAAGUAGCAACAGAUGUACAGGCUCUUAACCACAAAGUAACCAGGCUCCUUGCUGGCAAUGAGUACAUUUUCCGUGUAAUGGCAGUGAACAAAUAUGGAACUGGAGAACCCUUGGAAUCUGAGCCAAUUGUGGCUCGUAAUCCAUACAAACCCCCUGGUCCUCCUUCAACACCUGAAGUUUCAGCGAUCACAAAAGAUUCUAUGGUGGUAACAUGGGGUCGCCCAGAAGACAAUGGGGGAGCUGAAAUUGAAGGUUACAUACUUGAAAAACGAGACAAAGAUGGUAUCCGGUGGACCAAAUGCAAUAAGAAAAGGCUGACGGACUUGCGAUUCAGAGUAACAGGUCUUACCGAUGGGCAUUUCUAUGAAUUUAGAGUUUCUGCUGAAAAUGCUGCAGGGGUAGGGGAACCCAGUGAGCCAUCUGUUUUCUAUCGUGCUUGUGAUGUAUUAUAUCCACCAGGUCCACCAAGCAACCCAAAGGUUACAGACACUUCCAGGUCAUCAGUUUCCCUUGCCUGGAGUAAGCCCAUUUAUGAUGGUGGUGCUCCAGUUAAGGGAUAUUUAGUAGAAGUAAAAGAAGCUGCUGCUGAUGAAUGGACUACCUGCACCCCGCCAACAGGUCUACAAGCAAAACAGUUCACAGUAACAAAACUUAAAGAGAACAAGGAGUAUAACUUCCGCAUCUGUGCCAUCAACUCAGAAGGAGUAGGAGAACCUGCUACUAUACCUGGUACAGUUAUAGCAGCGGACAAGAUUGAGCCUCCUGAAAUUGAACUUGAUGCAGAUCUCAGGAAAGUAGUCACCGUACGUGCUAGUGCUACAUUACGCCUGUUUGUCACCAUCAAAGGAAGACCAGAACCUGAAGUUAAAUGGGAGAAAGCAGAAGGAACAAUUAGUGAGCGAGCUCAGAUUGAAGUUACUGGUUCCUAUACAAUGCUGGUCAUUGACAAUGUGAACAGAUUUGAUAGUGGUAGAUACAAUCUUACUUUAGAGAACAACAGUGGCAAAAAAUCAGCUUUUGUUAAUGUCAGAGUGCUUGAUACACCUAGUGCACCUGUAAACCUGACAGUCAGAGAAGUGAAAAAAGAUUUUGUAACAUUAGCCUGGGAACCACCACUUAUUGAUGGCGGAGCUAAAAUUACCAACUAUGUAGUUGAAAAGCGAGAAUCCACCAGAAAGGCAUAUGCCACAAUUACAAACAACUGCACUAAGAAUUCCUUCAAAAUUACUCAGCUACAAGAAGGAUGUAGUUAUUUCUUCCGUGUUCUAGCUGUAAAUGAAUAUGGGGUUGGCUUACCAGCAGAAACACCUGACCCAAUUAAGGUUUCUGAACCGCCAUCUCCACCUGCAAAGGUCGUUCUUGUUGAUGUGACUCGCAACUCUGCUUCAAUUAAAUGGGAAAAGCCCGAGAGCGAUGGUGGCAGUAAAAUUACUGGUUAUAUAGUAGAAAUGCAAACUAAAGGUAGUAUAAAAUGGAGUGCUUGUACGCAGGUAAAAACAUUAGAAGCAACAAUAACAGGCUUAAGUAUGGGAGAAGAGUACAGUUUCAGAGUGAUUGCUGUUAAUGAAAAAGGAAAAAGUGAUCCAAGAGAACUUGGUGUCCCAGUCAUUGCAAAAGAUAUUGAAAUCCAGCCAUCUGCUGAGCUCCUUUUCAACACAUUCACUGUGAAAGCUGGAGAUGAUCUUAAGAUUGAUGUGCCAUUCAGAGGGAGACCUCUUCCAACCGCCAGCUGGAAGAAGGAUGGGAAUCCCUUAAAAGAGACAACCAGGGUAAAUGUUCAGACAUCAAAGACUUCAACUUCACUGUCCAUCAAGGAAGCUUCAAGUGAAGAUUUGGGACAUUAUGAAUUACAUCUUUCAAACACUGCUGGAUCAAUAACAGCUUCUUUAACUGUAGUUGUCCUUGACAGACCAGGACCACCAACUGAUGUGCAUAUUGAUGAAGUUAGUGCUGAUAGUGUAACUGUAUCUUGGAAACCUCCAGCAUAUGAUGGUGGAUGCCAUAUUAGCAAUUACAUUGUGGAGAAACGAGAAACUACCACCACAACAUGGGAUGUAGUAUCUGCAGCAGUUGCAAGAACAUCAAUUAAAGUAUCUCGACUUGUCACGGGCUCUGAAUAUCAGUUCCGUAUUUGUGCAGAAAACCGCUAUGGGAAAAGCACUUACAAUAAUUCUCCUUCUGUUGUGGCAGAGUAUCCAUUUAAGCCUCCAGGACCACCUGGAACUCCUCAUGUGGCACAUGCAACUAAAGUUUUCAUGAUUGUAACUUGGCAAGUUCCAGUUAAUGAUGGAGGUAGCAGAGUACUAGGAUAUCACUUGGAGCGUAAAGAAAGAAGCAGCAUUCUUUGGACAAAAGUCAACAAGAGCCUUAUACCUGAUACACAAAUGAAAGUUACAGGUCUUGAUGAAGGACUGAUGUAUGAAUACCGGGUAUAUGCUGAAAACAUUGCUGGAAUAGGCAAAUGCAGUAAAUCAUGUGAACCAGUUGCUGCAAGAGAUCCAUGUGAUCCUCCUGGUCAACCAGAAGUUACUAAUAUUACAAGAACAUGUGUCUCACUGAAAUGGACUAAACCAGAAUAUGAUGGUGGAGCUAAAGUAACAGGAUAUAUUAUUGAACGCAGAGAGAUACCAGAUGGUCGUUGGCUAAAGUGUAGUUUCACCAAUGUGCAAGAAACAUACUUUGACGUAGGUGGACUUACAGAAGACCAGAGAUAUGAAUUCCGUGUGAUUGCAAGGAACGCUGCUGGACUCUUCAGUCAGCCAUCUGAAUCAACUGGACCUGUGACUGUAAAAGAUGAUGUAGAGGCUCCAAGAAUUAUGAUGGAUGUCAAAUUCAGGGAUGUUGUAGUUGUGAAAGCUGGAGAAGUGUUUAAAGUCCAUGCUGAUAUUGCAGGACGGCCAAUACCAGUGGUUUCAUGGACAAAGGAUGGCAAAGAGCUUGAAGGAAAAGCUAGAGUUGAAAUAGCCUCAACAGAUCACACUACUGCAAUAACUGUUAAGGAUUGUAUCCGAGGUGAUUCAGGACAGUAUGUAUUAACAUUACAAAAUGUCGCAGGAACAAGAUCUUUGACAAUUAAUUGCAAAGUACUUGAUAGACCAGGCCCACCUGCAGGACCACUAGAAAUAAAUGGCCUUACUGCGGAAAAGUGCCACUUAUCAUGGGGACCCCCUCAAGAAAAUGGUGGUGCAGAUAUUGAUUAUUAUAUUGUAGAAAAACGUGAGACCAGCAGAAUCGCAUGGACACUUUGCGAAGGAGAGCUUAGAACAACAUCCUGUAAAGUGACAAAACUAUUGAAGGGUAAUGAGUAUAUUUUCAGAGUGAUGGGAGUUAACAAAUAUGGCACUGGUGAGCCUCUAGAAAGUGUUGCUGUCAAGGCCCUAGACCCAUUUACAGUUCCAAGUCCACCUACAUCUUUAGAGAUCACCAAUGUGAGCAAAGAUUCAAUCACUCUGUGCUGGGCAAGACCUGAGUCUGAUGGAGGCAGUGAGAUCUCUGGCUAUGUAAUUGAAAGGCGUGAGAAAACUAGCCUAAGAUGGAUCCGUGUAAACAAGAAGCCAGUUUAUGAUUUAAGAGUGAAAUCAUCUGGUCUCCGUGAAGGAUGUGAAUACGAAUUCCGGGUUUAUGCAGAAAAUGCUGCUGGCCUCAGUCUUCCAAGUGAAACCACACCAUUGAUUCGGGCAGAAGAUCCAAUCUUCUUGCCAUCUCCCCCAUCUAAACCUAAGAUUAUGGAUUCUACAAGGUCAAAUAUCACAAUUGGGUGGACAAAGCCACUUUUUGAUGGAGGUGCUCCAAUAACAGGAUACACAGUUGAAUACAAGAAAACUGAUGAAACCGAUUGGACAACUGCUAUUCAGAACUUAAAAGGCACAGAAUACACCAUAACUGGAUUAGCAGCAGGCUCUGAGUAUGUCUUUAGAGUGAAAUCCAUUAACAAAAUUGGUGUCAGUGAACCAAGUGAUAUCUCAGAACCUCAGAUGGCAAAAGAAAGAGAAGAAGAACCUGCCUUUGAUAUAGACAGUGAAAUGCGGAAGACUUUAAUUGUAAAGGCUGGUGGAUCAUUCACAAUGAGUGUUCCUUUCAGAGGCAAACCAGUCCCAAAUGUAACAUGGAACAAACCAGACACUGAUCUCCGUACACGAGCAAGCAUUGAUACUUCAGAUAAUAGAACAUCUCUUACUAUUGAAAAAGCAACAAGAAAUGAUUCUGGAAAAUACACAUUGACAUUGCAAAACAUCCUGAACACUGCUACCUUGACUUUAAUUGUCAAAGUUCUUGAUACUCCUGGCCCACCAUCUAAUAUUGCAGCAAAAGAUGUAACUAAAGAAUCUGCUGUGUUAUCUUGGGAUGUUCCUGAAAAUGAUGGUGGAGCACCUGUAAAGAACUAUGUUAUUGAAAAACGAGAAGCUAGCAAAAAAGCAUGGGUCACUGUGACAAACAAUUGUCAUCGCCUGUCUUACAAAGUGACCGGCUUGCAAGAAGGUGCCAUUUACUACUUCCGUGUUUCUGGAGAAAAUGAGUAUGGUGUUGGAGUGCCUUCUGAGACCAAGGAGGGAACUAAAAUAACAGAAAAACCCAGCCCACCAGAAAAACUUGGAGUAACAAAUGUCACAAAGGACAGCGUUUCUCUUUCAUGGCUAAAACCAGAACAUGAUGGUGGAAGCAGAAUUGUGAGCUACCUCGUAGAAGCUCUUGAGAAAGGACAGCAAAAAUGGGUUAAGUGUGCAGUUGUAAAGACAACUCAUCAUGUUGUCCAUGGUCUUAAGGAGAAUAUUGACUAUUUCUUCAGGGUGUCAGCAGAAAACCAAGCUGGUUUAAGUGAUCCUAAGGAACUAUUGCUCCCUGUUACGGUGAAAGAACAAUUAGAAUCUCCCGAGAUUGACAUGAAGGGCUUCCCUCAUAACACUGUAUAUAUUCGAGCGGGAUCAAACCUGAAAGUUGAAAUUCCAGUUUCUGGAAAACCACUGCCGAAGGUGACGUUUUCUAGAGAUGGUGUUCCACUGAAACCUACCAUGAGAUUUCACACAGAAACCACUGCAGAAAGUUUCAUCAUUAACCUUAAAGAAAGUGUGGCUGCUGAUGCUGGCAAAUAUGACAUUACCGCUGCCAACUCAAGUGGAACCACAAAAUCAUUUGUUAAUAUUGUUGUGCUGGAUAGACCAGGUCCUCCUGUUGGUCCAGUUGUCCUUAGCGAUAUCACUGAAGAGAGUGUAACACUCAGAUGGCAGCCACCAGCUUAUGAUGGUGGAAGUCAAGUUACCAACUAUAUUGUACUGAAAAGAGAAACAAGCACUGCUGCUUGGUCUGAAGUGUCUGCAACUGUUGCUAGAACUGUUAUUAAAGUCAUGAAGCUCACAACAGGAGAAGAAUACCAAUUCCGCAUCAAAGCUGAGAACCGCUUUGGCAUCAGCGAUCACAUAGAUUCACAGUGUGUGGUUGUCAAGCUUCCUUACACUAUCCCUGGACCACCUUCCACACCAUGGGUCACAAAUGUCACCCGAGAGAGUAUUACUGUUGGAUGGCACGAACCAGUCACUAAUGGUGGCAGUGCAGUCAUUGGAUACCACCUGGAAAUGAAAGACAGGAAUAGCAUAUUAUGGCAGAAGGCCAACAAGACCCUCAUUCGCACAACUCACUUCAAAGUCACCACCAUCAGUGCUGGCCUUAUCUAUGAAUUUAGAGUUUAUGCAGAAAAUGCCGCUGGCAUUGGAAAAGCAAGUCAUCCUUCUGAUCCAGUCCUUGCAAUUGAUGCUUGUGAACCACCAAGAAAUGUUCGUGUCUCAGAUAUUUCCAAGACUGCUAUCACUCUGUCAUGGCAGAAGCCAGCAUUUGAUGGUGGUAGCAAGAUCACUGGAUACAUCGUAGAAAAACGUGAUCUUCCAGAUGGCAGAUGGACAAAAGCUAGCUUCACCAAUGUUAUUGAGACUCAGUUCACAGUAUCUGGUCUGACACAGAAUUCUCGGUAUGAAUUCCGGGUCUUUGCUAAGAAUGCUGUUGGUUCCAUUAGUAAUCCUUCAGAUGUCGUGGGUCCUAUCACCUGUGUUGACACAUAUGGUGCACCUGAAAUUGAUGUGCCACCAGAAUAUACAGAAGUGGUGAAGUAUAAAGCAGGAACUUCAGUUAAGCUAAAACUAGGCAUCUCAGGAAAGCCUAUACCCACAAUUGAAUGGUUCAAAAAUGGCAAUGAGAUACAAACCAGUGCACUGGUGUCUAUUGAAAACACAACAGAAUUUGCUUCUAUACUCAUCAAGGAUGCAACUCGACUCAACAGUGGCACUUAUGAAUUAAAAUUGAAGAAUGCCAUGGGUUCAGCAUCAGCCCAUGUUAGAGUACAGAUACUUGACAAACCAGGACCCCCAAGUGGACCUAUACAGUUUAAGACAGUCACUGCUGAAAAGAUUACAAUAAUGUGGGACCCACCAGCAGAUGAUGGUGGUGCACCUGUAACACACUAUGUUGUUGAAAAGCGGGAGACAAGUCGGGUUGUAUGGUCUUUAAUUUCUGAAAAACUGGAAGGCUGUAUUGUAACUACAACAAAACUAAUCAAAGGAAAUGAAUAUGUGUUCCGUGUCCGUGGUGUGAACAAGUUUGGAGUUGGUGAUUCACUGGAGUCUGAACCCGUUAUAGCCAAAAAUUCAUUUGUUACACCUGGACCACCUAGUGUACCAGAAGUCACAACGAUAACCAAGAAUUCUAUGACUGUUGUCUGGAAUAGGCCCAUUGUUGAUGGAGGCAGUGAAAUAUCGGGAUAUUUUCUUGAGAAGCGCGACAAGAAGAGUCUGAGUUGGUUCAAGGUUACUAAAGAAACCAUUCGGGACACCAGACAGAAAGUAACAGGUCUGACCGAAAACAGCGAGUAUCAUUUCCGAGUUUGUGCUGUCAAUGCAGCUGGACAAGGUCCAUUCUCUGAAGCUUCUGAUUUCUACAAAGCUGCAGAUCCUGUUGAUAAGCCAGGUUCGCCAACAAAGCUGAAGGUUGUGGAUACAACCAAGACAUCUGUCACCCUUGGCUGGAUUAAACCUGCUUAUGAUGGAGGAAGUCCAAUUACCAACUAUGUGGUGGAGAAAAGGGAAGGUGAAGAGCAAGAAUGGACUGUAGUCAGUACUAAGGGAGAAGUGAGAACAACAGAAUAUGUUGUAUCCCACCUGCAGCCAAGUGUUAAUUAUUAUUUCCGCGUGUCUGCUGUAAACUGUGCUGGACAAGGAGAACCUAUUGAAAUGACGGAACCUGUUCAAGCUAAAGAUAUUCUUGUGGCGCCAGAGAUUGAUCUGGAUGUUGCUCUCCGGACCUCUAUUGUUGCUAAAGCAGGUGAAGAUGUGCAGAUAAUGAUUCCAUUCAAAGGAAGACCUCCUCCAACAGUCACAUGGAGAAAGGGUGACAAAAAUCUUGGGAUUGAUGAAAGAUAUAUUAUCCAGAACACAGAAUCAUCUACACUACUUACUAUUCCUCAAGUUACCCGAAAUGAUACAGGAAAAUACGUUCUUACAAUUGAAAAUGGAGUUGGAGAAGCAAAAUCAUCAUUUGUGAAUGUAAAAGUACUGGACACACCAUCUGCCUGCCAGAAGCUGCAGCUUAAGCAUGUUUCUCGUGGCACAGUUACACUGGUAUGGGAGCCACCUCUCAUUAAUGGUGGUUCUGAAAUAACAAAUUAUGUUGUUGAAAAAAGAGAUGCUACAAAGAGGGCCUGGUCAACUGUAACAACAAAGUGUUCUCAUACCACCUUUAAGCUAACUAACCUGUCAGAGAAGACUGCGUUCUUCUUCCGUGUUCUUGCUGAAAAUGAAAUUGGACUGGGUGAACCUUGUGAGACAUCUGAACCAGUGAAAGCUGCAGACAUACCCGGACCUGUGAAAGACCUAGCCAUGAAAGAUUCUACAAAGACCUCUGUUAAGUUGCAAUGGAGCAAACCUGACUACGAUGGUGGUAGCAUUAUAUCGGACUAUGUUAUUGAAAAGAAACUCCAGGAAGAAAAGGAAUGGACAUAUGCAGGCACAAGUAAGAGCUGUGAAUUUGAAGUUGAAAAACUUAAAGAGCUUUCUGUCAUGGAAUUCAGAGUCUUUGCUAAAAAUGAAAAAGGCAUGAGUGAUGGUGUUACUGUUGGACCCAUUACAGUGAAAGAAUAUACAAUAACACCUGAAGCUGACCUUUCUGAUAUUCAUGGAGGUCAAAUUGCAGUAAGAAUUGGACAUAACCUGCACAUUGAAUUGCCCUAUAAAGGUAAACCUAAGCCAUCAAUGAGCUGGCUCAAGGACAACCUCCCUCUUAAAGAAACUGAACACCUUCGUUUCAAGAAAACUGAAAAUAAAAUAAGUUUAAGCAUCAAGAAUGUGAAAAAGGAGCAUGGUGGCAAAUAUACUUUAAUUCUUGAUAACGUAGUCAGCAGAAAAGCAUUCACAAUCACUGUCAUCACUCUUGGCCCUCCAUCUAAGCCAAAAGGACCUUUAAGACUAGAUGAAAUCAAAGCAGAUAGUGUAGUUUUGUCAUGGGAAGCUCCUGAAGAUGAUGGGGGAGGAGAAAUUACUGGCUACAGUAUUGAGAAGAGAGAAACUUCACAAAUGAACUGGAAGCUGGUGUGUUCGAGUGCUGCAAGAACAACUUUCAAAGUACCAAACCUUGUUAAAGACACUGAAUAUCAGUUUAGAGUUCGUGCGGAAAACAGAUAUGGAGUGAGCCCACCUCUUGUCUCAGCAGAUGUCGUGGCAAAGCAUCAGUUUAGGCCACCAGGUGCCCCAGGCAAGCCUGUUGUAUACAACAUAACCGCUGAUGGCAUGACCAUAUCUUGGGAUGCUCCUGUUUAUGAUGGUGGUUCAGAGAUCAUUGGAUACCACGUUGAAAAGAAGGAAAGAAACAGUAUUUUGUGGCAGAAGGUUAAUGUUGCAUUAAUAUCUAGCAGAGAAUACAGGAUUACUGGACUGCUUGAGGGCCUGGAUUACCAGUUCCAAGUAUAUGCUGAAAACACUGCAGGUCUAAGCCGAGCUAGCGAGCCAAGCAAAUUGACUUUGGCAGUCUCUCCAGUGGACCCACCUGGUACUCCUGAUUCCAUUGAUGUCACCAGGGAAACAGUCACCCUCAAAUGGACCCCCCCACUUCGUGAUGGAGGCAGUAAGAUUGUGGCCUACAGCAUUGAGAAACGGCAAGGAAGUGAAGACCGUUGGCUCAGAUGUAACUUUACUGAUGUCAGUGAAUGCCAAUAUACAGUUACAGGACUCAGUCCAGGUGACCGAUAUGAAUUCAGAGUACUUGCAAGAAACGCUGUUGGUACAAUCAGCCCGCCUUCACAGUCAUCAGGCUAUAUCAUGACCAGAGAUGAAAACAUUGCUCCAACCAUUGAAUUUGGCGCUGAGCACUUUGAAGGCCUUACUGUUAAAGCCGGAGAGAGCAUUAGACUUAAAGCUCUAAUCAAAGGACGUCCAGUACCUAAAGUGACAUGGUUUAAGGAUGGUAAGGAGAUUGAGAAAACAAUGAGUAUAGAAAUAACUACAGCUAUUGGAUAUAGUACAAUCUUCAUUAGAGAUGCUACACGGGAUCAUCGUGGCGUGUACACAGUAGAAGCCAAAAAUGCAUCAGGCACUAAACGAGAAGAUAUUACCUUCAGAGUACAAGACACGCCAGGAAAAGUUGGUGGACCAAUACGAUUCACAAACAUUACUGGAGAAAAAGUCACAUUAUGGUGGGAACCUCCGGCUAAUGAUGGUUGUGCUUCUAUUUCUCACUACAUAAUUGAAAAACGUGAAACCAGCAGGAUUGCUUGGGCAUUAGUUGAAGAUAAAUGUGAAGCUUGCAGCUACACUGCACUUAAAUUAAUUAAGGGCAAUGAGUACCAGUUCCGUGUCUCUGCAGUGAACAAAUUUGGAGUUGGCAGACCAUUGGAGUCUGAUCCAGUUACUGCACAAAUACCUUACACUCUCCCUGAUGCACCAGGAACUCCAGAGCCUACCAAUGUAACAGGAGACAGUAUCACGCUCACAUGGGCAAGACCAAAAUCAGAUGGUGGAAGUGAGAUAAGGGAGUAUAUUCUAGAAAGGAGAGAAAAGAAGAGCAUGCGCUGGGUUAAAGUAUCCAGUAAGAGGCCUAUUACUGAGAACAGAUACAGAGUAACUGGCCUUGUUGAAGGCAAUGAGUAUGAAUUCCAUGUCAUGGCUGAAAAUGCUGCAGGAGUCGGACCUCCAAGUGACGUUUCAAAGCUGAUUAAAUGUAGAGAACCAGUCAGCCCACCGAGUGCUCCUAAUAUUGUAAAGGUGACAGACACAUCAAAGACUAGUGUAAGCUUAGAGUGGACCAAGCCAGUUUUUGAUGGAGGCAUGGAAAUAAUUGGGUACAUCAUUGAGAUGUGCAAAGCUGACCUCGAAGCAUGGCAGAAAGUCAAUGCAGAGACCGUUCUUGCUACUAAAUAUACUGUUGUUGAUUUGGAGGCAGGAGAACACUAUAAAUUCAGAGUUAGUGCUGUCAAUGGUGCUGGCAGAGGAGAAAGUUGUGAAGUUGCUGCUUCAGUCCAGACUGUGGACAGGCUUUCUGCACCUGAAAUUGAUAUCGAUGCAAACUUCAAGCAGACUCAUAUUGUAAGAGCAGGUGCAAGCAUUCGUCUAUUUAUUGCCUUCUCUGGAAGACCUGUUCCUACUGCUGUGUGGUCCAAAGCAGAUGCUAAUCUUAGCUUGCGUGCUGACAUUCAAACAACUGAUUCAUUCAGCACACUGACUGUGGAGGAAUGUAAUAGAAAUGAUGCUGGCAAGUAUGUCUUUACUGUGGAAAACAACAGUGGAAGUAAGUCUAUCACAUUUACUGUCAAGGUUUUAGACACACCUGGUCCACCAGGUCCUAUUACAUUUAAAGAUGUGACUCGAGGAUCUAUUACUUUAAUGUGGGAUGCUCCUGUUCUGGAUGGAGGUUCACGCAUCCAUCACUAUGUUGUGGAAAAACGGGAAGCAAGCCGUCGCAGCUGGCAAGUGGUGAGUUCAAAAUGCACUCGACAAAUCUUUAAGGUCACCGAUCUGGCAGAAGGUGUGCCAUAUUACUACAGAGUGUCAGCAGAGAAUGAAUAUGGUGUAGGUGAACCCUGUGAAUUAACAGAACCAGUUGUAGCCACCGAAGAACCUGCUCCACCUAAGAGACUAGAUAUUGUUGAUACAACCAAAUCUUCUGUAGUUUUAGCUUGGCUUAAACCUGAUCAUGAUGGUGGUAGCCGUGUUACUGGAUACCUUCUUGAAAUGAAACAAAAGGGAUCUGACUCCUGGAUUGAAGCUGGACAAACCAAACAACUUACUUUCACUGUUGAAGGCCUUGUGGAGAACACUGAAUAUGAGUUCCGGGUCAAGGCAAAGAAUGAUGCUGGCUACAGCGAGCCAAGAGAAGCUUUCUCUUCUGUUAUUAUUAAGGAGCCACAGAUAGAACCAACAGCAGACCUCAGCGAAAUAAGCAGACAGCUCAUAACAUGCAAGGCUGGAAGCACCUUUACUAUUGAUAUACCAAUCAGUGGGCGCCCAGCUCCAAAAGUGACAUGGAAACUUGAGGAGAUGAGGCUGAAGGAAACUGAGAGAGUGACCAUCAAGACAACAAAAGACAGAACCACGCUGACUGUAAAGGACAGUAUGAGAGGUGACUCUGGUAAAUACUACCUCACACUUGAAAACACUGCUGGUGUGAAAACAUUUACUGUCACAGUGGUAGUCAUAGGAAGGCCAGGUCCUGUCACUGGCCCAAUUGAAAUAUCAUCUGUCUCUGCUGAAUCCUGUGUGUUGACCUGGAAAGAACCUGAGGAUGAUGGUGGCAGUGACAUUACAAACUACAUUGUAGAGAAACGUGAAUCUGGCACAACAGCAUGGCAGCUGGUAAAUUCCAGUGUGAAACGUACACAGAUCAAAGUCACUCAUCUCACAAAAUACCAGGAGUACAGUUUCCGAGUAAGCUCAGAAAACAGAUUUGGUGUCAGCAAACCUCUUGAAUCAAAAACAAUAGUUGCUGAACAUCCAUUUGUCCCACCAAGCCCACCUUCAAGGCCAGAAGUCUAUUCUGUGUCUGCAACUGCCAUGGCCAUUCGCUGGGAGGAACCCUAUCAUGAUGGUGGCAGCAAAGUUAUUGGAUAUUGGGUUGAAAAGAAGGAGCGCAACACCAUCCUUUGGGUGAAGGAAAACAAAGUGCCAUGCUGUGAAUGCAACUACAAAGUCACAGGAUUGGUGGAAGGCCUAGAAUAUCAGUUCAGAACCUAUGCUCUAAAUGCUGCAGGUGUUAGCAAAGCUAGUGAAGCUUCCAGACCUGUAGUAGCUCAAAAUCCAGUUGAUCCACCAGGAAGACCAGAAGUAACAGAUGUCACCAGAUCUACAGUGUCACUGAGCUGGUCAGCACCCCUUUAUGAUGGUGGAAGCAAAAUUAUUGGAUAUAUUAUUGAGCGUAAACCAUAUAAUGAAUCUGGUGAUGGACGCUGGCUGAAAUGCAAUUAUACCAUUGUCUCAGAAAACUUUUUUACUGUGACGGCUCUUAGUGAAGAUGAAGCAUACGAAUUCCGCGUACUAGCAAAGAAUGCUGCUGGUGUGAUUAGCAAAGGAUCUGAAUCGACUGGUGCUGUCAUUUGCAAAGAUGAAUACUCACCACCAAAGGCUGAACUCGAUGCCAGACUGCAGGGAGAAGUUGUGACCAUUAGGGCUGGAUCAGAUCUUGUUCUCGAUGCGGCCAUUGGUGGGAAACCAGAACCAAAAGUCUUCUGGUCCAAAGGUGACAGGGAGUUGGAUCUAUGUGAAAAGAUUUCUCUGCAAUACACCAGCAAACGAGCCAUUGCAAUUAUCAAGUUCUGUGACAGAAGUGAUAGUGGAAAAUACACUCUAACAGUUAAAAAUGCCAGUGGGAUGAAACAAAUUUCUGUCCUUGUCAAAGUGCUUGACUCACCAGGUCCAUGCGCUGGCAAAAUCACUGUUAGCAGAGUAACAGAAGAGAAAUGUACUCUGGCAUGGCACAUUCCUGAGGAAGACGGAGGUGCACAGAUCACUCACUAUAUUGUAGAAAGGCGUGAAACCAGCAGACUUCACUGGGUUAUUGUUGACGCUGAAUGCCAGACUUUAUCAUGUGUGGUAACAAAACUUAUUAAAAAUAACGAAUACAUCUUCCGUGUGAGAGCUGUCAACAAAUAUGGACCAGGUGUUCCACUUGAAACAGAACCUGUGAUUGCCAGGAAUGCUUUCACUAUCCCAACACAGCCUGGUGCUCCUGAAGAAGUGAGUUUUGGCAAAGAACAUAUCAUUAUUCAGUGGACGAAACCAGAAUCAGAUGGCGGCAGUGAGAUUAAGGACUAUCUUGUGGACAAACGUGAAAGGAAAAGUCUGCGCUGGACACGAGUGAACAGAGAUUACACUGUUUAUGAUACCAGACUGAAAGUCACUGGUCUCAUGGAAGGCAGCCAGUACCAGUUCCGUGUCACUGCAGUGAAUGCUGCUGGGAACAGUGAGCCUAGUGAAGCUUCACAAUACAUGUUAUGUAAAGAACCAUCAUAUACUCCUGCACCACCUUCACCUCCAAGAGUUGUGGAUACUACUAAGCACAGCAUAAGUUUAGCAUGGUCAAAGCCCACAUAUGACGGUGGUGCUGAUAUCUUAGGCUAUGUUCUUGAAAUGAAAGAAGAAGGUACUGAACAGUGGUAUCGGCCACAUACAACUGCCACUCUGAGGAAUGCUGAGUUCACUGUGACUGGUCUUAAAACAGCCCAGAAAUACCAAUUCAGAGUUGCUGCUACAAAUGUGAAUGGUAUGAGUGAAUUUAGUGAAUCAUCAGCAGAAAUAGAACCUGUGGAAAGAAUAGAAAUACCUGAGCUUGAGCUUGCUGACGAUUUGAAGAAGACUGUUACAGUCAGAGCUGGUGGUUCCUUGCGCCUAAUGGUCUCUGUAUCUGGCAGACCUGCUCCUGUAAUCACAUGGAGCAAGCAGGGUGUUGACCUUGUAAGUCGAGCUAUUAUUGAUACUACAGACAGCUACACUCUGCUUAUUGUGGAUAAAGUUAAUCGGUACGACGCUGGAAAAUACGUCAUUGAGGCUGAAAACCAAUCAGGAAAAAAAUCUGCAACUAUUUCUGUAAAAGUGUAUGAUACACCUGGUCCACCAGCUGCAGUGAGAAUUAAGGAAGUAUCAAAAGAUUCUGUGACACUUACUUGGGAUAUCCCAACCAUUGAUGGUGGAGCCCCAGUCAACAAUUAUAUAAUUGAGAAACGUGAAGCUUCCAUGAGAGCUUACAAGACUGUCACUACCAAAUGCAGCAAGACAUUUUAUAGAGUUACUGGACUUCUAGAAGGAGCUUUGUAUUAUUUCAGAGUACUACCAGAAAAUAUUUACGGCAUUGGUGAAGCUUGUGAAACAUCUGAUGCAGUACUAGUAUCUGAUGUCCCCAUGGUACCACAAAAACUCGAAGUGAUUGACACCACUAAAUCAACUGUUACACUUGCAUGGGAGAAGCCACCGCACGAUGGUGGCAGCAGAUUGACUGGCUAUGUUAUUGAGGCAAGCAAAGCUGGAACAGAGAGAUGGUUGAAGGUAGUGACACUGAAGCCUACCGUCUAUGAGCAUACAAUUAUCUCUCUCAAUGAGGGUGAACAGUACUUGUUCAGGGUCAGAGCACAGAAUCAGAAGGGCGUGUCAGAACCACGAGAGAUUGUCACGGCAGUGACAGUGCAAGACCAAAAAGUUCUACCAACAAUUGACUUUGCUGGAAUACCUCAGAAGACAAUUCAUGUACCUGCUGGCAAGCCCAUUGAGUUAGCUAUUCCAAUUGAAGGACGACCACCUCCAGCUGCAUCUUGGUUCUUUGCUGGUUCUAAACUAAAAGAAUCAGAACGCAUCAAAAUAGAGACUGCUGCCAAAAUGACUAAAUUAACUGUGCGUGAGACCACCAUACAUGACACAGGAGAGUAUACGCUUGAACUGAAGAACACAACUGGAACAGUUACUGAUACAAUAAAGGUUAUAAUCCUUGACAAACCUGGACCACCUGUUGGACCUAUCCGAAUUGAUGAAAUUGAUUCAAAUUAUAUAACCAUCUCCUGGGAGCCACCUGAGCUGGAUGGUGGAGCUACCCUUAGUGGCUAUGUGGUAGAACAGCGUGAUGCUCACCGUCCUGGAUGGCUACCAGUUUCAGAGUCAGUAACCAGGACAACAUAUAAGUUCACCAGACUUGUUGAAGGUGCAGAAUACGUGUUCCGUGUGGCUGCUACAAACCGUUUUGGAAUCGGAUCUUACCUGCAGUCUGAAAUUAUAGAAUGCAAGAGCAGAAUCCGUAUUCCUGGUCCUCCUGGCACUCCAGAAGUGUUUGAUAUCUCUCGAGAUGGCAUGACAUUAACUUGGUAUCCUCCAGAAGAUGAUGGUGACUCACAGAUUACGGGUUAUAUUGUGGAACGCAAAGAAGUUAGAGCAGAUAGAUGGAUCCGUGUGAAUAAAGUUCCAGUCACUAUGACUCGUUACCGUUCCACUGGGUUGGUUGAAGGAUUAGAAUAUGAACAUCGAGUCACAGCAAUCAAUGCCAGAGGCACUGGGAAACCCAGCCGCCCUUCCAAGUCUGUUGUCGCCAGAGAUCCAAUUGCUCCUCCAGGUAAACCUCAGAAUCCAAGAGUCACUGAUACUACAAGAACAUCUGUCUCCCUGGCCUGGAGUCCACCAGAAGAUGAAGGUGGUUCUAAAGUUACAGGUUACUUAAUCGAGAUGCAGAAGGUUGAUCAAUUUGAAUGGACCAAAUGCAAUACCACACCAACCAAGAUUCGUGAAUACACCUUGACACAUCUCCCCCAGGGUGCAGAGUACAGAUUCCGUGUGCUAGCCUGUAAUGCUGGUGGGCCAGGAGAACCUGCUGAAGUGCCAGGAACAGUCAAAAUAACAGAAAUGCUUGAAUAUCCUGACUAUGAACUUGAUGAAAAAUACCAGGAAGGUCUCAUGGUGAGACAAGGUGGAGUUAUCAGGCUUACAAUACCCAUUAAGGGUAAGCCCAUCCCAAUAUGCAAAUGGACAAAAGAAGGACAUGACAUCAGCAAGAGAGCAAUGAUUGCGACUUCUGACACUCACACAGAACUUGUGAUCAAAGAUGCCGAAAGGGAAGAUUCAGGCACCUACGAUCUGGUACUUGAAAACAAGUGUGGCAAAAAAGCCGUGUAUAUUAAAGUCAGAGUGAUUGGCAUUCCAAAUCCACCGGAAGGGCCACUUGAGUAUGAUGAUAUACAAGCUCGUUCUGUCAGAGUAAGCUGGAGACCUCCUACAGAUGAUGGCGGUGCAGAUAUCCUAGGUUAUAUUGUUGAGAGACGAGAAGUCCCGAAGACUGCCUGGUACACUGUUGACUCUAGAGUGAAAGGGACAUCACUAGUGGUGAAAGGGCUCAAAGAAAAUGUGGAAUAUCACUUCCGUGUUUCGGCUGAAAACCAUUUUGGUAUUAGCAAAUCUCUCAAAUCUGAAGAACCAGCAGUACCAAAGACACCUCUAAAUCCUCCGGAGCCUCCAAACAACCCACCUGAAGUGCUUGAUGCUACAAAGAGUUCUGUCAACUUGUCCUGGUCCAGACCUAAAGAUGAUGGUGGUUCUCGUGUAACUGGCUACUACAUUGAACGUAAAGAGACAUCUACAGAAAAAUGGGUCCGGCAUAAUAAGACACAGAUUACCACUACAAUGUACACAGUCACGGGACUUGUUCCAGAUGCUGAAUAUCAAUUCCGUAUCAUUGCUCAAAAUGACAUUGGUGAAAGUGAAGCAAGUCCUGCUUCUGAACCAGUUGUAUGCAAGGAUCCAUUUGACAAACCAAGCCAACCUGGAGAAAUUGAGAUCACUUCUAUAUUUAAGGACAGCAUUACAUUAGAAUGGGAAAGACCUGAAAGCGAUGGUGGCAAAGAGAUCCUUGGCUAUUGGGUUGAAUAUCGCCAGUCUGGAGAAAGCACCUGGAAAAAAUGCAAUAAAGAACGCAUCAAGGACAGGCAAUUUACAGUAGGAGGUUUACUAGAGGCUACAGAAUACGAGUUCCGUGUUUUUGCAGAAAACCAGACUGGCCUCAGCAGACCUCGAAGGACCGCUAUGGCGGUGAAAACUAAAUUAACAUCUGGAGAAGCACCUGCCAUAAGGAAAGAAAUGCAGGAUGUUACGACUAAACUGGGUGAAGCAGCUCAGCUGACAUGCCAGAUUGUUGGGAGACCUUUGCCUGAUAUUAAAUGGUAUCGCUUUGGCAAAGAACUGGUGCAAAGCCGAAAAUACAAAAUGUCAUCUGAUGGACGCAACCAUACACUGACAGUAAUAACAGAUGAACAGGAGGAUGAAGGUCUCUACACUUGCAUGGCUACCAAUGAUGUCGGAGAAAUUGAAACGAGUGGCAAGCUAUUAUUGCAGGCUUCUCCUCAGUUCCAUCCUGGCUUCCCACUGAAAGAGAAAUACUAUGCAGGUGCAGGUGGCACUCUCCGCCUUCACGUUGUGUAUAUUGGCCGACCAGUACCAGCAAUAACUUGGUUCCACGGCAACAAGCCUUUAAGAGGAUCUGAAACUGUUACUAUUGAGAACACAGAGCAUUAUACUCAUCUUGCUAUUAAGAAUGUCCAGCACAAGACUCACGCUGGGAAGUACAAAGUGCAACUCAGUAACACAUUUGGAACAGUUGACACUGUACUUAAUGUGGAAAUACAAGAUAAGCCAGAUAAACCAGUAGGGCCAAUUGUUAUAGAGUCUAUACUGAAGAAUUCUGUGGUCAUAAGCUGGAAACCACCAGAGGAUGAUGGAGGUGCUAUGAUAACCAAUUACAUCAUAGAGAAAUGUGAAGCCAAGGAAGGAGCAGAAUGGCAACUUGUAUCUUCAAGUAUUUCAGGCACAACCUGUAGAAUUGUUAAUCUAACUGAAAAUGCAGGCUAUUAUUUCCGUGUUUCUGCUCAGAAUACAUAUGGCAUUAGUGAAGCACUGGAGGUUUCAUCAGUUGUUGUUAUGAAGCCUCCAUUUGAAAAACCAGGACAACCUGGUCAGCCAGUAGCAAGUGCUGUCACAAAGGAUUCUUGUGUUGUGUCAUGGAAGCCACCUGCAAGUGAUGGCGGUGCAAAGAUUAGAACUUAUUAUCUUGAGAAGCGUGAGAAAAAACAAAACAAGUGGAUUUCUGUAACAACAGAUGAAAUUCGUGAAACCGUCUAUUCUGUGAAAGAUCUUAUUGAAGGUCUUGAAUAUGAGUUCCGUGUAAAAUGUGAAAACCUUGGUGGUGAAAGUGAGUGGAGUGAGGUAUCACAACCAGUUGUUCCAAAAUCUGAUGUACCAAUUCAAGCUCCACAUUUCAAGGAAGAACUAAGGAAUCUGAACGUGAAAUUUCAAGCUAAUGCUACAUUUGUCUGCAAAGUCACUGGUCAUCCCAAACCAAUUGUCAAGUGGUACAGACAGGGCAAAGAAAUCAUGCCAGAUGGUGAAAAGAUCAAGAUACAGGAAUUCAAGGGUGGCUAUCACCAGCUGGUCAUCACAAACGUAACAGAUGAUGAUGCCACAGUAUAUCAAGUUAGAGCUACCAACCAAGGAGGAUCUGUGUCUGGCACUGCCUCUUUGGACGUUGAAGUUCCUGCAAAGAUUCACUUGCCCAAAAACCUGGAAGGCAUGGGAGCUGUUCAUGCCCUUCGAGGGGAAGUAGUGAGCAUCAAGAUUCCAUUCAGCGGCAAGCCUCACCCUGUGAUCACAUGGCAGAAGGGACAAGACCUCAUCGAUACUAAUGGACACUACCAAGUCAUUGUCACACGGUCAUUCACAUCUCUUGUUUUCCCAAAUGGUGUUGACAGAAAAGAUGCAGGGUUUUACAUUGUUUGUGCCAAAAACAGAUUUGGAAUCGAUCAAAAAACAGUGGAAUUAGAUGUGGCUGAUGUGCCUGAUCCACCAAGAGGUCUGAAGGUAACUGACAUUUCAAGGGAUUCAGUCAACUUAACCUGGAAUGAACCAGCUACUGAUGGUGGAAGCAGAAUCAUAAACUACAUUAUUGAGAAACGUGCUACAACAGCAGAGCGAUGGAUUCGUGUUGCACAAGCACGUGAAACACGAUACACAGUGGUGAACCUAUUUGGCAAGACCACCUACCAGUUCCGUGUAAUUGCAGAAAACAAGUUUGGCCAAAGCCAGCCUUCUGAACCUACUGAUCCAAUUAUAACAAAGGAAGAUAAGACCAGAGUAAUGAACUACGAUGAAGAAGUUGAUGAGACCAGAGAAGUCACUACAGUUAAAGCAGCUCACUAUUCUACAAAGGAACUCUAUGACAAAUACAUGAUUGCAGAAGAGCUUGGACGUGGGCAGUUUGGCAUUGCACACCGCUGCGUUGAGGCAGUUUCGAAAAAGACUUACCUGGCCAAGUUUGUCAAAGUAAAAGGUGCUGACCAAGUUUUGGUAAAGAAAGAAAUUUCCAUUCUCAACAUUGCUAGGCACCGAAAUAUCCUGUAUCUUCAUGAAUCAUUUGAGAGCCUAGAAGAAUUGGUCAUGAUCUUUGAAUUCAUUUCUGGAGUAGACAUCUUUGAAAGAAUGAGCACACCUUCAUUUGAACUGAAUGAAAGAGAAAUAGUAAGUUAUGUACGCCAGGUCUGUGAUGCACUAGAAUUUUUACAUCGCCACAGCAUUGGACAUUUUGAUAUUAAACCAGACAAUAUUAUUUACUUCACAAGAAGAAGCUCUGUGGUUAAAAUUGUUGAAUUUGGACAAGCAAGACAAUUGAAGCCUGGAGACAGCUUUAGACUCCAGUUCACUUCUCCUGAAUAUUAUGCGCCUGAAGUACAUCAUCAUGAUUUGGUCAGCACAGCUACUGACAUGUGGUCAGUGGGUGCUCUAACAUACAUACUUCUCAGUGGCAUUAAUCCUUUCAUUGCUGAAACAAACCAACAAGUUAUUGAAAAUAUUCUAAAUGCUGAAUACAACUUUGAUGAUGAAGCAUUCAAAGACAUAAGCAUUGAGGCCAUGGACUUCAUUGAUCGCCUACUAGUAAAGGAAAGAAAAGCUCGUAUGACAGCUGCUGAAGCGCUUAACCAUGUGUGGCUAAAACAGCAGACAGAAAAGACCAGCACUAAAGUCAUCAAGACCUUGAGGCACAGGCGUUACUACCAAACUCUAGUAAAGAAGGAGUGGAACACAGUUGUGUCAGUAGCCCGCAUUUCCUGUGGAGGCGCGAUUAGAUCUCAGAAAGGCGUAACGGUGGCUAAAGUUAAAGUUGCGCCAAUAGACAUUGGUCCCAUUGCCGGGCAGAUAAAGCAUGCUGUUACAGAAGAAGGAGGGCAUGCCAAAUAUGUAUGUAGGAUUGAAAACUAUGAUCAGUCCACACAAGUCACAUGGUACUUUGGUAUGAGGCAAUUAGAAAGCAAUGAGAAAUAUGAAAUCAAAUAUGAAGAAGGUGUGGCAACCAUGUAUGUCAAAGAUGUUUCUAAAUCCGACGAUGGUACCUACAGAUGCAAGGUAGUAAAUGACUACGGUGAAGACAGCUCUUAUGCAGAACUUUUUGUUAAAGGUGUGAGAGAAAUUUCUGAGCACUACAGAUGCAGAACUGUUAGGAAAGUGAAACGACGGGUUGAUACUAUGAGACUGCUAGAGCGUCCACCAGAAUUUACUCUGCCUUUGUACAACCGCACUGCAUACGUUGGAGAAAAUGUCAGGUUCGGAGUAACUAUAACAGUUCACCCAGAACCUCGCUUAACAUGGUUCAAGUCAGGCCAGAAAAUCAAACCUGGUGAUGAUGAUAAGAAGUAUACUUUUGAAUCAGACAAGGGUCUUUAUCAACUUGUCAUCAAUAAUGUCACUGAAGAGGAUGAUGCUGAAUACAGUAUUGUGGCACGCAACAAAUAUGGUGAAGACAGCUGCAAAGCUAAGCUGACUGUGAUUCCACAUCCACCUCCAGCAGAUGCCACACUAAGGCCAAUGUUUAAAAGACUGCUGGCAAAUGCAGAAUGUCAAGAAGGCCAAAAUGUCAGUUUUGAGAUCAGGGUAUCUGGUGUACCAAAACCAACACUGAAAUGGGAAAAAGAUGGUCAGCCUCUGUCCUUUGGUCCUAACUUUGAUAUAGUUCAUGAAGGUUUAGAUUAUUAUGCUUUGCAUAUCAGAGAUACUUUACCAGAAGACAGUGGUUAUUACAGAGUUACUGCUACAAACAGUGCUGGAUCUACAAGCUGUCAGGCUUAUCUAAAAGUUGAACGCUUGAAAUAUGUCAAACGUGAGUACAAGACUGAAGAAGAGAGGGAGAAGCAUGUACAGAGGCAAAUUGACAAGACCUUACGAAUGGCAGAAAUCCUUGCUGGGGUUGAAGCUGUUCCACUGACACAAACUGCACAAGAGGCUCUCAGAGAAGCUGCUACCUUGUAUAAACCAGCUGUUAGCACCAAGACCGUCAAAGGUGAAUACGAAAUUAAGAAAGAAGAAAAGAAGGAAGAAAGACGACUUCGUAUGCCAUAUGAGGUCCCAGAGCCUCGCAAACAUGUGCGCACUACUCUUGAGGAAGAUCAGAACAUUAAACACUUUGUGCCUCUGUCAGACAUGAAGUGGUACAAGAGGCUGCGUGACCAGUAUGAACUGCCAGGAAAACUUGAGAGAACUGUUCAGAAACGCCAGAAACGCAUACGUCUUUCCAGGUGGGAGCAAUUCUACGUGAUGCCGCUGCCACGCAUUACUGAUCAGUAUAAGCCUAAAUGGCGCAUACCAAAGCUAACACAAGAUGAUCUCGAAAUUGUAAGACCAGCACGUCGGCGUACCCCAUCUCCAGACUAUGAAUAUUACUACAGACCAAGAAGGCGAUCACUUGGUGAUUUGUCUGAUGAGGAAUUACUCCUGCCUAUUGAUGACUAUUUAGCCAUGAAGAGAACUGAAGAGGAAAGACUGCGCCUUGAAGAAGAGCUUGAGUUGGGCUUUUCUGCUUCCCCACCAAGUAGAAGCCCCCCACGCUUUGAACUGUCUGCCCUUCGGUAUUCUACUGCAGCAGCACAGGUCCGUUCAGAGGAAGAAAGAAAAAGAGAGCUGAGAUAUUCAAGCUAUCACAUCCCAACUAAAGCUGAGACCAGUGCAAGCUAUGCAGAGCUUCGUCAACGCCAUGACAGGGCUGCCUACAGACCACCUAAACAAAAGCAAAGAAUAAUGGCUGAAAGAGAGGAUGAAGAAUUGCUCCGUCCUGUUGGCACUGCUCAACGACUCUCUGAAUACAGGAGUGAGCUCGAAUAUAUGGCAGAGGAGGAAAAGAGUAGACAAAGGAGAAGGAGGGAAAGGGAAAUAACUGAGAUCACAUCAGAAGAAGAAGAAGAAAUAGAAAUGGUGCAACACGUUCACAGGGAAUUUUCACCUCCCUCUAGAUUACUAAGGAGAAGAAGAUCUCUUUCUCCAACUUACAUUGAAUUGAUGCGUCCUGUAUCUGAAUUAAUUCGACCCCGCUCACGGCCUCCUGAAGAAAGUGAGAGAAGAUCCCCAACACCAGAGAGAACUCGACCACGCUCACCUAGCCCAGUUUCUAGUGAAAGAUCGCUCUCUCGGUUUGAAAGGAUGGCAAGAUUUGAUAUAUUUUCUAGAUACGAGUCCAUGAAAUCUGCUUUGAAAACUCAGAAAACUAUGGAAAGGAAGUAUGAAGUUCUGACUCAGCAGCCUUUCACCCUGGACCAUGCUCCUCGCAUUACCCUGAGAAUGCGCUCACACCGGGUACCAUGUGGCCACCAUACCAGGUUCAUUCUAAACGUCCAGUCAAAACCAACUGCUGAAGUGAAGUGGUACCAUAAUGGUAUUGAGCUCCAGGAGAGCAGUAAGAUACAUUUUACUAAUACCAGUGGUGUAUUAACUCUGGAGAUUCUUGACUGCCACAUUGAUGACAGUGGAACGUACCGGGCUGUAUGCACAAACUACAAAGGGGAAUGCUCUGAUUAUGCAACACUAGAUGUUACUGGAGGAGAUUACACUACAUACUCUUCCCAGCGGAGAGAUGAAGAAGUACCAAGGUCAAUUUUACCUGACUUGACAAAAACAGAGGCAUAUGCGGUCUCCUCAUUUAAGAAAGCAUCUGCCACAGAAGCAAGUUCCUCAGUAAGAGAGGUCAAAUCAGAAAUGUCAGCAACAAGAGAAUCACUUUUGUCAUAUGAACACUAUGCUGCUUCUGAAGAAAAAAUCACUGCAGCUGAAGAAAAAUCAUUGGAAGAAAGGACUGUACACAAAGCAUUUAAAAGCACUCUACCAGCAACAAUCCUUACAAAACCAAGAUCGAUCACAGUUUCUGAAGGGGAGACUGCAAGAUUUUCCUGUGAUGUUGAUGGUGAACCAGCACCAAAAAUAACAUGGUUCCAUGCAGGUCAACCUAUUGUUUCUUCGAGGCGCUUCCAAGUAACAAGAACACAGUACAAGUCUACCUUUGAAAUUUCUUCGGUCCAGAUGUCAGAUGAAGGAAGUUAUACUGUUGUGGUGGAAAACUCUGAAGGAAGACAGGAAGCGCAUUUUACUUUGACCAUUCAAAGAACAAAAAUUCCUGAAAAAACAAUUACAUCACCUCCAACAGUCAAAUCUCCAGAGCCUCGUGUAAAGUCUCCAGACCGAGUUAAGUCUCCUAAACGAGUGAAAUCUCCUGAACCAAUCAGCAGCCCCCCAAAGGCGAAGUCACCACCUGGAGACAAAAAAGUACCAUCAGAGAAAGUACAAUUACCAGCUGCUUCUCCACCAAAGAUAAAACAGCAUCUGAAAGCAGAAACUGUUGGAGACAAGGUAAAGUUAUCCUGUGCAGUUGAAAGCAGUGUUUUAGGUGUCAGAGAAGUGGCUUGGUAUAAGGAUGGAAAAAAACUGAAAGAUGAUCAUCAUUUCAAGUUUCAUUAUGCAGCAGAUGGCACCUAUGAGCUCAAAAUCCAUGAGCUCACAGAAUCUGAUAAAGGAGAAUAUACCUGUGAAAUCACUGGGGAAGGAGGUGUUUCAAAAACUAACUUCCAGUUUACUGGCCAAGUAUUUAAAAAUAUCCAUUCCCAGGUAAGAGGUGUAUCCGAAACUCAUAAAUCAGUUCAGAAACAAGAUGAGGUGCUUACAGUUUCUACCCAGAAGAAAUCAGCAAUGGCAACUGAAGAAAAAGCAGCCGUUCAAGAAGUCAUUAAAAAGUCAAUUGCUACGGAAGAUGUCAAACAAUUGAAAGCAGAAAUUAAAUCUUCAACUAAAAUGACAGUGUCCGAAGGGCAGAAAGUGACACUGAAAGCCAACGUUCCUGGUGCCUCUGAAGUAAAAUGGGUGCUGAAUGGAAUGGAGCUGAGAAAUUCAGAAGAUUACAGAUAUGGCGUUUCUGGAAGUGAUCACACACUAACUAUCAAAAAGGCUAGUAAUAAAGAUGAAGGUAUACUCACCUGUGAGGGUAAAACUGAAGAAGGCAUUAUUAAAUGCCAGUAUGUUCUGACCCUCUCUAAAGAGCGCUCCAACGAACCAGCAUUUAUCGUGCAGCCUAAGUCUCAAAAUGUCAAUGAAGGACAAGAUGUAUUGUUCACCUGUGAAGUUUCUGGGGAUCCUUCUCCUGACAUUGAGUGGUUUAAGAAUAAUCAACCUAUUGCUGUUUCAUCGCACAUCAGAGUAAUACGCUCUAAAAACAUAUAUUCUCUUGAGAUUCAAAAUGCAGCAGUGAGUGACACCGGAAAAUACACAGUCAAAGCAAAAAAUUACCACGGGCAGUGCUCUGCUACAGCAUCUUUGACUGUACUCCCUCUAAUUGAAGAACCUCCGAAAGAGGUAGUAUUGAAGACAAGUGGCGACGCAAGCAUGCACGAAAGUUUUUCUUCUCAGUCCUUUCAAAUGGCUUCUUCUAAACAAGAGGCUUCAUUCAGCAGUUUCAGCAGUAGCAGCAUGACUGAAAUGAAAUUUGCAAGCAUGUCUGCCAAAAGCAUGUCCUCCAUGAAAGAAUCCUUUGUAGAGAUGAGCUCCAGCAGUAUUAUGGGGAAAUCUAGUCUGGCUCAACUGGAAAGUUCAACUAGUAAAAUGCUUAAAUCAGGUCUGAGAGGAGUACCACCCAAAAUUGAAGCUCUGCCAUCUGAUAUCAGCAUUGACGAAGGAAAGGUUCUCACGCUGUCUUGUGCCUUUUCGGGUGAACCUGCUCCUGAAAUAACAUGGUACUGCAGAGGGAGAAAAAUUACCAGUCAGGACCAGCAAGGCAGAUUCCACAUUGAAACCAGUGAAGAUCUAACCACCCUGAUCAUCAUGGAUGUCCAGAAGAACGACGGUGGACUUUACACCCUGAAUUUAGGAAAUGAAUUUGGUACCGAUUCUGCCACUGUGAAUAUUAAUAUUCGAUCAAUUUAG